AUGGAGAACGUGGAGUUCCGAGGCGGCCAGGAGAGGUUCCCGGACAAAGAUCCGAGGCUGAACCCCGCGUUUUUGGACACCCAAGGGCACCCUCACCAGCCUCUGCUGCUGAUAGGGGAGCAGAGGGGAGGCGACGCGUACAAGCUGGUGGAAGUGCAACUGAGCGGCGGGGCUCCCUGGGGAUUCACGUUGAAAGGAGGAAGAGAACAUGGAGAGCCUCUCAUCAUCACCAAGGUAAGGUUACACGCGCGCGUAUUUCUCCGCGUAGGUGAUCCAAGGGGUGCCACAGUGUGGCGGGGUGGGUGAGGGGAUUCCCAGCCUCUUUUGUUUAUGUCAGGAUGUAGCCGGUUGACUAUUGUAAUCCUACCGAUUUCCAGAGUUUUCUGCCCCCUGGCCGAGCAGUUUGCUUGCACAUACAAAUAGUGCUUUUUCUUUUCUGGAAGCACUUUUUACUAAGUGAUCGCUUCGAUUUACCUCAACAGGGAACUCUUGCGAUUGUUGUUGGCAGCGGCUGAAUUCUUCUUUACUUUGGUCUUGGUGACAUUGGAGUGCGUACUCCAGUCGCCACUCUUUGAGGGUUGCUUUCAAAUAUGCCUGAAAAUGCCCGGUUGGCUUUGUUCUCUUGGCUGUAAUUGCCAUAAUGUGGUUUUACCGUUUGUUUUUGGUCACAUUUUCAGUUUAGCAUACUCACUGGUGGUCCCAUCGGUUUAAUAGUAAAUUCCAUUAUGGAGGGAAGCUUCAGGCAGCAAUCCUAGGAACACUUUCCUGGGAGUAAACCCUAUUCAACACAGUGGGGCUUAUCUCUGAGUAAGUUUGCAUAUAGGCUUGCAUUGUAGAGUUCACAUAAAACCCCCCUUUUUAAUCCAGAAUAGCAUUCCAGGUUAAUUAAUGUGUCAUCACACAAUCACCAAAUCAGAAUUCAUAGUAGACUCAGCCAUUGCACUAGCUGGAGAAAAGUACACUUCUUGUUAUGAGUACAAAAAGAUGAUUCAAUGACAGUAAGUGAUCUUAUUUGCCUAUUUUAAUUUCCUGAAUGGUCACACAAUACCGCUCAAUUAAGAAUGGUGAGUUGUUCCUCAUAGAAGUGGUACAGUUUCCUCCUUUUUCUCCUCAUAGAACUGCAUGUCUCUUCACUGUCAUUUCUCCUGUGCUGAAUGAACAUUUAACUACAGAUUGAAUUGCUCUAAACUGCACAGGUCAAGAUAAUUUCUUAACUUUCCAGUUAUUGUGGCUUAUUCCCUAAUGGCCUAGGGUGGAGGGAGAGCUAUCAAAGCUUUUUUGCAUCUCUUUCUUGCUUAUGUCAUUGUUGCAACUGAAUACUGGAUUAGAUUAUUUAGCUGUGUUUGGUCAGAAAAAUCCUCCUCCAUUUCCCAAAAGCCAUUCACAAGGCCACAUGUGAUAACAGGACAGACCCACUUGCAUGUUACCUGAGCAGCUGAAAAGCAAACAUCAGACUUUCUUAGGCAGAUUAUUUCACUUUAUUUUUCCUCUCCCCUAGGCCUUCCAGAAGGGCAUGUGUCUUUCAGUAUUGCCACUCAGUGUUAAAACAUGUGUUGUUCAAAUUCUCAUUGUUUUCACUUGUUUGCCAAACUUUUAUCCAAACUCAACCCCCUGCUCUGUGAUCUGCUCUGUGCAGAAUUAGUUUUGUUUCUGGAUCAGUGUACUUUCUUACCAUUUAAAAAACAACAAUUGGCUGUCCAUCAUAUUUCUUAAGACCUUGAGAACCAAGGGGAGCUGCUUGCUGCUAGAUAAUGUUUGAUUCUUUCACUGGUGGAAGCUGGGGUCUAGUUCAUACAAAAACAAUUCCUCGGACGUAGAAAGCUAGCACGCCAGGCCCCCCUGGCUAAAUCUCUUCUUCCUGGCAUCCAUGUCCAGCUCAGAGAUAUUUUGUUAGUGGUGAUGUAUGAAGAAACUUUGUUAUGUGAGCCUUCUCUGAAGGAGUACAGGUUUGUGUCUUGUGACACAAUCUAAUCUCCAUGGCCACUGUCCCAUAAAAUUCGUGUGGCUCUCAUCAUUUACCUACCUAUGUCAGUGUCUGAUAAUCUGAUUAUAGGUGGCUGAGUACAGACAAUACAAGGAAUUACCAAAGUGUGCAUUUAAUAUCCUGCAAAGUGUUGAGAACAUUUGCACCACACCCUUGCUUUUCCAGAAUCUUGAUUAGGUGUGGAAAUGUGAUAAAAAUUAUUCUCAUCCCUUGGCAGGAUUGGUUUACCAAGCAUACAUAGACAGUCACUUAGCAUUUGGGAAAUGGCUGCCUUUUGUUCACUUUGUGUCCUGAUCACUGUGAGGCCAGCUGAGAAGAACACUGCUUCCUGCCUUCAACACUCAAAAAUGUUCUAGGGAGCCCUAGAUUGUAUUAAACAUAUACAAGCAGAUAGGGGAACCCAAAUCCAUGUGUUAUUCAUACUAUGUACAACAAUAUGUGUGUAUUGGAUAGAAGUAAUUAAAUGCUUUAGGUGAUUAAAAAUAGCCAAGGGUUUUAGAGUUUAUUGAAAAGUUUGAAGUUGACAUAUUGUUAAGUUUUAGGCAAGGAAGAAAGCAGAGACUUGAGGCUUGGAAUAUAAUUAAUAGAUGCACUGAAAUGACUUAAGAGAUGAUUGAUUUUUGUCAUUGUUAUUUAUAUUGAUGAUGAAGUAAUAGUUGAAACUUGUAGUUUAAUUAAGAAAUUAAAAUAGUGUUGAGUAUCUGUUGUUGUUCAUGUAUGUACUGAGAAUCUUACUAUUGUAUGGUUAGAGAUGCUCAGAUUUUAUUAAAUGCCUGUGGGACCCAGGAGGACAUUGCUUGUUCUCCUAAGACUAUAGAAUUGGAGCCACUAAGUUACCUGCACUUCCUGUUGUUUUGAAUGGAGACUUAAUCAUGCCAAACUGUUCAGUUGAAUCAAAGUGUAAUCUAGGCUGAAAUUCUGCACCCAGUUACCUGUGAGUAAGCCUUAUUGAGGAUUUUGCACACACUCAAUUCCCAAUUUUUCUAUCCUAAGUAUGGGCUUAGCGUGGUCAGCAUGUGUAAUGCUGUGUGUUUGAAGGCAGCUCUUUAUCUUUUUUAAAAGUCCAUGCAACUACCUCAGCAAAAUUACCCCUCACCUGCAGCAGCAGCGGUUUUUCAAAGAUUCACUUGCACAAUAAUUUCUUAGACCAUCAGGAUCUAAUGGUCAAAGUAGACAGGGAUGAACUGGUUUGAAAUACUGAUAAAGCAUGUAACCUGUUGUAUAGUGCAGGGAAAGGAGGGUUUUGAGCUUACAGCAUGGAUGCCACAAUUCUGAUUCUACCCCUCCACUCCAGAUAUUUACUGUAAGAUGCCUGCUAGACCUGGCAGAUUCCCCCCGUUUCUUUUUCUCUUGGCUGACACCCCAGUCUUCCAUACAUCAGAAAGCUAACAGGUACUUGCCAGACCAUUUUGAGGGACUUAAACACAUUCACUUACAAAUUUAUGUACACUGUGUGUUCCCUGAGAGUAUAGAAAUGUUGUCCAAUUUUUGGUGGCCCCAUUUUGCUUCCAAACUGAUAGGCAGGUUUGCUAUGAGAGGGAGUGGUGAUAAGGUGGAGAGAGGCGUAAGGUUUGUUUUCCUUCUGUACACCACACACUUUUAUGAACUUUUGCUUAGUGCAUGGAAAGAUAGCAAAGGACAAGAUGUAAACAAUCUACGAGAAGUUUGAAAUGCUAAAAACAUUCGACAAGCCCAUCUGUAGCUAUUUUAAAUAUAAGGUGGAAUAAAACCAUGUGUUUGGGUACUGAAAUGCUGGGUGUAUAAAAUGUUAUAGUGGUUUCUUGGAAGGUCAAGCCAAAUUCACAUUGUUAAACCAGAUAAUAAUAGGGUAGCACAGCCCAUAACUGAGUGACUUGGCUGGUUCAUUUCUGAUGUUUAUGUAGACAUCGAGGAUCUUUUCAAAUACCCUGUUUUCAAGUGCAAAAGAUAUGCACCUGUUAAGUAUUUCCUGUAUGCAAUCAGCACAUCACUUGAGUUUGUACUUCUGGCCCUAGCAUAGCACAUUUUCACAGUACUGAGUAUGCUAUAUUUUGUUAUUGAGGAUGGUAAUAUUAUCUUCUCAGAUAUUGUACAUACAACUAUUGUGACUGCAUUGUAGAAUGUGAUCGUCAAGUGUACCACAUACCUUUUUUUUAUAAAAAAGGAGUAAACUCACUAAUGAUAUUGUAAGCUCUAAGAUGGGAAAAUUCAGUUCAAAAGGGCUGUUGUAUUAGAAUAAUAGAAUUGUAGGGUUUGAAGGGACCACAAGGGUCUUCUAGUCUAACCACCUGCAGUGCAGGAAUAUUUUUGUCCAGUGUGGGGCUUUAACUCACGACCCAUGAUAUUAAGAGUCCCAUGCUCUACACCUACAGAGCUAUCUAGUUUCAGUGGCUAUAAAGCAGGGAUGGGGAACCUGGGACCAUCUAGGUGUUGUUGGACUAUAGCUCCCAUCAUCCCUGACAGUUGACGAUAUUGGCUAGGGCUGAUGAGCAUUGGAGUCCAGCAUUAUCUGGAGAGUCACAGGUUCUGCAUCCCUGGUAUAAAGCAAAAGUAUUGUUGUUGUUGUUUAGUCGUUUAGUCGUGUCCAACUCUUCCUGACCCCAUGGACCAGUGCACGCCAGGCACUUCUGUCUUCCACUGCCUCCCGCAGUUUCGUCAGACUCAUGUUUGUAGCUUCGAAGACACUAUCCAACCAUCUCGUCCUCUGUCGUCCCCUUCUCCUUGUGCCCUCCAUCUUUCCCAACAUCAGGGUCUUUACCAGGGAGUCUUCUCUUCUCAUGAGGUGGCCAAAGUAUUGGAGCCUCAGCUUCACGAUCUGUCCUUCCAGUGAGCACUCAGGGCUGAUUUCCUUAAGAAUGCAUACCUUUGAUCUUCUUGCAGUCCAUGGGACUCUCAAGAGUCUCCUCCAGCACCAUAAUUCAAAAGCAUCAAUUCUUCGGCGAUCAGCCUUCUUUAUGGUCCAGCUCUCACUUCCAUACAUCACUACUGGGAAAACCAUAGCUUUUACUAUACGGACCUUUGUUGGCAAGGUGAUGUCUCUACUUUUUAAGAUGCUGUCUAGGUUUGCCAUCGCCUUUCUCCCAAGAAGCAGGCGUCUCUUAAUUUUGUGGCUGCUGUCACCAUCUGCAGUGAUCAUGGAGCCCAAGAAAGUAAAAUCUCUCACUGCCUCCAUUUCUUCCCCUUCUAUUUGCCAGGAGGUGAUGGGACCAGUGGCCAUGAUCUUCGUUUUUUGAUGUUGAGCUUCAGACCAUAUUUUGCGCUCUCCUCUUUCACCCUCAAUAAAAGGUUCUUUAAUUCCUCCUCACUUUCUGCCAUCAAGGUUGUGUCAUCUGCAUAUCUGAGGUUGUUGAUAUUUCUUCCAGCAAUCUUAAUUCCGGCUUGGAAUUCAUCCAGCCCAGCCUUUCGCAUGAUGAAUUCUGCAUAUAAGUUAAAUAAACAGGGAGACAAAAUACAGCCUUGUCGUACUCCUUUCCCAAUUUUGAACCAAUCAGUUGUUCCAUAUCCAGUUCUAAAGCAAAAGUAUUACAUGGUUCAAUUCCUGAUUUUGUAACUGCAUUAUACUCUAAGGUAAAGGUAAAGGGACCCCUGACCAUUAGGUCCAGUCAUGGCCGACUCUGGGGUUGCGGCGCUCAUCUCGCUUUAUUGGCCAAGGGAGCCGGUGUACAGCUUCUGGGUCAUGUGGCCAGCAUGACUAAGCUGCUUCUGGUGAAACCAGAGCAGCGCAAGGAAACGCCGUUUACCUUCCCACCAGAGCAGUACCUAUUUAUCUACUUGCACUUUGAUGUGCUUUCGAACUGCUAGGUUGGCAGGAGCAGGGACCGAGCAACGGGAGCGCACCCCGUCACGGGGAUUCAAACUGCCGACCUUCUGAUUGGCAAGUCCUAGGCUCUGUGGUUUAACCCACAGCGCCACCUGCGUCCCUGCAUUAUACUGUACUGCCUUUCAAAAAAAGCAUUCAUAGUCCCAAAGUCUGUAAGUCUGUCCCUUCCGUCCUUAUUUAUUUAUAACAAUUUCUAUACCACUUACUUUGCACCUGUCCUCACAUUUGUCUGUGAUUCUCUUUGCCCUUCUCCUCAGUGCCUUGCUGGGAAUGAGAGGGAAGAUGAAAGAAUAACUGAGAGGAAAGGGUGCUUUCUCUUUCUCCUCACACCACCAACGCCACUUUUCCUCUCACUUCUUGGUUGGCAAGUAGUAUGCUUGUUUGUGCUCUCCAGGGGGCUAGAGCCAGCCCAGUACCCGCUGGUUGACAGCUCCUAGUUAAGGUAAUAAUUUAGCUUUGUCAUUCCGCCAAAAAAGCCUGACUCAGGAAACAGAAGCAAGCCAUUUAAGUUCUUUGAAUGCUGAAGCAUGCUUAUGUGCUAUAUUUUACUUGGUCAGUGAACUUCCCCCCUUUUCAUUCUGCAAACACGGUGCUCAGAAUUUAUGAGUACUACAAGGGCAAGCUUCUUAAAAACAUAGAAUUCUCACUCAUAUACAAACUUAAUUUUCCAUGUGCUUUUUCCUAAACGGGCAGCAGAUGAGUCUAAACAUUUGUUCAAAGAUGCCCCAGCAACAAGUCUUUCUGUGAACUGUGCCAGCUCUUGUGACUUAUGGCACUUAAAACUUAUGGCACUUAUUCAGUGAGUAUGGCACUUAAAAAACAAAGCAAAACUAAGCCUCAUAGCCAAGUGGCGAUGAUAUGGGGGAGGGGGGCUAGCAGCUGAAGAGGGAAGGGAUAAACCUCUCCUCCCUGUGUAAUAAGACUUUGAUCAGAAUCCAGGCUCAGCACAGCUGUACUUUACAAAAGAACAAAUCCAGGUGUGUAGUUUGGGCCUUUGACAUCUAAAGAUGGCUUAAAAGGAGACUGGUGAAAUUAAUGGAGGAUAAGUCUGUCAGUGGCUACUAGCCUUAAUAACUAUAUGUUACUUCUGGGAUUGGGCUCAGUACCAGUUGCAGACAACCAACACAGUUGGCUUUGUGCCCUUGCUUGUUUGCUUCUUAGAAGCACCCAGUUUGCCGCUGUGAGAAACAGGAUGCUGGACUCGAUAGACCUUAAGUCUCAUCCGGCUGGGCAAUUUUUACAUUGCCAGAUCUCAACGGAACUAUUGCUACCUUACAUUGUUUUCUUGUUUCUUUCUCCUUUCCUUCAGGGCCCUGUAUAUUAGAGUUCAUGCAUCUAGUAAAUAGCAUAUAUAAAGUUUAUAAGAUUUUGGGUUGUUUGCAGCAGUACGGAUUUGCUUGAUAAAAAAAAAUACUGGGUGUUUGCAGAAAAUGGUGGCGCUAGAACUGGUUUUGUUACACGCACUCAAAGUUAUUUCUUGGAAGACCCUUUGUUCAAGCAACUCUUCUGCACUUGGCUAGUACAAGAAAGUUGCACAGAUAGCCUGUUGCUGGUUCUUCAGGUGUAUGAUACCGUUGGCAGCCAACAGUUCCUGGCAGCGGUCCCAUUCUGUCUUCAUUUGCUCAUCUCCAUUCCAGCCAAAGCCAUGAUGGUGGCAAGAUUGCUCCUCUGACAUUUGUCACAGGACAGGAGUAGCCACCUAAGACCUUGUCAAGGAAGCAGCAAGGAUGGCAUCAGCUGUUAAGCAGACAUUUUUACGUAGCUGGUCUUUGAAGUGCCCCACACCCAUUUAGUCAGAAUUGCUGACUAAUGCUCAAAAAAUGUCCCUUUGAAUUGUGGAAGGAGUUGACUUUUGUCCUUUCUGAGGUCUAAUUGGUUCUUGCAGAUCAGAGCAUUGAAACGAAAUAGUGUUACCUUUUGUUCUUUUUUCGCUUCUACGUGUAAAGGGUGCUUAUCCACAGUAUUCCAAAAAUCUCUUUCCCGAAGGCAAACUAUUCUUGUCUACUCUGGCAGUUUUAAUCUAUGCCUGAGAUUAAAAAAGAAACCUGAUUGAGAUUGUAUCGCACCUGAAUGUUCAUGUUCUUUAGCAAUAUGUUAUAACUCUUACACUUUUCUGAGGGUUUACAGAAGGUCAAUAUUUAAUUAGCAGAAGCUGUUCAGUGGUGAAGUUCAAAUGCUGAUAUAUUAAUGAGUGAUCAAUUAAAGAAAAAGGAGGGUGAAAAAGCUUUAACUUUUCCAGAAAAGACCCAUUUCAGUUUUUCACAAAAAAUGACAGCAAACCUAAUUGCAAUAAUUCACUCACUCAGUAGCUCCUGAGUGGAGUUCAGGUCAGCUGACUAGCUAACUACAUGUAAACAUGUUGAAAUUGCAGGUAAGAUUAACUUGAUCAAGAUAAGCAUCCUGAUAACGUAAUGCAAGACAUUCACGGUACAUAUUUGGAGCAUUCUGAUGUAUUCCUGUGCAGGUUCUCUUCCGCAGAACCCCAUUGUGAAACUGCCUGCAGCAGUAAAUUGCAGAUGAGUCAUGUCGAGUGAGUCUGGCGAAUACUUGGGUGGGGAACUGCUAAGUGAAACUUAAUUUCAUUGCAGAAAGUGGGUUUGCUUAUUCAAUUAGGGGAUUCCUUGUUGAAUCAGCGCAUAUGUAGAUGCUGCAAUAUACUUGUUGUGGCGAUGAAAGAUGUAAUGCUUUUGUCUUCCUGGCACAAUCUAAAACAGUGAUAUAUUUGGUAUUCCUAGGCACUGGUGUUGGGUUUCUAAAAACUUGGACUCUUAGGCAACUGGGUAUUUUCUAAGUCUGCUCAUAGACAUUGCUCUCAAUAGACCCAAAUCUGGUGGUAGUUGAUGCAGGGCAGGGACUGUUCCUGGGUUCCUUAAUAACAUGUACAGUGGUCUGUCAUAAACCUUUGGAACAAAAUAAAAUAUAUAUAUAUAUUUGACUACAGUAGAUCAACAUGGCUACCUACCUGCAACAAACCUUUGGGAUAUAGUGGGCUAGCCCAGUGUUUUCCAGGGUCUUCACCUGUUUUUGGACUACAAUUUCUACCAUCCCUUACCACAGGUCUUGCUAGCUAGGGAUGAUGCGAGUUGUAGUCCAAAAACAGCAGGAGACCCGAGUUUGGGAAACACUGGGCUGGACCACUGCUGUAAAUCUUGAACUUUGGGGAUGUAUAAUGUCCUUCAGGGGUCUCCAAAAAGACCAGCUGCAACUCUUACCACACUCUGCAUCAUUGAUUCAAAGUUUAGAGCUAAGAAACAUGCUCUGCUUGGCGCAAGGGGCUAAGUCACUGCUGGCAGUGACUGUAUGCCAUACUUUUUCAACCAUGUCAUGCUAUAUGCCAUAGUUUUUCAAAUUUAAUAUUCCAAUGGGGAGAAUGGAUAGUUUGCUGCCUCAUUCAUAAGGACUCAAUAUUUAUGGGCAUCGCCACCAAGAAAAUUGCUGGGUGGAAAAUUUGGCCCUUACAGCCCAUUAUAAUUUUACAAUCAUGAGCUAGACGUUUCAGACUCGUAUUGGGAAUAUUUCCAUAAUGUAGCAUCACCUUUCUUUCAAACGGACAGUUGUGAGAGGUAGAAGUUUAGUGUAAAAACAACAACGGGCUUGUGUAUGAUUAGCAUGAAGGAAGCAGCACUGUAUGAGAAUAGGCUGCAGGACAUUGGAUAAAUAAACAGCUUUCCCCACUGUUGUAGGGAUUAUUCAUUACUGUGCUGUUAAUGGAAACUCAGGUGCAGACGUGUGUGAUGUUAUCUCCAUGGGGAUCGCCUUCCAUGAAUACUAAUGUGUUGUGUCUGUGUGUAAGCCAGGCGUAAGCAACCUUUUUUCUGCCAUAGUUUUCUGCUAAGUGCUUGGCAGAACCAGAGACAAAAGUGUCUUGGUUUAGCUAAUCUGGAAUUAAAACUAUCCUUCAGUUUUCACCACGGUUACUUCCUUAAAGCCAUAAAGCCAGGAAAAAGGUGGUGGGGUUUUUAAAAAAACAAUUUUAUUACAUUAAAUACUGCCCCUUCCAAUUAUUCAUACAAAGAGGAAGAAAUAAGGACGGAAGAAACUCUGAUGGGAUGGAAGAAUGAGGCAGUUUCAAGAGGUCCAUGGGGCUGUGUAAAAUGAGGUUAGGGGCUACAUGGAGCUCACCUGUGGGGUCAGCACAUUUCAAGUAAAAGCAGUUAAUGCAAGCAAUGCUCUGUGCAUGCUUCGAGUCUUCUAGAUGGAACCUCUCUGCUAAGCAAAGACACUUGAAUAUUCAGCUUUGUGCUAGAACCCAAUGUUUCUAUUGUUUUAAAGUCUCAAACAUAGAAAGAGAAAUGUGUCUCUUCCAGCACAAAGCAAAAGCUUUUCCAGUAGUUAGUACAGUAUAUAUUUGUUUCUUAUUUGCAUAACUGCUUUGUUCUGUUUUUAUCCGCAGUGAGCUUGUUGCUCCAAAGCUUAUAUGGUCCAGUGGUGUGUGUGUUUGUGGAAUAUUUUUUUGCCCUUUCUCCUUUUGCAUAAUAAUUUAAGGUGUGUGAGUAUUGUCCAGGUUACAACCUGGAAGCCCUACCUGCACUUGAAGUACACAGCAGGUGUCUUGUAACAGUAGGCUGAUGAAAAUGCAAAUAUAACAGGCAGGAAAAGUUUAAGGCUACACUCUGUAGUUCUUUGUAUUGUGCUAAUAGUCUGAUGGUGGCUAGGGAAUAAAUCUUGUUAGAAUUUGCUGGUGUUUAUUGUAUCAAAUUUCUAUCCUGUACUUCCUCCCAAAUUAUAAGGGCGGCCCAAAUUAUAAGCAUUUGCCAACAUCAUGAACCUUACUUCCAAGUUAAAGGUUUCUUCCUCCUUAGUGUACUGUAUGAGUGUGUCCUGGCUGACAUAUAAUUUCCUAAUUGUUGUGUGUGUAAUGUCCGGACAUUACCAAAGAGACGUUCUGUUGUUUUGGGGUGGGGUUGAAAAAUAUUUGUCACUCUCAAAAAGUACUACCUCUUGAUAUAUAACCUCCAGUUACUAUUGUCUUCCUUCACCCCAGCAGAUGCACAUAAAAAGUUACUUGGUCUGACUUACAGUUUAAAAAUAAUAAUAAUACAGCACUUGAAGCACCUUCAUGCAUGGAAAUGGGUUAUGAUCCAAUGCUAUUCAUACACAGGCUGUUCUCAAUAGGAAUUAUAAUACAGUGGUACCUCGGGUUACAUACAGGUUACAAACGCUUCAGGUUACAGACUCCGCUAACCCAGAAAUGUUACCUCGUGUUAAGAACUUUGCUUCAGGAUGAGAACAGAAAUCGUGCAGCAGCGGCAGCAAGAGGCCCCAUUAGCUAAAGUGGUGCUUCAGGUUAAGAACAGUUUCAGGUUAAUAACAGACCUCCAGAACGAAUUUAAGUUCUUAAACCGAGGUACCACUGUACCUAGCUACUUUAAAUGAAUUCAAAUCUCCAGGGCCUGGUGAGCUCACCCAAGGGUACUAAAGGAGCUUGCAGAUGUAAUCUCAGAGCCUCUGUCUGUAAUCUUUUGAGAAUUCUUGGAGAACAGGUAAGGUCCCUGCAUACUCUGGAGGUAGGCAAAUGUUGUCCUCAUCUUCAAAAAAGGGAAAAAAUACCCAGGUAACUACUGACCAGUGAGCUUGACCGUAAUAUCAGGAAAAAGGUCCCAGAACAGAUAAUUAAACAGUUGGUCUGUAAGCACUAAGAAAAGGAUGCUGCGAUUACUAUGACCCAGCAUGUGUUUCUCAGGAACAAGUAAUGCUGGACAAAUCUCAUUUCUUUUUUAAGAGUUACAAGCUUGGUUCAGAACUCUUAACUGAAUUAUGAGCCCCUGAAAAGUGUUGAUGUAUUGCAGUAAUAUAUGUCUGUGUUUAGAAAUUAAUCUAAAUGUGAAAUACGUAUUAAGUUAUUGUGUGAAAAAAUGGACGGUUAUGACAUUCGUCCUUAUUCUUCAAUGAAUGAGUGAUACUGCUUUCAAGAUCAUUGUCCUUAAUUUAAAUUAGGAUGAUAAAAGACCACUGUUCGGUAAUUUCCCCAGUAGAGUUCAAAUGCUAAACACAGAGGUUCAAAUGCUAAACACAGACAAAUCUAGAGGUUUGUCAGCUCCAUAAUUGUGUGGAUGAGGCAAAAUAGAUGUCAGCAAGAUUGGAUCUAUUCCUUGAUAAAUAAUUCAUUUCUGAGUGAAGAAAGAGAACAUCUGAGAGGCAAACCAAGAGGUUUAGAACCAGGUAGAUAAGUUCAGUAGGUAAAUAGGAAGCAAAUGUUUUAACACAGACCCUUGCUAAGCAGGGCAGGUAUUUGUAAAUUGGGCGGGGCAUAUCAGGAGAUACUGGAGUUCAGUUGUCUUAUGAAAUUCAUCCCCUCAGAAGCCUACCAUGUUGGCAAAUUUCAUUUGCUUCUGCUAAUUAUACACACACAUUACACGCAUGCACACACACACGUGUGUGUACACACACACAUGCAUACAUACACAGGCACUAUCACAUGCACAUACUUAUAUAUAUUUGUUAGCUUUGAAAAAAUAAUUAGAGGUAUCCACUAUAAAGGGCCUGCUAUGGCUUCAAAUUCCAUUAACUUCUAUAUCUAUCUAUCUGUCGCUAUAUUUUGAUUUCCGACUUGUGAAGUGUGGUGUUGGAAAACAAGGCCUUGCUUAUUCCAAAGCAGACUUGGACCCAGGGCCAAAUGAAGGAGGACUGUUUUCCAAAGCACCAAAUUGGGGUUUGAACCAAGUCUUGUGAUCAGUGCUCAUCCCUAGUGUGCAUUCCCAAGGCCAGCUCCUGCAUUGUUUUCUGUGCCAGCCCUUUAAGACAAAGUGGCCUAGGGGUUAGUAGUGGAGAAAGUUGCCUGAGAGGCUCUUAAAUUUUCUUCUCUGGAGACUUUCAAGAACAGGUCGAACAUGCUCUGCCAACUAGGAUAUCUAGUCUCAUUACAUGAAGUCAUUUUUAGAGAACAUGAAUCAUAACUCAUAUCAGGGCCUGAUCCUUAAAUCUUUCUCCAGUCUGUGAUGUGGUGGUUGUGUUGUAAGACUUAAAUAAUAUGUUGAGGAAAAUACUAUCUGAAUGGGAAAUUAAAGCAAUUAAAUGGUUUAUUCAGAUAUUGCUGCUCGUUUUUAUUUUCUGUUUCUCUUGCCCGCCCCCGUGUUAUAUAAGCUAUGGGUUCAUUGCGAUCAUAUCUUCCACAGUUUGAUGGCUUUGUUAGUAUAAUCACUAUUAAGACAUUUUAAUUAAUGUUUGUGGUGGUGAUGGGAGGUUUCUAAAUUGUUUCACAUUUAAGUAUGGUAGUUUUUAGUCUAUGGUGGUUUUAUUUAAUUGUAUUUAUUUCUCUUUUUUUCCCCUAUUCUGGGUUAUAAAUGGCCUUUAGGCCAUGUGUUAUUAGUCAACAUGUAAAGUAGUAAAUAAUAAUAAUUGUAGAUUCUUCCAGAUUCAGAGAACACUCUUAUUGUUAUAAUAUUUUAAACCAACAAUUGCUUUUGUGUGCCCUAUCUUGUCUGCUUUAUGAUAAUUUGUCCAUCCUGUCUAACAUUUUAUGAGACAUAAAAUCCACACGUGACAUUUUCGCCUUAGAACCCUGGAAAAUCAUGGCAGUAAAAAUACUAUGCUAUAUCAAUUUUAUCUCAGGGCAGUGUCCAAGAAUACAUUUAAAAUCAUUUCAUUUAUUUCAAGUGGAUGAAACAAUAAAUAAAGCAUUCUUAAAGCAUAGGGCAACUGAUUCCCUUACUGUCACAGACAAAUCACAAAUGCUUCAGAAUAUAGUCAGUUCUUAUCUUGACACCAGUAUUAAGCUAAGGUCGCCCUCAGAUCGACCUCAACAGGGAGGAAGGUUCUCUACAGUUGGGGCACCAGUUUGGAAAAUGCCCUCUGAGAAAAGACGAAUACCAUCUCAACAAAAGAGGGAAAUGAUUUGUAUAAAGUUCAAAUGUGCUAUAUUUCAUAGAUAUGGAUGCAAAUUUAGGAACCACGGCUAUAAUUUAAUUAAAAAUGCAAGAAAAAAUCCUGUAGUCCGCUGUCCAUUUGCUGUCAGUUGGACAUCUUUAAGGCCCCUGCUGUCUCCUCUAUUUCUUUAAACUGGACUUGGGCCAGAAUAAUGGUUCUUCAAACAGAAGACUGUUUUCUGUAAUGCAUGACACAUGAAUACCCUGCUUGCAGAUAUCAACUUCCAGCUAAAUGUAGAAAACUUUCCUAAAACUACCUCCAAGCCCUUUCAUAAUUCAGAUUCAUAAUUCAGAUUCAUAAAUAGCAUGAUACGGGAAUCUUCUCUGGGAAAAGCCUGCAGUAGUAACAAAUAUUUAGGACAUGAACUGAUCUGUACCAUGCAGUUGUAGGAGAAAACUACACCUAGAAGAAGGAAGGAUGAUCUCAUUUAUUCUUAAGGAUAAUAAAUUGCAUGAUGCUUUCUGCUCAGUUUUGAAGAACAUGACAUACUUUUGAGGCAACCGAUGAAAGCACAGGUACCAAUUUGCUGAGAAGGCAGUAAGCCCAGGCAGAAUGGUGCUCUUUCCUGUUAGAUCUAUGACUAUGGUCUGCAUUCUGAGCAUGUGUGAAUAAAUGUGCUGUUCCACCUCUCCAAAACCAGACAGCCUUUGCUCCAAAAUUCCAAACAAAAUGCUGUGUUGGUGUCUUCCGAUAAAUUAUGGAAAGACGUGAUUUAUAAAUAGCUAAAAGGAGUGGAUAUAAUUAGCGAACACUCCUGUCACAUCAAAACCCGAAACUUUAUUUCCUGUGUUGCUUAAUCUGCACUUUGGGUGGGGUGCAAAUAGGUGUGCGUGCUUCAGUUCCUCAAACAUGCUGAGUAAUUAAAAGGAGCAUCUAUAAAAAUAAAACUGUGGCAGACCUUGUCAAGGAAGAAAUCUGUGACUAUCUUGUAGUUCUGUGUAUGGGCUUGUUGGCAGAUAGACCUAUAUGAUAGGUUGACUGAGAAAUUCAGAUUAGUAGGCUUCUCUUGUUUUUGGGGUAUUUCAGUGGUGUAGCAUGCUGAAGGUCCCAGCACUGAUAUCUCAACGUGCAGAGAUAUCUCGUGAUAUCUCGAAGGUACAAGCACUGAUAUCUUGACAUGCCAGUCUGUGUUGGCAGAACUAGAUGGACCAAAGCAAAUGCACAUGUUCUCAUACAGUGUCUUCCACUCACAGCAGACAUGCUUUUCUCUGUUUGGUGCUUGUUCUACAAAGUUGGGAGGUUCUUACUUUUUAUCUGGGGCAGAGAGGGGGGACUGGAAGGUGCUUCUCAGAAAGGAUACAGCCUUGGGAGCUUAUGUGGAAUCUCUGACACCCUAUAUCUUAAUCACAGUCCACAAUUACAACCGUAUAUACUAUGAGGCGAAAGGUAGUCUCUCGUAGUGGAUUUUAUAGGUUAGUUCCACAUAGGCCUGGUUCUCACAAAUGGCAGUUGUAGUUGUAUUCUGCUGUGUCUUUGCACUGUAUUGUAAGUUAGCUUCCCACCACAUUAUUGAGCAAUUAAAACCUCUUCCCACAGGCAUUAAGUACUAUUACACAUGCUCAGUCAUCCUGAUAAGGUGGCAACUAUUAUUUAUUUAUUUUUAAGGUAAAAGGAGAGGCUCUUGCUAUGAAAUACCAGCGUGAUGUCAUGCAUUAACCUUCAGACAGACAUGUUGCAAACAUCUGAAACUUGGAAGAUUCUUUCCUCUGUCUUAGGCUGCAGUCUUACACACUGAACUCAGUGUGGCGUAAUCCAAAGUAGAUAUGCUUAGUAUCGUACUUUUAAAAUUCCUGCCUUUGCUAUAUUUUUAUGAAAGUAAAUGUGUUAGUUGCUUUACUUCGCUUAACUGAACAACCAUAGAACCAAAGAAAAACAGGCCCACAGAGAUAUGUUAAAACUGGUGGCAGGGGCAGGGAGCACAUUAAAAACAUCCCACUCACAAGUUCAUUUAUAAAUGCAAGAUCUCAAUAUUUUGCACCAGUACAGUUCCAGUGACAAAGUGUACUAUUUUUAGCCCUGCCACAACUUACUAAUUAUUAUAUUUAUAUCCUGCCUUUCCUCUAAGGAUCACAAUUUGAAGUACGUGGUUCUCCUCUCAUCAUUUUGGCCUCACAACAACCCUUUGAAGAGACAGUGCUGCCCAAGGUCAGCAAAUGAGCUUCCUGGCUGAAUGGACAUUUGAAGCCUGGGUUCCCAAGUCCUACUCUAACCAUUACACCACACUGCCUCUCUCUAUAUAACUAGAUACAUGGCAAAGCUUGUGGUGGCCACUCAAACCUGCCAUUUAUGGCCCUUGUCUCUUCAUGAUCCAAAGUCAAAACAGUUGGCUUCAGUACAUAAUGGUGAAGGCAAUAGAGUUCCCAAAACAUUAACUAUACUAUCAAGUUUGGGUUUCUUGUUUUUUAACAAACACGAAAAUUGCUUAAAAAGGGCAGGCCAGUCUGGAUCCUAUCCAAGGUAAACUUAUUAAUCUAAAGAACCAAGUAAAUAGUUCUGUGAACCCCGAGGUCUUUCAGAUUUUGUUUUUUCCUGGUCUCCAGUUCUUUUCAGUAAACUGCUUUUGAAGUCAAGGAAGAUUUCAAAAGAGAAGAUAUAGUAGCGAACGAGCUAAUCAAAGAAAGAAAAAAGUUCUAAACAUUCCAUUCCCUACAUGCUAGCCAUUACUAAAUCUGGUUGUUACUGUUCUUAUGAAUAUCUGCCUAUAUUUGUAAAAAACCAGCAAGUUAAAACUCUUUCACGCAGAAUGGCAGUUGGAACAAAAAGGUCUUACAUUGCUUCUGAAACAAACUUGGGGCAUUGAUAACUUCAAGUGGAGGCUAUUAGUAAUGAAUAGAAAAGCCAAAGUGAGUCUCUUAACAGCAGCAAUAAUAAUAAAUAAUCCAGCCACAGAAGAAGGAAGUCUGACACUUUUAGCCAUGUAAGGCAUUAAAAAGAAGAAGAAGAAAAGAAAUUAGCCGAAAACCAUCAUGGUAAGCAAACUAUGCCAAGAUAAAAUUUCCGGCUAGAAGAGAUGUGGUCCACUUCUGGUUACUUGGGGAUAGUUCAAACGAGGCAGAAAUCCAGACCUUCACAUAAUAUCAUUGCACAUGUGUGUAAAACAGAGCUACUCAGAUAGCGAUGAAAUAUAUCUGUGCUGGAUGUUAUACAUGGAAAUUACACAAUAUGUUCUAUAAUGGUAUAUGAAACAGUUAUCUUUUGUUCUUGUUUAAGUAUAAAAUGGCUUAUUGGAGUUGUUUCACACUCUCUUUGCUUUAUGAAACAUCUAACGUCAUACAUCUGUUUUUAAAUUCUGAAGAAUUCAUUUUACAUUUUGGGAGGUUUUUUAAAAAAUGUUCUUUUUCUAAAAGGUUGUUGUCCUGUCUUUUUAGAACUCAGAGAAGGCUUGAUCCUAGAACCCUUCAUAAACUGAACCACAUAUCUGCAUUUUAAAAACUUCUUUUUAAAUCUGAGAAUCCCAAAUGUCUCGAGUAUUUAUUUGCACAGUUGAGUUUUCUGCAGCUAUAUCUCCUUUGAGAUCUUCGGACAAACAUGAAAGUCUGUAUGGUUUCUUUAUUGCAUACACUGCCCUUUGAAACUGAUAAAAAGUCUUAAAAUGGAAGCUUCUUCCUCUGAAGGGGGAGAUGGAAGUAUUAUCUGUAAGUUAAUGUAGACCUUAAAAUAAUUUUGGGUGUGCCAGGUAGAUAAGCUGAAAGGUUUAACCUCAGUCUAGAGUCCUUCCUCAGAUGACAUGAAGCACCUAAACAAGGUAGCAAAAAAUGAAAAUGGAUUUUCGUUGCCUUCCAAGAUUACGUAUUUCCUCAACUUUUUAUUAUGAAGUAAAAGCCAUGAUGAGGAAGAAGUAUACCAGUACACAAAAAAUUAAGAGCAGAAUCAUAGCUGUCAAGCAUCCCUUAUUUGGCGGGACAGUCCCUUAUCCCAGCGCCAUGUCCCGCUGCUGUCCCUUAUUGAUGGUGUCUCUUAAAUUUCCCGGGUUUCAAAGGAAGCAGCUCCUCUCCCUCCCUCCCUGCCGGCCAGGGAGGAGGGAGGCUCCAACUGUGUUGCUUGGCUGCGUUGCUCACCCAAUAAGAAGUCUAAGAACGACUGGGGGGUGGAGCUUGCAUGCCUUGUGCUGAUCAAAUUGGCUGUGUUGCCUGGGGACUCGCCUUUGCUCAGCGCUUCCCAGUGGAGAGGUGACGGUGGUUUUCCUUGAGGCUUUGUUUGGCUGCUGGCUGGGCUUUCUGCCUUUGGCUCGGAGGGGCUCAGAAGUUGAACAUACCUGUGUUUGGAAAAUCCCUUAUUUUGGCUGCUGAUCCCUUAUUUUCGAGGCUGCUGGUCCCUUAUUUUCAAAUCUGUAAGUUGACAGCUAUGAGCAGAAUAGAUAAGUAGAACAGAAUUGUACACACUGAACAGAUAUGUAUAAACUCUCUGUGCCACUCAUAACCCAAAUGACAUUAAGUUUGGUAGGAAUGUCUUAGAUCAUCCACUAAAUGCGUAAGUACCAUAAUUUACAGUUUACAUCUUGUUCUUACGGAUGAGGUGGUAAAGCUGAUCCUGGGCUGUAUCACUACAAACUCAAGGUCGGGCAGAUUACAUAACUGAAUAGUUCUCCUUACUAAAACAAAACAAAACCCUAUGCAUUUAGAAAACUGGCUUAGCCUUUCCCCCAACAUGCUAGAUUUUUAUGUGUAAAGAUGCUUUUUCAUGCAGAUUGUUCUGCCAUGUGAGCCCCAUACCUUCAUUUUGCCAGGAAGAAGCUGUUAUAUGUUAUAUGUGGCAUCUCCUAAGUUGUGGAAUUCCCUCCCCACUAUCUAACAGCAGUUAACACACCAUGCUGGUGGUUUUUCCAUAGAUUUUAUUGCUAAAUGGCUUUCAUUGACCCUUGAGAAGUUUUCUUUCGUUGUGUGUUUUAUUUUCACUGCAAAGCAGUUUACAUAUCGCUGUAGCUAAGCAGUAGGAAUUUUCCUUGGACUGUUUAUUGUAAAUAUAUGAGAUGAUGUCAACAUCUUAAAAAGUUGCAACAAAACACACAGUAGAUUUCUUCCAUUAUGUUGUGGAUAAUGUGGAAGAGUACCAUUUCUGUGCAUUAAUGUUAAGAAUAGCUAAAGCAUUAUUUUGUCCAUUAAUGUAUUUGACUAAUAAAAUAUUUUUUGUAAUUGUAAUGAUUUCUUCCUUGGCAUCACGCUUGUUGGACACCUGGUAGAGGUGUAAAGACUUGGUAAAAACAUUUCGAGAAAAAUGGUAAACUUGGGAGAGCUGGAUAGCAUGGAAGAUGUCAUAUGUAAGAGUUUAACAACCAGGAAAUCUUUUGGUAAGCUGAGCAUACAAGGGGAGCACGAGUGUGCAUGGCUGGUUCCAAACAAAAUAUAAUUUGGAGGACUGGAAAACACCAUACCAGAAUAUAGCCACAUUCUCAUUAGAGAAAACAGCUUGAAUAUUGUUUUCUGGAGAUUAGACAUACAUGUGUAUAUGUAUAUGAUUUGUGUAUAUACAUAUAUGCGUAUAUAUUUUUGCUACGAUGGAGUGAGAUAUAAACUUUACCAAAUAAAUAAGGAUGAAUAAUUAUGCCUAUCUCUUGCUUUGUAGGAUAACACCAAAUCCUUACCUCAGCAGAAUAGUUGAAUAUAAUUCAGUAUCCAGAUUUAUUGCCGCUACUUAAAUUAUAUAAAAUUAUGCAGGAGAUACAGCUAUAGACAAUAUAAUUUAGGCAUAAAGGUAAAUGUACCCCUGACCAUUAGGUCCAGUCAUGGACGACUCUGGGGUUGCGCGCUCAUCUCGCUUUACUGGCCAAGGGAGCUGGCGUUUGUCCGCAGACGGCUUUCAGGUCAUGUGGCCAGCAUGACUAAGCCGCUUCUGGCAAAACCAGAGCAGUGCACGGAAACGGUGUUUACCUUCCUGCUGGAGCAGUAACUAUCUACCUUCACUUUGAAGCAGUGCUUUCAAACUGCUAGGUUGGCAGGAGCUGGGACCGAACAACGGGAGAUCAUCCCAUUGCGGGGAUUCGAACUGCCAACCUUCUGAUCGGCAAGCCCUAGGCUCAGUGGUUUAGACCAUAGCGCCACCCACGUCCCUAUAAUUUUGGCAUAAUUUAGGCUGGAUAUAGCUCACCAACAUAGGAAAAACCAUCCUGCUAUCAAAAACAAUUGAUGGGGCAAUUUUUCAGGAAGUGUGUGGAGUGAGGGGGCCGAUGAAGAUAGUCCCUCUGUCCUCUUCUUCCAUCUUGAGCAGUAUGCCUCUGAGCACAACUCUGGAACCAGCUCAUUUUAAGCAGAGCUUAAUGUAAGCACAUCUUUAAGUAGAACUUCAAGUGAUUGUUAAUGGGGGAAACUGAGUUUUUGCAUUGAACUUACUAAAAAAAUCUCUUGCAGUGAAAUAAGUGUAAACUACACAAAGGAAGCCAUGUCUCCAGCAUAUGCUUAUGUUCAUUUAACAGGGCAAAUGAGAUUGCAGUAAGCUAAAUUACUUUAAGGAGAUUUACCUUAACCUGAACAAGAAAAGUGACUAUUGGAAUAAGGGCUCCUUUACACAGGAAUCCCUGCUGUUCCACAAGAAAUCUGUUUGCAAACUCAUCACAACAAACCCACAAAGGAGUUAAAAAUUUUUUUUACCACAAGCAUUACAGUGGACCUGCAUGACAACAUUUGUGAGGUAAACAAUCAUUAUUCUAGACUGUAUUAAGUAUAGCAAUGUAUUAUUAGAUGUACCGGUCUUGAAUUAUUGGGAACUAUAUUAAAGCCACAAAUUAAAUAAUGCAUUAUUAAAAAGGUAUUUUUAGCUCCUCCACACCCUCCACACUUUGGACAGCUUGCAGUAAUAGAAUUAAGCAUUGCAUAAAUCUUUAUUAGUGGAGAUGGCGGACAGUGAGCGACCAGCCAGGGUACUUCCACACUACCUGUUAAUAAUAAUGUGGAAAAGUUACAUGAGAGAAAAUUUGAGGGGUGUGCCUGCUGCAGUAGAGAAAGUUACGUUGUGGGAGAGCAAUGACUGUGUAGUGCUAAAAACUCUAGUCUGGAAGCACCUCAGUAACAGAGGAUAGCUUCAUUUUUAUUUAUUUUUUGGUGAUUAUAUCCUAGGCUGUGGGUUCCCAAACUAUGAUCCAUGAAGUCCACCAGUGGCCCAUAUAAGCUUCAUUCAUGUGGUCUGUGGAAUCGUCGUUGAAGAUGGGAAACUGUUCACCCAUUGCAUUAAAUAUUCCUAUUUGUUUUUGAUUGCGUUUUUAAUGCUUCUUUCCCACCCCUCUCUUAGAUAUUGUAUUUUAUUGUUAUUACAGUUAGAAUUCUAUGGAAGCCCAAAUUGUAGCAUAAUAAAAAUACAGUACAAAGGAAAUAAAGGAAGCAAUAAAAGAUUCAGUUGAGAAUCGUACAUCGUCUAGAAGUGCAUUUAGCUCAGCAGGUAUAGCUCAGUCAAUAAAGCAUGAGACUCUUAAUCUCAGGGUCGUGGUUUAAAAACCCCAUGUUUGGCAAAAGACUCCUGCCUUUCAGGGGGUUGGACUAGAUGACCCCUUAGGGUACCUGCCAACGCUAUGGUUCUAUGGUUUUAGUUGCUAAAACAGGCAGGUGAAAAAAUUGUGAAGUAGUACACCAACAUAACUAAGCAGUGGUCAAGUGGGCAAAAAGUUUGGGAAUCACUGUAACAAGUUUUUUUAAAAAUAAUGUUCUGAUAUCUUUUGAACUGCAGUUGUGCUUCUAAUAAAUAUGGAAAAGGGAAAGGUUUUAAAUUAGCAUCCAUAGCAAUAAUGCAUGUCGGUUCUUCAUUGAUUAUCCAGUAGCACUAACUACUCAAUAUAUGUGAGGGAAGAAUUUAGUAAGAAGCCAAGUUCUGAGGCUCCAGGAUGGUUUUUCACAGAGAGGAAAAAAAUAAUUGUCACAAACUGCCUUUUCCACCUUCACCUUCUAAAAUCUGUUUGUAUUUUUUAGAUAUUUGGGGUUGGCUUUGAAGACUGACCUGUACUGGAAAUGAUGUGCAUAUAUAUAUGUAUUCCUGAUCACCUCCAUAAUAGACAGAUACUAUAAAAAGAACAUUUUCUGUGAAUUUGAAUUACUAAUGCUCUGAGAGCACAGAAGAGGAAUGCAAACGGGCCCUGUUGCCAUGGUGGUGUUACAGGGGAAGAGUUUGUCUUUUCUCCCGGCUAUUCUGUGGCACGUGUGCUGUUUUUAAUACUGCAGCUCUCGGUCGGGAUUGGACAGUAUCCUUUCCACCGCGACCCCCAUUCAUGCACCAGAGUAGCAGAAGGUCAAGAAUCCGGUUGUUAAAGGAAACUGUUUUGUUUUGCAGGACUGCAUUAAGAUUAAUGGAGCUUAAGGUAACCGGGGUAAUGUUGCUGAGGUUGUUAAAUGUACAUGUGUGCAUACACACACACGUACACCUUACAGAAAAUGAACUCUGUUUUUUAGGCACAGGAAUCCACUGUUAGGCACAGGAAUCCACCCCCCCCCAAAUGAUGGUUACGAAAGAUGCCAGUCCCCAUGCAAAUCUUACACUCAUACAGCGCAAAAUGAGAACCUAAAUAUAGUUUAGAAUCGUAUCUUGUAAAACAUUAAAAACUCAGUUAUGAUCGUCAUUUGCUCUUACGGUUGAGAGCUUUAUUUUGGUGUGGUGGGGAGGUUUGUUCUAGAGUUUGCAUGGAAGCACAGAAGCUGGCAACUAACACGAUAUAAUUGAAAGCACUGGGCUUAAUGCUAGACAGUUCAGAAUGUAAUGGGGAGAAAUGUUCUCGGCUUGAACAGAGAAAAUAAGACAGUGUCUAAAGCCAAAACAUAUUCUUACUGCCCAGACGAUGACUCCCCAGAUGAUUGUGCCUUUGAUAUGUGAGUUACGUGUUUUAGAAACUCAGUAAAUCUGGUUGGUAGAUAAAUGUUGCUCCCUGUACUGAGUUGCAUGAUAGAUGGGCUGCUGCUGCAUUAUUUCUCAAAUGGCUAUAGCUCCACCAAGCCAUGGAACACUUUGGCCCAUGCUCAGCCAUGUUGAACAAUGGAUUUGAUGUCAUGCUGUAUUCAGAGUACUGAGUAUAGUUCCAUGUUUUCACACUUUAGAGUCCUGCUGACAGUUCUGCCUGUAUUUUAGUGUGACACAAUCUUGUUGCAGGUUGUAGAUUGAUCUUGUUGGCUUCAAUUUUCCUAACUCUCACCCCCAGAGCUCAAGUGUUUUUGAGGGUGGGGGUGGAAAGGUGACUCAGGAGAAGCUUGUAACACUUCUUCCUCCCACACAUAUACCACAACCCCAUGCCAUGCAAACAGUCUCAUGAGUUUCCAUUGUUAAUUCUGAAAUUUUCUGCUGUGGCCUACGCCAGCCCUCUUCACUAUUUUUCUUUAAUAUGAACCAGCCUGAAAAAGGUCCUACAAAGGCUGCUGGCUGCUUUGUAGCUUCAUGAUUUGUCCUAAUAAAGAUAUUGUGUCCCAUCAAUGUGUUGAUUUUUAAAAAUUAUCCUACAGACCAAUGUGGCUGGAAACUCCUCAUAAAUAGAUCAAUUCACUUUAAAGCUUUCUUUUUCUGGUUUAUUUAAUUUGCAAAUUAAUUGGGGGGCGGUUCUUCCCAGAAUUAAUUUCUUAUACAUGUUUAUCUUUGAUAGACAAAAUAGGUAGUAGAUUUAACUGUUCUGGGGGGGUGUAAGAGAGGGAGAGAAGUAGCACUUAAUCACAUAGGCUUUAAAAUGGACAGUGUUCUGUUCACCUUUUUGGGAAUAUGCUGUUGCAAGAAGCAAAUAUUUUGUUCUUGUUUUCAAGCCUUUUUCUCUUUACUCGACCCGUUUGGACAAACUUGAACAGUGAGCGACAGAAGUCGAUCAUGGAGAUCACACUUGCACAGAGUCUAUGUGUGGCCAAAAUGUAACGUAUAAGCAGAAACCACAUGGUUUCUAAGCCUAAAUUUCAUUUUUUUAAAUGUCAUGUUUCAAGCUUUCACCUUUCUCACAUAGGUGUGGAAAGCAUGGAGACGGAACAGCCUUGUCUGCAAAUAUGGUCUCUCGUAACACAGAGCCCUAUGCGUUUCUCCAAACCAGCCAACUGUCCAUUGGAAUUUGUUUUCUAAACCAUAGAACCUCUGUUCUUUAGAAAAUCACAUGGUUUAGGCUUUUAAAAGCUGGACGGAAGCCACUCCUGGCAAUGAUACCGAGAUAAUUUAACAAACUGUAAAUAAAUUACUCUUGUUUGUUUAGAGAGAUUUGGUCUUUCUCAUUCCAGAGUAAAAAAAGAAAGAAAGUCAGUAAAAUGGACUCUCCUCAAACAAGGUAUAUUUUCAGCAUUUGGUUUCUUCUCCCACAAUGCGGGAUGAAUUCUGUCUUUGUGCCCUGCCUUAAGGAAGCUGCUAUUUCCCCUUCUACAAAAGACAAUGAUAGACAAUGUGGUGGUGUUGGGAGCAAGGGAUUUGGAGGCAAAGACCAACAUUCAAGGUCUCCAUUUCCCCCCUUCCCUGAAGCUAUGGCUACUGCUCCAAAGUUAAAUCAGACCUUUGAGUUCAUACAGGAAUGUUCGCCUUGCAUUCCACACGCUGAGCCAUUUUUAUCGUGGGGGCUCAGGAAUGUGUUUCCUUUUACUUUUUUAGUGUCUUGGUGGUGGGAAAAGGGGUAUAAUUCUGGGGUUUUUAUAAGCAACAGUGCCAGGAAUUGUUGCAUGAUCUUGAAACAGAACAUCUUGUGACACAAUUCAGUCUAUCGGGCAAGCAUCCUCUGCCAUAUGGCUUUGUUUAAUUAAAAUGUACAUAGCUGUUGUUGUUUCUGUUUGUUUUAGUAAUCUAGCUUGAAGUUUCAUUGUUUUUUCAAAAAGUAGAAUUCCAUUAUUGGCUUCCUCAAUCUUUAUGUGACCUAUUAAUUCAAGACGUAGUUACCUAACAAGCAUCUUGUGGAAAGAAAUGUUCAAGUCAAGCUUAUUUAGUUUAUCUGAAAGAAUGACAAGGAAUGCUUUUUUGUUGUGUUGGACAAUCUAUCUCCAGCUAUCCUGGGGGGAUUUAUGUUCAGGUUGACUUGUGUAUGUAUCUCUUUGUAACAAGAAUGUUUCUCAAACUUUAAAAAUGUGGCGCUAGUGAGGAGGCUUAAAUUUACUCUAUUUUAAAAUCCUGCCCCUCAAACCAGCAGGUAAAUUUGUGGAGAUUCUUGUGUGCAGUGACAUGCAUCUUGCCAGAGAGACAUUAAAGAUUUAUUUUAUGAGACAUGUUAUACCCUUCCACUUUCCGACCUGGUAACAGGAUCCACCUGGCUGCAAUACAUGGAAGAAUAUAGCUCAGUAGUAACAGAGCAUUUCCUAAGCACAGUCAUCAAUAUGUCCAGUUAAAGCAGGCCUUGGAACCUCUCUCUGCUGCAAAUCAGAGCUGGAUGCAUUGAGGCAGUGGGUGACUGCACUGACUGAAUUAAGGUAGCACCACAUAUUCAUAUAAAACUUACUUACCAGCCCGUUAUGGGAUUUUGCAACAUUACCUUUCCUCCUGUCUCUAGCUAUAAAAGUUACAGUGUUUAUGCAAUGCUUGUGUUGGUAUAUUUUGAAAAAAUAAAUAAAUGUUAGUUUAAUUUAACACUUUGAUAUUGUCACUGCCCGUUUGCUUGUGGGCCAACAAGAACCUGUGUGAACUGAUAAGGGCCUCAUGCUAUUUGCUCAACAAAUCAAGUCAUUUCUAUCCUGCUUCUCUUUCACACAUCAUAUACACCUGGAGAUUCAGCUUUGUCAUCAAGUGUGCAUUGAAGAGUGUGGCCAGUUCCAACUCUCCAAAAACAUGUGUAUCAGAUAGGUGCACUCGUAAAAUGCCUGUUUGUUGCAUUCACACUUUUACACUGUGUUCAGCCAACCAGUAUUGUGGUAGGAAGAAUUCCUUCUGUCCAGCUAGAUGAUGUAAUUGGGAAGGGACAGCUUUGUGUUUUGUUAGUUGUACUAAGGCAUGAGAACAAGUUAGACCUGUUUCAGCUUUCUUAGUACUACUAAUAUAAUGUGGGAAGAGGUCCUUAGGAUAGUAAGUAAAUAAAUACUUCUAGAAAUAAAUAAAUAAAUGUAUAGGUCAUACUACGUUUCCUAUGAUCUUCUAGCCAGGCUUUUGGUGCCACUAAGUCUACUUCAGAAAGUAUGUACAGAUGGAUAUCAGUAAAACUUAACACAUUACCUUCUGUUUUGCAUAAAAUUCUGGUUUAAAUAUAGCUAUCCCUUAAAUAUAAAAGGAUGGGCAUUCUCAUUUGGGAGAAGCUCAUGGCCAGGAGGAAUAUGAACAUUGGUUGCACAUCGAGCAAUAAUUUGCCUUCCUACCUCAUACACACCUAAUGCAUAAACCACCAGCAACUUGAAUAUUUAUCUGCAGGACCCACUAACUUAUAAUUUACUACUUAAGAAUCACUAGUGUCUCAGGAGUAUGAGACACAGGACUGAAAAGAGGGAUUUCAUGGGAAAUCGUUUCAAAAAUCAUAAAUGCCCUUUUGCUCAAUGGUAUUGCAGCACUACAGAUCCUUCAAUGGGGGUUGUGUGAUGAUGGACUUACAUUUUUAUGUACAUAGGAAGAAAAUAUUCCUAGGCCAAGCAGAUGUUUGCCUUGUUGUGAUUGAGAUUUCAAUACUACCUUCUGCUAUACUUCAGAAGUUACUAAAAAUGCUAAUAGGCCUUAUUGGCUUAUGGGAGAAUUCCCACCUAUGCUGAGGUUCCAUUUCUGGCCACUGUGCACGUUAGCAGGAUGCAUGGAAGUCGAUUCUUGUCUGUUCUGCCUUGCCCCAUUCCGCCCCCCUUUAGAGCUGAAAAUGGUGCGCCUGUCACACACAUGCUUUGCUUACAAAGGCAUAGUUACAUAUUAUUCUUUAUUUGCAGUACUUUAUUUGCAGUUGGUCCUGAGAUAGGAGAUAUUCACUGAAUUCUAGUGCUAUUACAGUCAUACCUCGGGUUACAGCUGCUUCAGGUUGCGUUUUUUCGGGUUACGUACCCGCCAAAACUCAGAAGUACUGGAACGGGUUACUUCCGAGUUUCGGCAGUCGCGCAUCCGCAGAAGCACUAAAUCACGCUUUGCGCAUGUGCAGAAGCGCCAAAUCGCAACCUGCGUGUGUGCAGAUGCGCUGCUGCGGGUUGCAAACACUGUGGGUUGCGAACAUGCAUCCCACACGGAUCACGUUCGCAACCCAAGCGUCCACUGUAUUUAUUUGCAUAGUUGUGAGGGAUGAUACACUCUUGGUUCUCACAGAACUGCUUUCAAAGUUAGGAUAAGAGGCUCACUUUGCUAAUUUAUUCACAUAAGUGGCUGAUUCCUUGAAAUGAACAAUGGUGCUGAGCAAAUAAAUUUACCACUUAGAAUUUAGCUUGAACAUUGGCUCAGACAUGCGUUUCUGAUAAAUGUUCUGUCCAGGAGAGAAAUCUGAGAGUAUUGGCAACACUGCAUGUUUUUCUAAGUGGGAAGGACAUCCCUAAGGUACAGAUGCAGCUGGCUUGAGAAAAAAGGAAAAGAACCAGAGGAAGUUGGUUGCGCCUUUUAAAAUGGAUAUUGAUGUUUCAGCAAAUACAUUCCUGUUUCAUGCAGUACGUUGGGUACUGCAUGGUUUUGCGUGGGAAGAAGCAUAAUUCUAAGAGAGAGAGAGAAGGAGCUUAUUUAGUAUCUACUCCGAGUAAAUAAGAGUCCUAGUAAAGGAAUAUCUAAUUCAGCACCCUGUAUCAAUCACAUGGCAAGUACACAAAUGUGAAGAUAAUAGCCCUUGCCCACUGUUGUUUCCCAGUGACUAGUAUUUAGGGGCAUACUUGUUAGUAGCAUAUCAUUUGUGAAUUUGUCUGAUUUCCUUUUAAAGCCCUCUGGGUUGGUAUUGUCGCCACCUCUUGUUGCAGUGAGUUCCAUAGUUGAAGCAUGUGCUUCCUUUUGUCUGUCUUGCGUCUCACACAAUUAAGCAUCAUUGCAUGACCCUGGGUUCUUCGGUUAUGAGAGAAGGAGAAACACUGCCCACACCUUGUAGAAACCUUUGUCCUGUCCCGUCUUGCCGUUUUUGGGUAAGCUAAAAAGCAAGCCUUCCCUCAUAGAGGAAUUGCACCCUCAUCCUUUUGAUUGCACUUUCCUGAGCAUUUUCCAGCUCUGUGGCAUUCUUUUUUUUUUUGUAAAUGUCUUUCACUUUAAUCCAUCUGUUGUUUCAUUAUACAAAACGGGCAACAGCAGAAAACAACAUCUCAUCUUAAAUUAAGACAGACGAGGGACAUGAGACUCUGCUGGAGUUAAUUGCGAACUUUUAUAACUGAGGCAAUAUUGUUAAAAUGCAAAGUUUAACUUUACUGCUUUGUGUUUGUGUGCAUACGCACAUACACACAUGGAGGAAUGUAUUCUGAAGGUAGGUGACUGUGACUUUGCCUUCCCUAACUCCUUUAGUCAGUCAGUAAUAUCUGUAAUCUAAUUCUCUGCACUCCUUUGGUGCUUUUGAUCUGAAACGAAGGCCAUGAAUUAUGUUUAAAAUACCCCUCAUGGAGCAUGAAAUCCAGUAACUUAUUGCUCAGGGUUGGCAUGUGUUCAAAUAACUCUGCUUGGGGCCAGUAAUACACAAUAACCUUGAGUUUAAGGUGAACUCCUAAAUAAAUUACGGCACAGCCAGUCAAGGAAAUAAAAAACAGUCCCCAUUUCUCCACAACCUAGCAUAUUUUGUAACUAUAAACACCUGUAAAUGCUUAUGUAUUUUUCAGAGAUCUGUAAAAUACUCCCAUUUUGUGACCUGUGUGUGUGUUUAAAGCAUAGCUUGAAAAUAGUAGGUUUUGUUGUUUUCUUUAAAUAGUCUCCCUGGUUUGUGUUUGGCACUGAAGACUGUGGGAGGCAAGACUCAUGACAGUUCAAGCAGAUUUCAUCCAGGCUGCUUCUUGCAUUCUGCAUGUUUAUCAUGGUAGGUUCAUUUUUAGACGAGGUUUAAUAAUGCACCUUUCAUGUGCCUCUGUGAGAAGUUGCUCAUUUAAGUGUGGCAGCGUCUAUGCUUUGAAAGGCCUCGCCUAAUAGCAUCAGGCAGGAACCCUCUGUGUUUAGAUGCCUGUAACCUUGCUUACAGGAUUGUUGUGAAGCUAAAAAUCUCUGUUAGCUCCUUAGAGCAGAGCUUUCCAAACUGUGUGUCACAACACGUUAUUGUAUUGGCUGCAAUGUGUAGGUGUGUCGCGUGAACUCUCCCCACGCUCCUCCCAGAGCUGGAAAGGUAUUGGUGUAACCUCCAGUUUGCUAGUACAGUGGUACCUCGGAUUACAUACGCUUCAGGUUACAUACGCUUCAGGUUACAUACUCUGCUAACCCAGAAAUAGUACCUCAGGUUAAGAACUUUGCUUCAGGAUGAGAACAGAAAUCGUGCUACUGCGGCGCGGCGGCAGCAGGAGGCCCAAUUAGCUAAAGUGGUGCUUCAGGUUAAGAGUAGUUUCAGGUUAAGAACAGAUCUUCGGAACGAAUUAAGUACUUAACCCGAGGUAUCACUGUAAAACUGAAUUGCUUUGUUGCGAAAUGAUGCAUGUCUAAAAAGUGUGUUACCAACAUGAAAAGUUUGGAAAGCUCCGCCUUAGAGGAAUGGUGGGUUUAAAAUAAUGUGUGGAGGAUAUGUCUUUAUCUUCUUUUUAAGGCAUGAUAGAAAUGCAGAGUCAUAUUCUUUAGUCAUUCUGAGCCAGUGACUUAGUUGGAUGCCAUGCUACAUUUUCUUUGCAUCUUUUGGUUAGAAGACUUUUAGAAAGCACUGGAGUGCAUUGCGUAUGGUGCCUUGGCCUGGUUUGCACAACACAGUAAGCCGAACAAUGGCUUAUCAGGACCAUGCAAAUGUUGUGGGCUCACAGAGAAGCGCUUGCAGCCACUUUGGUCCUCUCUGGUGAGCUAAGUCAGGGUUUGGCUUAACAUGUAACCCAAACUCAGGACUCGAGGUCAAGCUUAGUCCUCACUAACCACAAAUUGUAGCCCAAAACAGGCCAGGAGUCCUGCUUUGAAUAACACACUAAGCCCAACUUUGGUUUAGCCCAGUGUGGAGCUAGGACAAAAAGAACCACAAAAUCCUGUCCAGAACCCUGCAUGUUUAUGUGGCCACAGUAAGCCAUAGUUAGGUUUACCGUGUCGUGUGCACCAGGCCAACUUUUGCGAACUUGAGUUCAUCCAUUUGUUAACCAGCAUUGUUAAACAUAACAAGAAAACUUCAUGGGACUGACAGUCCGCAUCACAGUUUGAGAUCCCACCAAUGUAAUGAUGAUUGUUAGGGACUUUCCCAGUUGUACUCCUCUGUCUUGCUAGUCCAGACUUUACUCAGCCACCUUCAAUUGAGCUGUUGUUCUAUGUGAAAGGUCAUUUCUGUCGAGUGAGCUAGUUUAACGUGGCCGCUCCUAGAUUCUGACAAGUUGUUUUUAUAAGGAGAUGCCUUAAGUGUAAUUAACAUUCAGCUGUUCUUAAUGAAAAAAAUCUACUCUUGUUUUUACUUUUUGAGAAAAUUGCUUGUUUUCAAGCCAAUGCAGAAGAAUGACUGCUUUAGGCAUAUAUAGAGAGUGAGAGUGUGUGUGUGUGUGUAUUUAUAUAUUUAUCCCUGGUGGUAUACCCCAUUGAAGCAAAUGGGGCUUACUUCUGAGUAGUCCACAUAAGACUGCACUGUUAGUGCAUUUAACACUGUGUUUUUUAAAGUGGUCUGUGCCAAACCAAAUAUUUGCAUUACAUUAGCCUUUAGGAUAAAAUCCUCCACUGUAGCACUUUUGUGUUAGCUUGUUAGUCCCUUUCUUUUGUAGAAAUCUGAGUAAUAAUAUUUUCCUGCUCCAAGCACUUCUUUAGAUUAAUGCGAUGCAUAUUUCCCUCCAUGUUUAGACUACUACAGGAAUAAUGUUCUAAAGUAUCACCAAACAGACAAGGUUCGUAUUUGUAAAGCAUGUAAAUUGUUUAUGUGUUGGCUGCUAGGGCUUUUCCUAUGAGCAUUGCAAGUUGUACUGCAUUUGGUGAGAAAAAAAUCCUUCUAAAUUCAAUACUUCAUCUGCCAUGUAGCUAGAAAAAAGAUCCCUGUAUAUGUGCAGAGCUCUGUGCCAGUGGAUGCUGUGGGAAAAACAGCCUUCAUAACACAAGGCUUAUGGAAACAGAAGGCUGGUCUUUAACAUACGAACAUCCAGUUUAGACAGAACCGCAAACCAUGGUUUGCUAUUAAAGGUACUGUAUAAGCUUAUGCAGGCCUUGGGCUUGUAUGUUCCCCCUAACCCAUCUCCUCUUUAUGAAUGAGAAGAGCACAUCAAAAGCUUCCUAUUUUGCUUUUGAACCAACCACAGUUUCCCAUUGUUCACGGAACUGUGGCUUGCUCUAAACGUGCAUAUUUAAUAAAUCUGUAUAUCAAAUUGUGGGUGAGUGGUCCAGAAGGUGGCAGGACAAGAAUAGGCCUUUUCUGCAGUGGCUCCCUGCGUGUGGAAUGCCCUCCCUAAGGAAGUUCUGCUGGCGCCUUCAUUAUACACCUUUGGGGACCAGGCAAUACCACUCCUCUUCAACCAGGCCUUUGGCUGAUUGACAGCCAAUGCCCUUUAAAAAUGUGUUGUGGAAGUGGGGAUUAUUGGAUUGUAUUGGCUUUUGUUUUUAUUAUGUAUUCUGUGCUUUUUCCUAUUAUGAUUUUAUGUUGUGAACCGCCCUGAGAUCUACCGAUAUAGGGCGGUACAGUAUACAAAUUUAAUAAGCAAACAAAUAAAAUAAAAAUACUCCCAUUACAAAAGGCAGCUUUUUCUGGUGUCAGUAACAAGUGUUUAAGAGGUACACCUGGGGAGUCCCAUCUACGGAAUGUUAAAUGCAUAGUCAGUGCCAGUAAUUUUGAACCUUUCCAGACCUAGGCCCUACCUUAAACCCAAACAUGCACUUCUGGCCUCAUUUCAUUUUCUUUUUCUACCUAUAGUGGUAGUACUGCUGCUGUGACACACUUUGAAUUAGGCCACUGUUCAGUAGUGCAUGUCCACACAUGUGUUGAAGACCAGUGUUCAUCCUCAUCAACUUUCUGAAUAUAAUAUAGUGUCAGGUAUGAAAAGUUACUUUGUCAAUCAAAUAUGUUGCAGAGCCAGAACUAGAGAGCCAAGGGCCCCCAUCCGUAUUUGAAAUAUACUAGCAGGAGCACAUUCUUUUUAGGAAACGGGAUUGUGUCAUACUGAAAGUCUGUGUGCAUAUUUUAACUGGACGUGCUGAUGAAAUGUUAGUUUUUUCAGAAAACAUGGUGGAGUGGUUGUCUUCUGUUCUUCCAAGUGAAGAUGCCUUGGGUUGGUUAGAUUACCCAGUGCCUUAUAAAUUCGCAAGGAAACCAAAUUAAUGUGCUCUUAACCUUGUAUAUAAUUGAGGAGCUUCAUCCAUUAGUUUCUAAUCUAGUUAAUUGUCCUGAAGAAGAAAAAGAAAGUGUCCUGUUUCUGGAUGGAGUAGAAUAAAGGGCUUCAGUGUAACACUACACCACUAUAGAGGAUUCAUGUUACCAAUUAAUAACUCAGCAAUAGAAAGAAGCUUUGCAACUGAAUGUCUGGGUCAUAUGUUUCUGAGAAAUUUGCAAAAAAUGGCUCUCUAAUUCCUGUUCCCCCAGACGAGUUUUUAAAUCUGAACUUUUGUUUACCACCAUGUUUAUAUUUAAAGGUACCUUUCUUCCCCCAUGGCUAUUCAGCAUCCUUUCCUCCUGCAAAUAAUUUAUUAUACCGUUGGUUCGUGCUUUGCAUGAUAUCAAAAAGGCUGUGCAUGAAGAACUCCUGAUCACCCUUUCAAAAGCAGUCCUCUGCAUUGCCAAGAAACAAACUUAAGAGAAUGGUUGCCUGUUCCUGAAAUAAAACAUCAGUAGCACUGUAUAUGUUCAGUUGGCCAAUAUCAUUUCAUCUAUGUAAAUUCUAAGAGUGUUCAGUUCGUUCUACUGCAUUGCUGUAGCAACUAUACUUCUGCAACCUUUUUCUUUGGGCAGAGGUCAAGUGUUGGGCAGCCAUUGUUAGCUUGUGGUUGUAUGUACACACAUACAACAAAUGAGUAAGGAUGAAAUGGUUUCUCGCUUUGGAAACAAACAAACAAACAAACAAACAGGAGUUGGAAGGGACCCUGAUGAUCAUCUGUUCCAACCCCCUGCAAUGCAGGAAUGUGCUGCUGUCCCUUACGGGGAUCGAACCUGCAACCUUGGCGUUACCAACACCAUUCUCUAAUGGAUAAAGCAAGGGCAGGCAACCUAAGGCCUGGGGGCCGGAUGCGGCCCAAUUGCCUUCUAAAUCCGGCCCGUGGACAGCAUGUUUUUACAUAAGUAGAAUGUGUGCUUUUAUUUAAAAUGCAUCUCUGGGUUAUUUGUGUGGCAUUGGAAUUUGUUCAUUUUUUAAAAAAAUUCAAAAUAUAGUCCGGCCUACCACAUGGUCUGAGGGAUGGUGGACCAGCCCACAGCUGAAAAAGGUAGCUGACCCCUAGGUUAAAAUCUAGCCAACUGAGCUAUACCUAUCUCUGGCUUUUCAUACUGCUUUAAAACUUGUUUUUAGCUGCUUUUAUGGCAUGUGUGUCAUUUUUGAGAUGAAUGUAAAAAGGUUAUUCAUAAAUUAUAAUAAUCUGAAAUGUCUAAAAGUCAGUGUCGGGAGGCAUGGUAGAGUCUCUAGAAUGUUUUCAUACUACGAACAACAUAUUAUAACUUAGGGCGUGAAUUGCAAACAGCUGCUUCUGUCUGCCAGACAAGCUCCAGCAAGCCCCAAGUACUGUGAAACACCAUGUAGUGCAAAGGGCUGUCAGUGUUCACUUCCGGACUGGAACAGAAGCAGAGAGCUACAGCUCUUAAGAUGUGAGGAAUUGUGACUUCCCCCAUCAGUUAAGGAUUGUUGCUUGACUUGGGGCCUCUGCAGUUCUGUGGAACUGGGCAAAGAAAUUUUGGUUUGUGGCUCUGGCUUCUCAUUAAAAAAAUAUGAAUGGGACACUACUGAGGUGGGGUUUUGUGGGGGGGGAGUAGAUUCACACACACAAACUCACCAUUUAAUUCCAGCACUUUUAAAAAAUGAUCUGCUGAACAAAAUCUUCCUCAGUUGUCAAAAAUUGCCACCAUGGGUAGAAUCCAAAGGUUUUCCUUUUUCUGACAAAAGGCCAGGCACCUUUUUGAAUCCAAAGUCUGAAGUCUUAUAACACGUGAAAAAUUCAGAAGCAAACUUACUAAUAUAAGGUUCUCAAUUCAGCAUUUAAAUCUUUGGUGGGAAGGGGGUAAAUAUUUGAUCAAGCAUGCUUUCCACGUUCCUUUAUAUGAAAAGUUACUGUAAUUGUUUUCACAGAGUCAGUGGCAGGUUAUCUUUCUAAAACGUAGUGACUAGCUUAAAAAAAAAAGAUGGUUAGCCAUCAUAUAUUUCUUCUUUCAUAUCUGAACUUCAGGAAUAAAUGACUAAGCAUUGCAUAGUCCUGAAAUCUUGAUGCCUAUGAGGUCUGUGUAGUUUCAUAUAGCCUCUGGUACCAAUUCGUACUCUGCUGCUAAUUAAAAAAGCAUUAUUUCCCUAACGUUUGAUCCCUGAAGCACAUGCCAUUCUUACACUUAACCUUUUAUUUUAGAAUGUGAAAAAGUAAAAACCACCUUUCCUCUCCGAAAAAGCCCUUACCCUUAUCGGUAGUGGCGCCCACCCUGUGGAAGACCCUCCCAUCAGAUGUUAAUGAAAUAAACAACUAUCUGACUUUUAGAAAACAUCUGAAGGCAGCCCUGUUUAGGGAAGUUAUUAAUGUUUGAUGUUUUAUUGUGUUUUAAAUAUUUUGUAAAAAGCCGCCCAGAGUGACUGGGGAGACCCAGCCAGAUGAGUGGGGUAUAAAUAAUAAUUUCUUAUUUUUAUUCUUAUUUCUUUCUUUCUGCUUUUCUCUGUUUUGAGUCUGCCCCCCCCGGUAGCACGGGGUGGUUGCGUUCUCGAUUCAUGCAAAGAUGCAACAGGCAGCCUUCUCUUAUUGUUUGACACUUUGGUCUCUCAGAACCCAAUUAAUUAUUUAACUUUAAUUUUAUUUCUCAUUACACAUAGUGUGGGAAAACAGAACUGCAGGAUUAAUAUUUGAUCAUAGCUUGAUAAUGUAGUAAAAGCAUUCUGCCUUCCUGGAUAAGCCUAGAUUACAGAGGCAACAGGUUUUAUCUACCUUAAAAACCUUGCCUUGAAUUAUUCACACUAACUCUUUGUUAGAGGUGUUCCCAUAACAAAUCUUAUGGGCGGGUUGCUCCAAGUGAUCCUAAGAAGAUUAUGUAAAAAAAAUAAUAAAAGAAGAUUAUUCUUGAAGACCAUCUGCCCCCCCCAAUUUUAUCUACUGCUGCAUUUAUUUCUUUUAAAAAUUGUCUGCUUUUCAUCUGAAGAAGGCAGCUCAUGACAAAGCAGCAAAAAUAAAAAAGAUCCCUGCAGUUGCCUCUAUCAGAUGUGAAAAAAUGUAGUGAUUUCAUGGCAAUUAUACUUUCCAAGUGUUGUAGAUGCAACAGUAUGCGCUAUUUGUGAUGGCUUGAUGAGACAGGGGGGAUAAAGUAUGAAGUAGGAGUAUAGCUCUUCCAAACAGUGUCUAAUAAGAUAAUAGUGUUUAAAUCCCGUUAAAAACUGGUCGGGGAAUCAUUGCAAAAUAUUAGCACCUCCCUAAUCCUUUCAAGUGAAAUGAUAUACUUCCUUGCGUAAUGUACAAAAUACCGAUCCACUGCCAUCUCCUGUUCACUGCAAUGCAAGAGGCCACCAUUCUUUGUCUUUUUUUUUUACUUGAAUUUUUGUAAACUGCUAUGAAAUCAUUUGAGAAAACUCAUCCUAUAAAGGCUCCAAGUAAAUACAUGAAUAGCUUGUUGUUUGUCAGUAGUGGUUCCAUAUGUCAUGGCCCGGGACUACAAUCCCUCUCACCCUUCGAUGGAAAGUUCUGAAGACUCCUAGGGUGAAGAAGGUGGCGUUCCUGAAUCCCCAUCUAAGGCAGAUAGAAAAAUGACUGCCCCACUGAAGAUUUUCAUGUGGGAGCCCAAGGCCCCCAUCCCCUUCUUGUAAGGAGAUAACUCUGCCCUCAUCUGAAGACUUUUUAAAUCCUUGCCAGGACUACCUGCAGCCCAGGAGGACCCUCCACCAUCACACCACAUGCAAGGGUUGCAGAAGGCCUCCUAUCCCUGCAGAAAUUAGCACAGACCAUAUGGGCCAGACUUCACACACACACACACACACACACACACACACACACACACACACCUCUACCUUCAGAAUUUAACAAAUGCUGGAAGAAACUAAUUUUCCUGCUUUCAGUGAGUCUGGCCCAGUCUUGAAUGCACCCCACAUGAUCUGUCAUUGGCUCUGAACAUUUGCUGCCUCACCUGCACCUUGUCAUACCUGGCCAAAACACUCCUGCUGGCUUCAGCCUGGAAGGAAGAGAACGUAAACUUUUGCAAUGCUUUUGCUCCAUGCUUCCUAAACUUAACUGACCCUUGACCAUGCUUAUGUGGCAAUCUUCCAUCUCUUUUCUUCAGAUCUACUUAGGUCCGGCUUCAAAGAAUAAGUGAGUGUUUCCAGAUUUUUGCCUGCUUGCCUCUUUCUUUCUUUCUUUCUUUCUUUCUUUCUUUCUUUCUUUCUUAUAUUCCCGCUUCCUUCUUUUAUUCUCUUUGAAUGUUUCAGUACUUCCUAUACCACACAGAGCAAGCCUCCAGAGUUUUAGUCUCAAAAAUUUCAUGACCAACAUGAAAUGUCAAUGGUCCUUGAGCGAGUCCUUGCCAAAUUCACUCAUCCGUGGUAAAUCAGAAGUGUUUGGUUCAUUGAUUCUUUGGCGGUCACCAUCCAAACUGGGGUAUUUGUUAUCCCUACUCUUUUUCAUUCCCACUCCCCAGUUAAACCACACUAAUUUCAAUAGAACUUACUUUGAAGAAAGUGAAUCAAGGAUUUUUAGUAGCAACAUCUUUUACGUUUACUAACUCUUCAUUUUUUUCAUUCGUCACAUCUUCCCUCAAGAUGGUGCUUUAAUUGUGAGGAAAUCACAUUUUCUGAGUACUCACAAAAUAUUAUUUGGACCCAUUUCAGUCUGGCUUUUGAUUCUGUUUUAGUACUGAGAGAGCUCUGGUUAGUGAGCUAUCUUGAGAGAGGAAUAGGAGGCAUUUGAUGACCCUGUUGAUCCAUUCAGAGGCUUUGGUGCCAUCAGCCAUGGUAACCUCCUGGAGCAGGUAGAGAGUUGUAGGCACCAUGAUGUGGUGUUUUCAGUCAAACCUGUAGGGCUGUUAUUAGACAACAUCAUUGGGGGACUCCUCCCUGGUCCCAUAAGAGUUGUGCUGUGGAUUCAUAUAGAUUUUAUUCUGUCCGCUAUGUUGUUUAGCAUCUAUAUGAAGCUGUUGUGAGCAGUCAUCAGGAUUUGAGGUUUUGUGCCACCAUCAUGGGGAUUGCAUUCAUCUAUACCAGUGAUGGCCAAACAUUGCCCUCCAGCUGUUUUGGGACUACAGUUCCCAUCAUCCCUGACCACUGGUCCUGUUAGCUAGAGAUGAUGGGAAUUGCAGUCCCAAAACAGUCGGAGGGCCAAGUUUGGCCAUCACUGAUCUAUGCCAUCUGAACUAGAUGAAACUGUGAUUGUUCCUGAGCCUGGAGGUGGUAAUGGGGUCAGAUGAGGGCUAGUAAAAUGAUGCUGAAUCACGGCUAGACAGAGACACAGUCACUCACCCCUUGAAAGACCAGGUUUGUAGCCUGGGGGGGGGGGAGUGCUCCUGGAUCUGGCAUUGUCACUUGAGCCCUUGGUGGUGUCAGUUGCAAGGGGUUCCUAUUUCCAGGCUGUAGCUGAUUGAGAGCAACAGCCGUUCCUGUACUAAGAUAGCCUUGCCAUCGUACUACAUGCUCUAGGAAACUUCACACCUGGAUUAGUGUGAUGUGUUCUUUAUGGGGCCACUCUUGAAGAUGGUCCAGAAACUUCAAGGUAGCACAUAAGGCAGCUGCUAGAAUGCUGAUAGCAACAUCUGUAUGGAGUCCUGUCUUCCACAUGACAGGUUGCCUAUGUGUUACAUGGUCCAAUAUAAGGUGUUAAUUAGCACUGACAUAUUUUGUAAACCGCUUUGAGGGUUUUGGGGUUUUUUUACAGUCAAGAGGUGCACAGAUUUUAUGAAAUCAGUAAUAAUAAAGAAAGAAAUAUGGGCUUGAGACCAAGUAUAUAAUGAAGCUCCUCUCCCCAUAUCAGCCAACCCAGGCCUUGAGAUUGGAAUAGAAGGAAGGCCCUUUUCAUUAUACUGACAGUGGGGAUUGCUUGCUGUGUGGUGACACAGGAUAGCCUUUCUUUGUAGUUUCCCCCCACUAUAUAAUAGAAUUUGCUCCCCAUGAGGUGUGGCUGGCCACAACAGACUUGGACUUCUGAUGCCAGGUUAAGACACAACUGUUUCUCCAGACCUUUAACAGAAUUUUAUCUGAUUGUCCAUGGCAGGGGUCAGCAGACUUUUUCAGCAGGGGGUCGGUCCACUGUCCCUCAGACCUUGUGGUGGGCCGGACUGUAUUUUGAAAAAAUAAUAAUGAACAAAUUCUGAUGCCCCACAAAUAACUCAGAGAUGGAUUUUAAAUAAAAGCACACAUUCUACUCAUGUAAAAACACUAGGCAGACCCCACAAAUAACCGAGAGAUGCAUUGUAAAUAAAAGGACAAAUUCUACUCAUGUAAAAACACGCUGAUUCCCGGACCAUCCGCGGGCCGGAUUUAGAAGGCAAUUGGGCCGGAUCCGGCCCCUGGGCCUUAGUUUGCCUACCCAUGACCCAUGGUUUGGGGGCUUUUAUGAACAGCUGCUACAUUAUUGUUCUACAGUUUGUGAGGGGUUUUAGAUACGUUGAUUGGCUUGUAUUUAUAAUUUUAGCUGUCUUUUGUUGCUAGUUUCUUUAAUGUUUGUAAACUCCCCUGGGAUCUAUGUUGAUGAAGGGAAAUUUUAUAAUUGUAUAAAUAUGGUGUACCUUGUAGAAAUGUGAUACCUUCCCCAGACAUUAACACUUACUGCUAUUGCUGUUGUGGUUUCUGUGUGGAAAUGUGGUUGCACAAGCAUUCAGGACACUUAAAAGAACCUGUAAUGCAUAAUAAAUAGUGGCAUGGCCAGUACCAAUUGGGAUUAAGUUCGUGCCGAGAAGUAUUGCGCAUUUGAUGAAGUCCAGUGAUGUAUGCUACAGUGCUUCAGUUAAUUGGGAGGUUGCUGCAACAUGUUUGGUGUUGAAGUUACACAACAGAAAAUAUUUCUAUAAAUCCUUCAUUUCUAUAUAGUCAAAUACAGUCAUACCUCGGGUUACAGACGCUUCAGGUUGCGUUUUUUCAGGUUAUGGACCUGCCGAAACCCGGAAGUACCGGAACGGGUUACUUCCAGGUUUCAGCGGAUGCGCAGAAGCACUAAAUUGCGCUUUGCGCAGAAGCGCCGAAUUGCAACCCGCGCAUGCGCAGACGUGGCACUGCAGGUUGCGAACGUGCCUCCUGCACAGAUCACGUUCGCAACCCAAGCGUCCACUGUAUACAGUUCCUCCUUUUGUUUCUCUAAUCCCUUUAUCUAGCUGCCUUAAGUAUAAGCCUGUUGUGAUUCGUUGUUGUUGUUGUUUGUGGCACUGCAGCAGUCCUUUCUGAACCUAUGGAAUGAGGAGACCUCAAUGGGUUACCAAGGGCCAGUCAAUCACUCUCAUUAAUUUACCUUACAGGAUUGAUGGGAGGUUUAAAGUGUGUGGAGUGCCCUUUGUGCUUUCUUGAUAUCCUUAAAGGAAAGGGAGGGAUAAAAAUGUAAUAAUAGUAUUACGUACAAUAAAUGAAAACCAAAUGGAGCAGAAUCUUUAUAUCCUUCCAGUGUAGAUGCCGAGAGUUGCAGUGCAAUAAACAAUACAGCUUGGACAUUGGUUUUGUUUUAUUGUACAUAAUCCACCUUUGUUGGCGAGGAAGAUCAGUCACUGAGAUCGGAGGGCCCUGUAGCUUCUUAUGUAGAAGACUGGCAACCCUUCCUUUACCAUACUGUUCUCUUCCUUUUUUGCUUUUUCUUCAAGUGACCAUAGAAAUACAGCUAAGCUAAGCAAACCAAAAUCCUUUCACCUAUUUGCAAUACAUUUUUCAAAAUCACUGGUACAGUAAACGGAUAUUUAUCGUUUACUGUAAAGGAAAUGGUUUCCCCGAAGGAGAUCGGAAGGAACACAAAUCUCUGUGGGUGAAACGCUGUGGAUAAAAUCAUGCUUGAACACACCACAGAUGUUAACCACAAUAAUAAACCAUUUUUGCCCCACUCUCUUCCAGAUUAGAGGCUGGGAGAAAGAGAUGGGAACUAAAUUAAAUAUGAGCUUUAUAAAUGUUUUUCAAAAGGUGCAGAUUUUCUCAACCUGGGUGGCAAACUUGAUAUUUAAACAAAUAUUUUACUGUUUGUUGGAAGGGCGGUUCAUGAGCAUUCUUAUAACAUGGGAGUGUCAGAAAAAUGAGACGGUUUGGAUUCACAAGAGGCAGGCGUGACUUCUCAAAAGGGGGGACUUCUAAAGAGGGUUCAAUCAAGCCGUAAGCUGUGUUCAGAAAAUCUCUUACAGUAAAGGUCGCAAAGGGUAAUACUCCAGAUGUGGAAAUACAGCUUUUAAAGUAACUUCAUGUGUAUUCAGCUUGUUUUCCAACUUGGGGCUGCAGUAGCCAGAUUCAGAUAUGAAGCAUAAUUCAUGAAAUAAACUAACAAAUGAAAAGGAUUAUACCCUCGAUAUUAGAGCAUUCCAAGAAAUAGCAAUGGUUAAUAUUAUUUUUGAUCAGUAUAAGUACGUCAUGGAAAUUUGGAAGUUACAUUUCAGAACUGGAGCCUCUUCAUAACUUUUCUUGCUACUUUUGCUUGCCUUACAACCACAAAGUUUGAUACGUAUUCUCUCAAAUGUUUUGAUGAUAGAUUCUGAAAUUCUCUUGGUUUUGGUUUUAACCAGGGAAGUCAGUUUUUAUCAAAAUCAUAAAUUGUGUUAGUAUCUAGUAAGUUGUAAUAGAAAGGAUGGCAAGACUCAGGUGCAAAACCACAUGCCCAGGAAUGCUGUAGUCAGGGCCUCAGGUGGUGGAAUCCUGCAGGGGCAGGCACUCAUGCCACUACCAAGGUUGCACCGUGGCAGUGGCUUCUUCUAGCAAGAUUUUGCAGGAAGAAGCCACUGCUGUGCAAUUCCUGGUUAAGUGAGGCUUCUGGGGAGUGUUAGAAACUCAGAUCAAUAAGCUAGGUGCCAAAUGGCUCCCUAAACCAGGGUUAUAGUUGCCGAAACGGAAUGCUUAGUUGCCAUUUUUGUGCCAGACCACUUGAAAACCAUAUUUUUCAGCACAACUUUUUGAUUCCUGAAAUUAAUUCUGAUUGUGCAGAUAAAAUACAAUGGAAUUCUACAGGAUGUGUUGCUAGUGUGUGAAAACAGUCAAGAUCCAAGGAUCCCAAGGCAUGCCACCUCCAGAUGGUGGGGACAUCAGGCGCCAUCUCAGCGCCUGGGCAUCUUCACUUGGUUGCAAGUGGCUGAUAGCCAGGUGCAAAAUGCACCUAGCACCUGGUGAAUUUCAAGCUGCUUCUGGGGGGAAGGGGGCAGCGUGGAUUUGUACCUUCCCAUCUUGCCUCAGGCAGUGAACAGACUCAGCCAUGCCUGGCUGUAAAUGUUCCACCUUCUUUUUUAAAAAGAGCUCUGUUCUCAAGGUUGUUUUGUAAUGUAUUACCGUAAUUAGAAACUUUGAGGAAUUGUUGAAUUAUAUAUGUAAAACAGAAAAAAUUAGGACACACACACACACACACACACACACACACACACCUGCCAUAUCUGAGCUGUAGCUCCAGAACCAUAUGUGAUCCUCACAUAUUCAGGUGUGAAUAUGAGUGGUUAAUAAGAAGAGAAUUGAAAUAUUAAAUUCCUUCGUUGACCUUGUGCGCUAGAGAUGUGCUAGAGAUGUUGUUCUUCCAACUGGCCAUUAAGACCCAGAUCUUUGUCUUAUUUGCAUGCUGUGUGUAAAUAGAGUGAAUGUUAUUUGUGUGGCAUGUCAGCUUGUUGCUCAAAGGGGGGCCGGGAUCCAAACUUUGCACAGGAUAUGCCUUGGAGUUCUUUGGGAAAAGGAGAUAGGGAUCUCAAUGGAAUUUUAAGAGUAGGGGACAAGGAGACAUACUAGUUAUGUCUGAAUAAAAAUUAGUUUUCUCUUAACAGAAAAGCUAAAUUCAUAGGCAGACAGGUACGUCAACAUUGUGGAAAAAUAAAAAAUAGGAUCAUUACCGUUCAUGCUAGUGGUACCAUCAUCAUGAGAAGGGCAGCCAUCAUGAUGGAUCCCUGGGCUGCCUUGGGAUGAAGGGUGGGAGAUUAAUUAAUUUCCUGUAUUUAAUUGUUUUCUGAAUUGACCAGUAAUAUGUAAAUCCUCUUCAAUACAAGCAAGGUUUCAAAAUGACAAGGCUGCCCUAAUUCCACAUUGUGCCAUUUGGUUUAAGAAGUGCAUUAAAUGUAAGUUAAACAUGCAUUAAAGGGAAGUAAGCCAUCCAUGCAGGCAACACCUAAGCACACAAUCCCAGAUUCUAACAACCUUUCUUUCUUUUUUUAACAUGAAAAACAAAAGUUCAGGCCAGAUGUCCCCAAUCUAUUUUUGGCUGGUGGGAGAUUUUUUUCAUUUUUUUUUCAUGAGGUCAUGGCUGAUAACAAAGAACGGCUGAUAACUGAAACUAUUUUUUCCUGUGUUGGGAGAUUAUUAAGAAGAAACAAAAAAAAAGAGGCAAAAUCUCCAAGGACAAGAACCUGAUACAAAGUCAUCAUUCCACGUGAAACCAGAUAGCAUGCGAUGCUGUGCUUCCGCACUCAGCCUCUUGCUUGUUUAUACAGGUGUCUGUGGAGGAAUGUGGGCACUUCAGCUGAACCAAUGAAAGCUGAUAAGCUAAUGGCCCUCUCUCUCCCUUUCUUGAGACUGAAGCAUCUCUAUCAACCUUCAUCUGUUUAAAUCUGCAGCUAUCGUCCUCAUCCCUCCCCCCCAGCCCCAUGUGUGUUAACCCUGGAAAAUAAGGUUUGUAACUAUUCUUGGCAUUACCACUUCUGGAUUAAAACUGUUCUCCCUUUUAUGGGGAGCUGUUUUUUUCUCCUUGACACUACUUCGCACCCCCCACCCACCCCCCAAAAAGCGGAGAGGAAUCAGCAAUAUACAUCACACAACUGUUUAUAUUUAACUGACCUUAUUUCAUUAAAUACACUUUCCGGGUACAUUAUCAUUUGUUUUUAAUGAAUAACUAAAUUGUUUUCGCAAUUGAGCCCUUAUUUAAACCAAAGGCUUUCAAAAUAUGUCUUUUUUUUUUAAACUAAGUAGUUGGAGGCUGUACGUAGUGUCGCAUAGAGCAAGAUAAAGAGUAUGAGUUGGAAGACACGAUAGAAGUUGUCAUGUGGUUGCCCUGUAGACCAUUUUGUACCAUUAAGCUGGCAUUAAUUUAUCCUCCUUAACAGAUGGUCACUGUUCAUAUUUUUCAAAGAGUUGUAUUCCGCUUGUCCUAAUGCGUCUCAGUAAAUCCGUGACUGAGCAGGCAUGUAACCCUGGGCCCUUCCACACCUAAGAGCAACUUUUUUUUGUCUUUUAUCAAACAAGAGAAUCUGCUGGGAAGAAACAAUAAUAUAUGAACUUCCAUUUUGUUUGGCUGCUCUGUGUGUGGUCCACCCAGAAGUACUGAGAAGGCAUAAUCAGUCUGCAUAUUGGCACUGCUGAUCUUGAAACUUAACCCUGUUGUACUUUCAACUGAGCACUGAGGACAACCUAUUAAAAGUUAAUAUUUAGUUCUAAUGCAGUUUCUUUCAGAACAAAUACUUGUAGGGGGGGCUGUAGCAUUAUAGAAAGGUGCUGAUUAAAUUUUACUUUAAAGGCUUACUCUUGUAUGGAUUUUCUUCUUAAGUAGGGGUAGACAUAUAUGUGGAAUUUGAAGCCAAAAAAAGGACAUUGAUAGCUAUGUGUGUUGACUGCUUUCUUCCUCCAACAUCCUUCCUGAACAGUUCAGUUUGGGACAUGAUAAUUCAACACAGGAUGUUGUUGGGAAGGCUUUGGGCAGCAAUCCUAUGGAGAUAUACAGAAGGCAUUACAUAUGCUUAGCUUGUAGAAGACUACAGGAAAUACGUUGACAAUUUUUGGCGGAGGAAAAAAACCACAUUUCUUAACCUUUCUCUUGUGGACAGGAUUAUUUUUUUUAUUUUUUAUUUAAAUACAGAAUGGUUUAAACAUUAGCUAGACAAGCUCAGUCACUAGAGCAUGAAACUCUUGAUGUGAAGGUCAUGGGUUCGAGUGAAAUAUUUCCUGCAUUGCAGGGGGUUUGACUAAAUGACCCCCAUGGCCCCUUCCAACUCUACACAAGUCAAAACAAUUAUGUAAGGGAGGUGAAAAUUCUGAAUAUACAGCUAAAUCAAAGGAGCAGGAACCAAUUUCUGUAUGAUAGGCUUUUGUCUGACACUAAUGCUUCACGUUUUCAAGCAAACCUGCUGAAACUCCACAUUCUGUUGUAAAUCAAAAUGGGUUCCAGUUCUUUCUUUCCUGUUUUCCCUCUUUGCCAUCACGUGUUCUCUCUGUGUGUAUUUGGUAAAUAUGAAGAAAUAGAAAAAUAUUUUCCCUUUCCUGAGACAUUUAUAUUUUCCUUUAAAGCUCCCCCCCAGGAGUUGUGCAAUAGUUUUCAUGAAGGUGUUUGGCAACAGAGAAAUCUUCUCUUUCCUUUUGGGCGAAGUGUACAUUAUAAACAGUAAUCUGAUAUGGCAAAGGAUAUACAUGCCUGGAGUAGAAAAUAAUCAGAAGCAAUAGAAAAAAUGUAAUGAGUUAAAACAGGGCAAGAAAUAGUAGGUAAUGGGUGAAUAUGCCCAUUGCAUUCCUUCCUUGCAAUGAAGAUUUCCUCAGAGAUUUGAUAACUUAAAUGAUUUCAUUGUUAAUUCAAGGAGACUGCAUUUCUUCCCACAAAGUAUGCUUGUAUUUGGACUUUCCAACAUCCAGCCUAAUCUUUUGUAAAUCUUUUAAAAUCAACAUUUCUUUAAAAGCCAUCAGACUUUUUUUAUUUAAAAUGCAUUUUAGCCCUUAAAAAAUAAUGGUUGCCCCACUUCUCUUUAUUUAGUAGCAUUGGGGGGAAAUGCUUCUGAGCCCAGGGAAUGCUUAUUUGUACCCUUGCGUUGUGCUUUGUACUUGAGCAGAUGCCUGUAGGGUAUGUGAUAUGUGGAAUGUGUUGUGUCCCCACCCCCUGCUGAAAGAAAAAUGCUUGGAGGGGGGUAACUGAACCCUCUGCAAUCAGUGUGCUGCCAACCUUAAAGAAAAAAACAAAACAAAUAGCCUCUCCUGGGGAAACAAUGAAGAUUCCUUGCAGGCCUGAUUCUUGUUAGAGAAACUCUUGUCUUAAAGGCUGGGCGGUUUGAUUCUUGACAUAGAGAAAGCCUGUCUCUGCUGGUAAUUGUUUUGCCCUUCCAGCUGCAUUUGCGCUUUGCCAUGGGUUGAGGCGAACAACUGUGUGUUAUUUUGUGUGUGUUAUGUUUGUGGGUUGAAUUCCGAGCUCCUGAUCCUCUUUAAGACUUUGGAAGGACAAAACAAUAUGAAACUUCUGCUUCUCCUUUUUUCUCUUUCCACCUCGAGGAUGUUUGCAGUUCCCAUUUCCUCCAGUAUUUUUCAGAUGUGUUUUUCAUUAUUUGCAUAGUAUACCUGGUCACACCCUUGUACUUAAGGAAUUCUUUAUAAAGAAGUAAUAUAGAACAGAAAAUUUCAGUUUAGCAGUUUUGCACAAAUUUCAUUAGUUCCAAGGGGACUGAAUUCCAAGUUCUCCUUUGGCCUUUAAAACCUGAAAGGUUUGUAAACAAGUUACCUUGAGGACUCCCUUUCUCCCAUAAUUGCUGUCCAAGAAGCAGUGCCUACAUGAGAACAGGGUCUUCACAGUGGUGGCACUUGAACUGCAAGUUCCUUCCAAAGGAGACUUGUUUGAUUUCCUCACUAUUAGAAGUUAGGCAGCAUUUUAAAAAGUUGCUGCUUUGGGGUCAAAUUGAAUUUGUUGUUUUGUUCAGUGCUUUGGCUGCCCCUUGUCACUUCCUUGGCUUUUAUAUACAAAUUUUACUGUUUUAUUCUUUUUUAAUUUCUUGGUUUGUGACGCUGUUAGCCCUGUUAUCAGUCCCUGUGGGGUAGAGAGGUGAAAUAUAAACCAUUUUAGAGUAAGCAGCUUCUCUCUUUUAACUUCAAACUUAUUUUUAUUUUUCAGAUCGAAGAAGGCAGCAAAGCUGCAGCUGCUGACAAGCUGCUGGCUGGGGAUGAAAUUGUCAGCAUUAAUGACGUGGACCUCUCUGGGUUCAGGCAAGAAGCCAUCUGCCUGGUGAAAGGUUCGCACAAGUCGCUAAAGCUCGUAGUGAAAAGGUAAGGUUUGUGAUUCACCACGACAGAGACUAAAGUUCGUUCUUGAUAUCGUCAACUUGCUGACUGAGAACUAGACACAAGUCUCUCCUUUUCACUUUUCAAAAUCUCAUCUGAGUUACCGUAUUUUUCGCCCUAUAGGACGCACUUUUUCCCCUCCAAAAAUGAAGGGGAAAUCUGUGUGCGUCCUAUGGGGCGAAUACAGGCUUUCGCUGAAGCUUGGAGAGCGAGAGGGGUCGGUGCCCUGAAGCAGAGCGCCCCGUGCGCCGGGCAGACAUCGGCCAGCCCCAGAAGCUCGGGGGACAGCGGGGAGGCGCAGCGCCGCCAUCCCGCUGUUCCCCGACCUGGUUUUGGGGGGGGAAAUAAAGGAAAAAAAAUUUCGUUUAUUUCCCCCCCAAAAAAUUAGGUGCGUCCUAUGGGACGGAGCGUCCUAUGGGACGAAAAAUACGGUAAUUGGGUUUGGUUUUCCCCAAAAAAUAACUUCACAUGGUAUAUUAUUGUUUGUUGUUGAAUGGUUAAUUCCCAUUCAGUUUUAACUAGGACCGAUGGUCUGGAGAAACGGAAUGUUUUUCAGGUUUCUGUUAGCACUUCUUAGCCCAAGUAAUCUAUGAAGUAAAAUGCUGCCUUGUGCAUAUUUUAAGUCACCUCAGCUCAUGUUGAGGCACCCCCUUGGAAGCACGCACAAUUCAUAGGCUUUGGGCAUACCUCUGUAAACAUCCUCUGGUUUAAAAGAAGUGAUAUACAAGUAACCAAGCUGCACAAAUCCUUUUCAGACUUCUCAGAACUGCCUUGUUGUAGGGUGACAUGGCAAGCAAUCAGCGAAGGCUAGCUUAUUCUCAGUGUUCCCACAGGCUCACAUAGUCACAUGAAGAGAUUCUGAGUAGCAUGGAAAAAAUACUUGCCAAUCACUAAAGAAGGCUAUGGAGUCUACAGAGCCCAUCACAGCAACAGACCUCAACCUUACAGCCUCUGGCUCACGUUCUGUAUUAGGUCCUAUUUCACCAUGUGCCUGCUCUUAAACCGUCAGUCGAUCCGUACCUUUGUCCCACGUGGGUUCACACUUUGUUCACUGUUGGCCAUGCUGACUGGGGCUGAUAGAAUUCAACAAUAUCUUGAGCACGCUGUGUAAGCUGCCUCUGCUUAAGAUACAAUCUGUGGGGCUAAAUUAAGAGGCUAUUGAAUAACUGCAAGGUGCUCUCCACUGCUGGUGCCGGAUCUCAAUGAAAAUACGAUACAGUCGUACCUUGGAUCCCGAACGCCUUGCGAGUCAAACGUUUUGGCUCCCAAACACCAAAAACACAGAAGUGAGUGUUCCGGUUUGCGAACGUUCUUUGGAACCCGAACGUCCGACGCAGCUUCCGCUUGACUGCAGAAGCCUUGGUUUCCGAAUGGUUUGGAAGUCGAACGGACUUCCAGAACGGAUUCCAUUUGACUUCCAAGGUACCACUGUAUAUGCAUUUUCUUCAGAGAACUGUAAUCAUCAUGCAACAACUGUUUUUUUGUGUGUGUGUGUUUGUUUUUUGUUUUUGCAAAACAUUGUUGGAUAAGAGAAGCUGGGAAAGGUCUCUGACAAGGUGGAUUUGAUUUAAAUCAAAUUGAUUUACAUCACGAUUUAAAUCACAAGUCAGUAAGACUUGAUUUAAAUCACAAGUGAGUAAGACUUGAUUUAAAUCAUUUUUUUACAGAAGGACUCAUUCUUGCUGGUAUAAUCUUAAUAUUUACAACCAGAUGAACGUUUCAUUUUUGGAAUAAUAAAUUUUCAGAGUAGCUUUUACAGUUAUAUCAAAAAUUACUGAUUUGGUUAUAGUAUUAGAAAUACAUAGAGAGAUAAUUGUGAAAUUAUUGUGAGGUUUAGUAAGUUAACUGUUUAUAUUUGGACAACUUUUCUGCUAUACGUACUUUAUUGGUAGGAGAAAAAUAAUCAUUUCCUUAAUAAAAUUUUAAACUGUUUAACUAAAGCAAUAACAUUAUAGCAUAUGUAUCCAUGUUUGUUAACUGAUGUGGUUAAACUUUUUUAAAAAAACAACAACCAACAACUUAGACUGAGUUUUAGCAUGCAUGAAAAACUUAAAACAAAUCCUUGUUUCCUGAUAAAUAGCCUUUGGACUAUAAUGUAACCUAAAUAGAUAACUAUCUUUAGCAAUAUUUUUCCUCCAAAAGCAUUUUAUUUUAAAAUUCCAAUUUAAAUUUUUUUUUAAAUGAUAUAUUUUUUUAAUCAUUGGUUUUUAUCUACCCUGCUCCCUGAUACUAUAACCUGAUGAUAACUAUUUACAGUGGUGCCCCGCAAGACGAAUGCUUCGCAAGACGAAAAGCUCGCUAGACGAAAGGGUUUUUCGUUUUUUGAGGUGCUUCGCAAGACGAAUUUCCCUAUGGGCUUGCUUCGCAAGACGAAACGUCUUGCGAGUUCUUGUGAGUUUGUUUCCUUUUUCUUAAAGCCGCUAAGCCGUUAAUAGCCGCUAAGCUGCUAAUAGCCGUGCUUCGCAAGACGAAAAACCGCAAGACGAAGAGACUCGCGGAACGGAUUAAUUUCGUCUUGCGAGGCACCAGUGUAAUGCCAACAAUUGUACAGUAUAACCAUUCAGUGGCUGCAUUUUCACUUAACACUAAACCAGGGAUGAACAACCUUUUUCUGAUUUGUAAUGUGAUUGAAUGUCAUUCAUUUCUGACAUAACUGUGCUACACACACACACACAUGGCAGAAGCCUGCCCAUUUGUUCUCAGGAAGUUGGGGAAAUAACUUCUUUUCACCAAGCAUCAAAACAAGGGGGGGAAAAGUUAGAAGUGAAAUAGAAAGUGGGAGAAAACACCUUUAAACCAUGAAGAAUAAGGAAGAAAUGAAGGGGAAGAACUCUGGUAGGGUGGGGAAAUGGAGAAUCCUCAUGAAUUUGCCCACCUAUGCUCUAAAAUAUAAUUUAGCAUUAUAUGGAUGAGCAUCCACAAACUGAUGCAAAGCAUUGGUCUUGUUCACAUCCCUUUCCUUCUCCAAGACUUCUGCCAAGUUUAAUUUUGCUUUCAAAUAAUCUUAGUGUUAAGAUCAUGAUUGAAUACAAGCAAUCAUGCUGAAGAAGCCAACUUCAAACCAUGGGCUAUGAAAUUGGCUUGUUUUAGCUAACUGUGGUUUACUUCAUCUGGGUUCAUAGAAGCUCAUCUACGUACUACCAAACCUCUGUUUAGUGUUACAUGUGAUCCAGGCAAAAGGGUCUUACAAGCUUUUGAUAUGUAUAAGAUAUAUGUCCAAUAUCGUUAUUUUUGUAUUACCUGAUAUGUGUCGGCAUUUGGCCCCGUUAGAGAAUAUAUCAACUACAGUGGUACCUUGGUUCUUGGACGUAAAAUGUAAUCCGUUCUAGAAGUCUGUUCGACUUCUGAAACAUUCAAAGACCAAAGCACAGCUUCCGAUAGGCGCAGGCGCCCUGGAAACAACAGCCAACAACCACAUCGGACGUUCAGGUUCUGAAAAACGUUUGAAAACCAGAACACUUACUUCCAAGUUUUCGGUGUUCGGGAGCCAAAAUGUUCGAGUACCAAGGUUCCACUGUAUUUAGACGAAUCUCCCCCUGAGCAUCUUGAAAAGACUCACAUCUUCAUAACAGAACUUUAGUUUUCAAGCAUCUUUAAUUUUCUCACUUCAGAAAAUUGCACAACACGGAGGUGCAAACCAGGAACCUUUACAUCACAGAACUGACUACUUUUAUGCUGCUUAGCUAUCCAGUUUCACUAGCUUAAUGUUAAGAUGGAUAUUGUUCUGGAUGCAUAUCAGUAAUGCUUAAUUGAUGUACUAUGCUCAUUUAUCCUCAGUCACCAUCUGUAACAAAAAAUAAUGGCAGAAAUGAAAGAGAUCACUGAGAUUCCUAGAGACAACAACCUGCUUAUUUCUCAUGUUUGCUCUGGGAGAAAAUAUUACAAGUCGUUAAUAAUUCUUUAAAAAUAGUUUUGGUGUGGAUUGGCACACAAAAUAAAGAAAGCAGAUGGCACUAUAACCCAGAUAAUGUGAAUAGUUUCAGGGAGUUCUACCAAAAGUUAUAUAGCCCAGGAACCAAUAAAUUAUAUCAAAACCCCAUCUGGAAUAUAUUAUAAUUCAUAUCUACUUGAUCUUACAUUGGCUUCUACUUUGGGCAGGGAGGAAAGAACAUUUAAUACACAAUCUAUGUUCUAAGCAAUGGAGCAAUCUUCAUGAUCUGUUUAUUUGGAGCCCUUUAAAUUUUCAGACAUUCCACAACAUAACUCAUUGCUUAGCAAACUAUCAGCUUUAAGGUAGCUUCCCUUUAGGUUUCCAGACAUUACUCUCCUUUAGAUAUGCAGACGUUCAUAACUUAGGAAAGUUAGUCAUGUUUAGAUAUUCUACAUAAAUCUGCUUCUGGGCACUGAGUUAAUGCUUCUCGCUGGCAAAAUAUUCUAGCCCUAUUCUCCAUUACUGUGGCCGUGAAGAUGUCAAAAUCCAUGUGGGGAAUAUUAGAAAAGGGGUUUAAAAUAAAACUGCCAGUAUAAUAAUGUAGAAUACUCUUGUGCUCAGGUCCUGCUUGUGUGUUUCCCACAGGCAACUGAUUGGCCUGAUCCUGCAGUCUCUUCUUCUGUACAUAUGAACCAUGAUAGUUGCUUCGCCAAACACAUAAUUACUUGCUGCUGCUAUCAUGGACAGCCAUGUGCGAACACAUUCUUAGUGCUGUACAUUACAAGGGAUGUUUAGGCACAGUGAAGUGAUAAGUUCCCAUACUCCUUGGUCUAAAAUCUUUGCAGCCUAAAUGUACUUUUCUCUGCUCAGUUUGUUGUUGAAACAACAAAUGUUAGUCACAUGCAGUAUAUAAUAAUUUAUCUCAUAAGGUCGCAGUGUUCUAUCUCUGUCCAGCUGUAUCUCACUGAAAAUGGUCUGCCCCAUUAACUUGUGAUGGAAUGCUAGUCUUUUCCUAGUAGUUGGCUGUUCUUUGACCAUGUUCUCUGGGUGUCAAGCCACAGCUGGAUGCUUUCUACCUCUUUGCAACACAUUUAGUUAACUGUCAUCCACAACUUGGAGUAACUGGAGAAAUUAACUCGAACCUUCUGGAAAAGGAGCUAGAAUUCAGUUUGAGUUACAUGUGUGUUUAGCGACUUGCAAGAGCUGAAGCAGCUGAAGUUUUGUUCAUCAUAUUUUCCCUAUGCCCAUCUCUCCUCCCUCCUCCCUGUUCUUUUCUUCUCUUUCUGUCAGUAGCCUGGUUCACACUUCAUAAGCCAUAGUCUGAAACAAACCUAUGCCGUACAAGCUGUGUGCUAUUGCAUGUUGCUCAAAUCAUGCCUGCCCCACUCCAUCCUUUCCUAAGCUGGAAAGGAAGAAGCCCUGGAACCAGCAUUCGUGGUUUGUUACUCUAACAAACUGACAUGCUCCUUCUUCAUGAUAAGACAUUUCAGACUGUGGUUUACUGUGACAUGUGAACAAGACAAAUAUGUAGACAAUUAAGAAUCAGGUUAAAAAAAUAACACCCAAGCAGAAAAAGCACUUGAGGAACUGCAUUUUUCAAUUCUUCCCCUUAUGAAAAAAUACUUGUGGGCAAAGCUAGACUAAAGUUCCCGGUGCCUUAAUUUCCGGUUUUCCCUGUCUCUGUCACUGGGUCACUGACUCAUACGCUCUCUUACCUACAUUUGGAAGAUGAGGAAGGGUGGGGAAGGGAUUGCACCAUAGGUUGUUAAAAAAAUAAAUAAAUGAGUGUUGUCUGUAAGGCACUGUUUCAGCAAACCCUGUUCAGUAUUUCCUUCCUGUUCAGUAUUUUCUUCAGGGAUAAGCAUCUUGCUUCUGCACUGAUCGUCAAAUAAUAUUUUCGUCACUUUCCUUUGAAUCAAGCUCAGCAAAGGUUAUUUGGGGAGACGCUAGAACUCUCCUGUGUUGAUUUUAUUUCUAGAAUGGAUGUGCUUCCUUCUAUAAUGGGCAAAGGCAUAUGGAGAAAUAAGUAGAUGGCCCUGUUGUGCUAGUGCUAUUUAGCAGGAAACUUUUUAGGAGGGAGGAACUACUCCUGUUCUUUCUUUAACCAAAGAAAGCUUGCCAUCAAAGCCUAAAACCCUACAUACUUUUUUAAAAAAACCAAAGAAUUGUACUACCAUAUAUUUAGCUGUUUUGACCCAUUGAAGCAUGAAUUUGGUGUUGUGCAUGCCACCUGUGGCAAUUCAGUUAUUUGGUCAUGAUGGCAACUGACAGAUCUGCAGUUGUAGAUCAUGCACUCUCACUUCCAAUCCUAGAUGUGUGGUCAUCUCCUUGCCAUCAACCAUGGUUUGUUCCAGCAGAAAUGUCGCACUGCACCAUGGUUAAAGCAAACUAUGGAAAUCCACGAUUAUGUGACAUGCUCUCAGUUCCCUUAACCAUGGUUAGGAUAUCAGAAAUGUUCAAAGGCAGGCCUGAAUCCCAUUCUGAAUUGAGGGGUAGAAAGAUUUUCAAAUGGCAGUAUAGGCCAAAUAAGUCUGAAGGGUGAAACACAUUCCUUAAAUAUUUGGGCCACUUUCCCCCCUUAAUGCUGCUGGUUCUGGCUUUGUGAACACCCAGUAUAAGGCCAAAUCACCCAAGUAUGCUGAGGAUUACAGGUCAUAGCUGUCAACUUAUAGAUUUGAAAAUAAGGGACCAGCAGCCUUGAAAAUAAGGGACCAGCAACCAAAAUAAGGGACCUGCAGCCUCACCUGUUCUAGGCACUCCAGUCUUCCUGUCCUCCUGCAGUCUGGUCAAACUCAUGCUGGUAGCUUCGAGAACACUGUCCAACCAACUUUGUAACCAGAGGUUCAACUGAAUAGAAUCUGAAUCACAUGCACCACAAGGCCUAUGCAGCCUCAACUUAAGAUGGCUCCCCGGCCUGGCUUUGCACUGCAAAGUUUGCAGCAGCACGUGUAACAAAAUGGCGUCCAGCAUUCAAAAAACCCCUCAGCUUGCAUUAACUAGCCACACACACACAGCCUCCCCCCCCCCACGAGAUCUCCUUUCCUUUUCCCCCACCAUGUGCCCCUGCUCCAGACAGACCUUUUCGCUGGCAAGGGUGAGUGGGCCGUCUAUGACGGCCGAUUCUGAUCCGAGCACUCAGCACAGGUAUGUUCAACUUCUGAGCCCCUCUGAGCCAAAGGCAGAAAGCCCAGCCAGCAGGCUAACGAAGCCUCAAGGAAAACCACCGUCACCUCUCUGCUGGGAAGCGCUGAGCAAAGGCGAGUCCCCAGGGAACGCAGCUGAUUUGAUCAGCACAAGGCAUGCAAGCUCCACCCCCAGUCGCUCUUAGACUUCUUAUUGGGUGAGCAGCACAGCCAAGCAGGGAGGGAGGGAGAGGAGCUGCUUCCUUUGAAAUUUAAGGGACAUUUAAGGGACAUCCAUCAAUAAGGGACAGCAGCGGGACAUGGCGCUGGAAUAAGGGACUGUCCCUUCAAAUAAGGGACACUUGACAGCUAUGCUACAGGUGGGGAGAGUGCUAUUGCAACCAUAGUCCUGCUUAGGGACUCCCCAAAGGUUGGCCAAUGUGAGAGUGAGAUGCUAGUUGGACCUUUGGCCUGAUCUAGCAGGACUCUUGUUUUGCUAUUACAAGUGCUUGAGGUAGAAAGGGAAGCAAAACCAGCUAUCUACAGUGCCAUCUACUGGCACGAUUUUUGCCAGGUAUACUUUGGCUAGACUUAGAACCACUGGAGGUAAAUUUUAAAAAACCCAGCACACAUUAAAUCAUACUUAGCUAGUAUGAUUUAGGAGUUAGUAUGCUUUUUAUCCAACAGAAUAAAUUGACCAGGAUUUUUUUUUUUAAAAAAAAUAAAGCAUCACAAAUAGAAAGAUGGGAGAAAAAUUAAAAAGAAACUUCAAAGUUUCAACCCUAUCCUCACUUAAUUUGUAAGCCCCGUUGAAUUCAGUGGGGCAUAUCUUUCAGGCAGCAUGUAGGGGAUUGCAAUGUAAGGUUUCCGCCUGCAUAACAAAUUUUAAUAAUGCCAGAAUCCACAGCUGAGGAUUGCCUUUAUUAGGACCAAGCGGAAUCUCACAAGAUAUUGGCAAGCUUUUGAAUUCUUCAAAACUCUUUAUCAGGAAAGAUGUUAAACAAAGGAAGGUUGCCACUAUUUUUGUGACAUUUCGGUUGGUACUAAUGAAACUGCUGCCCAACUGUGGACACCAGGCGAAAAUGUUUCUCUUCAACCAGUUGUUUGGCUGAUUAACAUUCUUUUUUUUUUUUUUUUUUAUUAAAUAUUUUAUUAAGGAUUUUCUUGUUUUACAGAAGUAAGUGUACUGCCUCAUUCUGUGGCCUUUAAAAUGUGGGGAGAGGUGGGUUAUUGGUUUGUUUGCUUUUGUUUCUGCUUUAUUAUGUAUUUUGCACUUUCAUUAUAUAUAUAUUUUAUGUUGUGAACUGCCCUGUGAUCUUCAGAUGGAGGACGAUAUACAAAUUAAUUAAAUAAACAAACAAACAAAUUAAGCCAUAAUCUGGUUUAACAUGUUGAGUUAAACGGGUUUAUCUGUUACAGGAGUUGAUGCUAAUGAUUGCAUGGCAAUUUGUGGUAAUUAGUUGCAUUGAUGAUUUCACUUUUGUUGGGUAGCAACAUUAUAGGAAAUGUUUUCCUGUGUUCCACCAUAUUGCUGAUAACUAUUGUGGUGCUUUGUUGUGUAUGAACUGCUUAAUAUUUGUUCUGAAUCUCUAAUGUCACAAGUCAUUGAAAUACGUGCACACAGACAUUAACAGAGUGGGAUAUCUGAUGUCUAGAACACAAAGUCUCCUGUUUGCAGGCUGCAAUUCCCAGAUGUUGUGUUCUUUAAAGCCUAUUGAUGUGUUUUCAUUCAGGCACUUUGGGGAGACAUGCUGACUUUGAGUUAAAUAUGAUUCCAUGAUUCUAUGUGCCUACGUGUUUUAAAUGAAAGUGUCAUGUGGUGCUGAACUUCCUUUCUGUUUUUCAUUUGGAUGCUAAUGGAAUGGUAGUGCAUUUGAAAAAAACCAAAUAGUGUAAACAGUGGAGGCCAGUGCUUCAUUUAUUGGUUGAGCCCAUCUGUGUAUUUGAAUAAUACAUGGAGACAACAGUAUUGAUUUCUGCUUUUAUGUUCGCUGGAACCAUGCAUGUUAAUUUGAUGUCUUGAUAAAAUUGUAGGAAAUACUGUUAAUCUAAAAAGCAUGGAAGCCUUGUCUUUUCUUUUGGAGUCUUUCAGAGUGUGUACUCUAUGUUUUGUGCUUGUUGUAGUAGUAAAAGAAGAUCAAAGAUAAGCCAGCAUCGUCUGGGUAAUUGUAAGCUGCAUUAAUCAACCAAGUGGCUAAUUUGAUGCGUAUGUUUGGGUGUAGGGGAUCCUCAUUCAGCGCUGGUUAAAUUACAUGAAUGGCCUUCAGAGUUAUUGCAGCUCUGAGCUAUUGUUUCUGUAGGUCACACUAUUUUGUAUUGCAUACAAAUGCAUAUCAGUUCUUUUAUGUUACAUAAAUCCACCAGAUUCAACUCUCUUGUAAAGCCCUAAUACUUGCACUUGCCACUGUUCAGUGAUAUACAUUUACAAAGAACUAUUUUGGUACCACAUUGUGGCUAUUUCAGGGAUUGAUACUUAUAUAGAAAUACUUACUGUCAAAAUAAAAACAAGACUGCUGAUACGUUUUUAUCUUCAGUAACCUGGAAAGUAAAUAGCAAAAUUUUGCUAAUGUUAGCAAAAAAGGUUUUGCCAGUUCAAAAGAUAGCAAUGAUCAUUUACAGACCCUCCAAGUGUCCCUACUUUCCAGUGACAGCCUCAGAUUUGAAGAUGUCCCGGUUUCUGAUUUCAUCCCAGAAUGCCCCACUUUGCCUUAGGAUGUCCCUAUUUUCAUUGGAGAAAUGUUGGGGGGUAUGGAGUUAUGUUUGUUAAAAAUAGUACCAGCUUCACUACAAGCUUCACAACCAUAAGUAAAACUAUUACUAAUUUCAUUGUCUGGUAAGCAACUUGUUUAAAUUUUAUUGUGAAAGUUUGCUUCUAAGUGUUCAUGAUAGGGGGUGAAGAUGCGGUGAAACCGACACAUCAGAAGGCUUACAACCUUAAAUGAUACAAUUAUCGCAUGUCAAACUAUGCAAGACACCAUACACUACAUUGAACAGCUUUUAAAAAGGAAGUGGGCAUGGGUCCCCCAAUGUGGAUGAGGACCAUGGCAUGAGGACAGAGGGGUUUUAAAACUUUAACCAUAUUAUGCAGCCCGUAUUAAAGCCCCUGCAACUGCUAUUUGCCUUGAGAGAAAAGUUCUCAUUUUACACCGGUAUGAUUAUUUCACCUAUACUAUUUGUACGGUGCAAGAAAUAGUGGUAAGAAGUGGUGAUGCUUUCUCUUGGCAAACACGUACACACAAAUUGAAAGCCCAAUUUGAGCUGCUCAUUUUAUUAUAACUAGGAAGUGCAUCAUAGUGGAAAGCACAUUUCUUUGAUUACCCUUAUAUUAACUGUGGCUUAGUCAUGUUUCUCAAGAGGAAGUUAGAGGGAAGGUCAAGGUUAGCAAAUGUGAGAUCAUACUAAUUCCAGCCUUUCCAUGAUUGUUUUUAUUUUAUACAGGUUUUCAGGGUGUGCAGAAGUACCAGAUAUAUGUUAAGUCAGAAGAAUGUAGCUGAACUGGCCAGGGUUGAUGCUCUGCAGCCUCUUUGUUAUGGGAGAUGGUGCCUCAUGGGAGGGGAAACCCUGAUAGGCAACCAACAAAUACAGAUAAAUAAUAAAUCUUCUCUGGCAGCCCAUUGCUUCUUGUGUAAGGAGCAAGUCAUAACUCGGUCAGGGUGACACAGGAUUUCAGGAGCUAUAAGAAAGGACAUGGUUGUUGUAUUUUCUUCCUCCUACACACAAUAUUCAAAUAGAACGCAGUGUGUAAUUUAUAUAAUUAUUCAUUGGUUAUUUUCUUUAGGAAUGUACACUUUGGAGGAUCAUUGUCAAGACAUCUCGAGUAUAUUCAGCUCAUAUGAUACCAACAUACAAGUCAAGCUCACCGUGUUUAUAGAGCUCUUUAAGGAAAGGGAUGGGGAGACAGUGGGCCUGAUAUUUUGGUGAAAGUUCCUGCCUAGAAAUUGAAAGUGCUCUCUGCUGUUGUGAUCAACCUGCUGUUGAUUGCAGGUUGUUGGUGACAUGGUUAUAGGAUUUGGUGACAGCCAGUGUGUUGCAGUGUCUAGACUCGCAUCAAGGUCAAAAUCCCGCUUAGGCAUGAAGUUCACUAGUGGAUUUUGGACCUUAGUUUAACCUAUCACACAGGUUAUAAGGAGGGUAAAACUGGAGUGGAGCAGAGAACCAUGUAUAACUUUCCUUUGUCAGGAGGAAAAGCACAGUGGUACCUCGGGUUAAGUACUUAAUUCGUUCCAGAGGUCCGUUCUUAACCUGAAACUGUUCUUAACCUGAAGCACCACUUUAGCUAAUGGGGCCUCCUGCUGCCGCCACGCCGCCAGGGCACGAUUUUUGUUCUCAUCCUGAAGCAAAGUUCUUAACCUGAAGCACUAUUUCUGGGUUAGCGGAGUCUGUAACCUGAAGCGUAUGUAACCUGAAGCGUAUGUAACCUGAGGUACAACUGUAAUAUUCACAGGUUUGCCACUGAGAAGAUUCCCUUUCUUCGAGAAGGGAUGCCCAAGUAGCAGUGAUGAGUGACAUAACUUCUAAGCAUAUUUCCAUAAAACUGUAUGGGUUUCCAUUUCCCCCCUCCCUUUCUGUUCCUGUGCAGUGAGUAAAUAUUGACCAUUUGGUAAGAUAUCAAGGCGGCUAUCAGUGUACAACUGUCACAUAACUCUAACCCUCACAUAUGGGGAGCGGGUGGCGCCGUGGUCUAAACCACUGAGCCUCUUAGCCUCGCCGAUCGGAAGAUUGGCGGUUUGAAUCCCUGCAACAGGGUGAGCUCCCGUUACUCUGUCCCAGCUUCUGCCAACCUAGCAGUUCGAAAGCACACCAGUGCAAGUAGAUAAAUAGGUACGACUGUGGCAGGAAGGUAAAAGGUGUUUCCGAGCGCUCUGGCUUCUGCCACGGUGUCCAGUUGCACCAGAAGCAACUUAGUUAUGCUGGCCAUAUUACCCAGAAAGCGGUCUGUGGACAAACGCCGGCUCCCUCGGCCUGAAAGCAAGAUGAGGGCCGAACCCCAUAGUCACCUUUGACUGGAUUUAACCGUCCAGGGGUCCUUUACCUUUAUAUCUCACGUUCAUGUGGCCUAAACCUCUGCUUGGGGAUCACGUGAGGUGAUCUGAAUUAAACUCAGACAGUACAGUACUGAGGUGAUGAGGCAUGGGAGGCCUUGAGAGAAGAUAGGACAACCACUAUGUUCCCUGGCUUAAAAACUUUUUUUUUUUAAAGGAAUUUGGUAGAGAGUUGCUUUUGUUUUUGUAAGGCAUUCAAAGCCAACAGUCACAAACAAAACAGGUGGUUUGGAAGGCUGUUGAACUGAAGGGGGGGUGGUUAAGUAGAAACAAUGGAUUUUCCAAUCCUGGGACUUUGUGCUGGUGAAGUAUGUGGAGAAUUUCAGCCAGUUCUUGUAAAGGAGGUUUUUCCUGGAAGUCAGUGGCACUACUUGUGCAAAGUGUUUCAAAGAAGGUGUGGCAAGAGCUGAAAUAGAUAAAAUAUGUAGUAAUAAAGAUCUGGACUCCCCCCCUGCUCCCCUUGAUCAUAAUUUAUAGUGAGGAAAUUUUGUGAUUGGAAGGGAACGAGAAUAUUAUACUCCUAUUUUGAGACUAAUGUUUUUACAUUUUUAAGAUUCAUAUUUAUCUUGAUUUGUUUUGUUUUUUUAAAUAGUGUGCCAAAAAUCUAGAGAGUUUGGUUGUCUGCACAUGUCUUUCUUUCACAUUUUCACAUGUUUUAUAGUUCAGGGUUAAAAUUGUUCCUCCCUGCUUGGUGUACCUCACUUUAAAAUGGCCAAAUGAUGUGUUCCAGACUUAAAGUAAAAAGCCUUCUUAACGUCACUUCUUAAAAUGCUUUUCAAUUUAUUACAUAUGUUAUUUUCUGAAGUCUUGCAAAACCCUACCUCAGAAAACUCAGUCCUUUGCUUCACAUGCCCUCUAGUGGAAAUUGUGUUCCCUGACUCAACUGAUUUUAAGUACAGCUGACAAAUAAAUUGCAUGCUGUACUAGAUAAAAGAAAUAAAAUCGGGUUCAACCGUGUAUUCACUGUGGCCUAAAAGCUGUAUAGGGUUUCAUGGUGGCCUUUAAAAAAAAAAAAAGAGAGAGAGAGAGGGAGGGAGAGGGGGAAAAAAACUAAGGACGAUGGUUGGCUGAACGGUGAUCCAGACAUUUAUUCAGUUCUGUUGUUGCUGUGCCUAUAUAGCUCCUAAGUAAUGUAUCAGGAAAAAUACAUAAACUAACUGUGAAUAGUAAGUGGAGAGGGGGUAAUUCUCCCCAUGUGCAUCAGUAGAUGGGAGCUAAUUCCUGUGCUCCUUGCAUAUUAUCCAUACAAAUUACAUACAGGCCCAGAGUUCUCAGCAGAACUGCUCAUUUGUACAAAUAAUUAUAAUUUUAUUAUUUAUACUCCGCCCAUCUGGCGCGGUCGCCCCAACCACUCUGGGCAGCUUCCAACACAUAUGAAAACAUUAUAAAGGAUCAAACAUAAAAAAAUUCCCUGAUACAGGGCCACCUUCAGAUUUCUUCUAAAAGUUGUGUACAAUCGUACCUCGGGUUAAGUACUUAAUUUGUUCCGGAGGUCCAUUCAUAACCUGAAGCACCACUUUAGCUAAUGGGGCCUCCUGCCGCCGCACCGCCGGAGCACGAUUUCUGUUCUCAUCCUGAAGCAAAGUUCUUAACCUGAAGCACUAUUUCUGGGUUAGCGGAGUCUGUAACCUGAAGCGUAUGUAAACUGAACCAUAUGUAACCUGAGGUACCACUGUAGUUCUUUAUCUUCUUGACUUCUGAUGGGAGGGAAUUGCACAGGGAGGGCGCCACUGCCGAGAAAGCCCUCUACCUGGUUCCCUGUAACUUCACUUCUCGCAGAGAGAGAACCAGCCCUCAGAGCUGGACUUCAGUAUCUGGGCUGAACAAUGGGUCAAGGCGAAAAGGGGCUUGAUCAAAAGACUACUGAAAAAGUAUUUCUUUAGAACUAUGUACACAACCCAUCUCCAUGCAAACAGGGAAAUCCCACUUCUACAUAAGAUAGGGCAAAUGGCUUAGAAACCUUACCUCCAUUUGAUGAGUUUUCCACAUAGGACAUGAUUCUCCCUCCCCAAGGACUGGAGUCAAUCUAACUCUUGACUCAGUCCAUUGUUACCAUCCCAGUUUAGCCGAGUGUAGGCACUGAACUGAGCACAGUCCCUGUUAAAGGAGUAUGCUCUAUAAAAAUGAAUGUAAGAUUCUGCUGGUAGGCCUAGUAGAGGAAGAAAUAUACAUUCACGUGCAAAAGGGUAUAAGAGUCUGCGAACAAAGAGGCUUGGGUUUUGUUUUUUUAGCUGUCUAACCUUUAACGCGCCUUCUAGAGCACAUCAGAAUUGUUUGUGAUCACCCAGAGAUGUCACGUUGCAAUUAUGAACCAAACAACUAAGCUAGCAGCUGUUGCUCAACAAUCAGUCCAAGGAAUCCAGAUUUCCCAUCUGGCAUUGUAAAUUAUUUUGUCUAGGUCAGUGGUCCCAGAGUAAAGGAACAAGGCAGGAAAGACGUAUGUAGUAUUUCUAAUAUUAGUUUCUCUGGUUUUUCAGAACACAUGUGCUCAGUUGAGCCUGAUGCUUCACAGGUAUCCGUUCCCAGCUUUUGUGAUGAAGAACGGUUUUACGGGAAAACCCGGUUUUCCCAGGCCUGAAUCUAGUAGCCAGGGAUUGCUCAGCAGAAUUGUGUGCAUGACUAAUCAGAAUCAUUGCUGCCCCUUAUUUUAAUACUGUAAUAAGGCUUCUUUGUGAUUCUAAUUAUAUCCGCUAAGCUCAAUUGCAGGCGGCACACAGAUUAAGCAAGAAGGGGACAGGCUCAGUUUAGAAGCCUCUGGGGAUUUGGUUCUCUUAAAUAACAGGUCAGCCUCUUUCUGCUGACAUGCAAAAUGAGAAUUUUGUAUUCCGGUAACCAUUAUUGUUGAAGAUGUAAGUUUGUAAAAAAAAUUAAUUUAUUUUUUUUAGCCCUUCUUAUUUCUGAGUGUAUUUUUGCAUAAUCGAGCAUCAGAUCUAUAAACACCUCUCCCCCACCCCCUCCAGAGUUAGGUCUUUUGGACUGUUCCAUUGACAAGGUAGUCCGAAAGUCAGCAAUGCCCGAUUAGCACAGAUGUUCAUGGGAGCUCUGAGUAAAUCUUUAGUCAAAGGAUUCAAUAUUUGAAAAUGCACUGAGGAAAGUACUUUAUAACAUGGCAUAUAUUUUUAUCUAGGAAAUCUUAGAUGGGCUGUCUCAGGUUCUAAUAGAGGGUAUGUACCUAUGCUUGUGAUACAGUCACAUGGGAAAGACUGAGAGUUAAGGAAGUAAGUAUAAAUACUUUCCAUGGAACUGUUGUAAAUUAUUAGCCACGCAGGUGGGUUGUUUGAUGUUGUUGUUGUUGUUGUUGUUGUUGUAUAUUUAGAUGCUCAAAAAGAGAAUAAAUAUUUUUAUUUUUUAGCUAUCUCUUCAUUUUUUUGGUAUUUGUUUAAUGGAAAUGUCUGGAUUGAUACUAGAUUCCAGGUUAAGGGGAGUAAACAUCAGUCUCAUCUCUUGAUAUAAAAUCACUCUAGAAGGAGGUUUUUUGUUUUUGUUUUUUAUAGCAAACAAUUCAUUGGUGUGUUUUUUCUUACCGCUUGAAAAAAUGAUUUUUAUCUUCCUGACAAAUGAGCUGAUGCAACUCUUUGUAGCAAGGGGAAUGAGUGUGUUUGACUUGUUUGAAGCCUAUUGAGUUCAGAAGAAACUCCCCGUGGUUAGUUUUCUAGGUUCCCUGCUAUUCUCUUAACCCAGCGUGCUAGUUGUAAUGUUUCAGGUGCUUCCUGUAUAAAAUAGAACAAUGAUUACGUUAUGAAAUCAGAAUACCAAUGUCCCUUAAGCAGGUCAGUCUCCCUGCUAUCUUGAUACAAGAUCACUCAGGGAAAGAGGCUGUUUUUAUGGUGAACCAGUCAUUGCUGUUCUGAGACUCAUCCACAGAGACUCAGGGGAUUAAAGCAAAACAAUAAGCUGGGGAACUGGCAGGAGGCUAUUGCUAAUUGCUAUACUGCCAGUGAUUUAAAGCAGGAAUUAAAGAUUUGUUCUUUAAACAGUUUUCCUUUUAAAUGUGCAUACCUAAAACAGAGGGAAACUGCUUUAAAACGUUGGUGUGGAACGGCAAACCCUUGUUUAAGGAACCAUUUGAUGCCUAGCAUAUAUAUCAGGGGUCAGCAAACUUUUUCAGCAGGGGGCUGAUCUACUGUCUGUCAGACCUUGUGAGGGCCGGACUAUAUUUUGAAAAAAAAAUUAUGAACGAAUUCCUAUGCCCCACAAAUAACCCAGAGAUGCAUUUUAAACAAAAGCACACAUUCUACUCAUGUAAAAACACCAGGCAGGCCCCACAAACAACCCAGAGAUACAUUUUAAAUAAAAGGACACAUUCUACUCAUGUAAAAACACGCUGAUUCCUGGACUGUCCACGGGCCGGAUUUAGAAGGCGAUUGGGCCGGAUCUGGCCCCCAGGCCUUAGUUUGCCUACCCAUGAUAUAUAUAAUGAGUUUCUAAGACUGAUGGGGAGGCACCACUGAUGGGGAGGGAAUGGAUAGUUCCCUCCAUUUUAUCCUCACAACAACCCUGUGAGGUAGGUUAGACUGAGAGACUGUGACUGGCCCAGGGUCACCCAGUGAGCUUCAUGGUCUAGAAGGUACGAGAAAACUGGUCUCCCAGGUCCUAGUCUGCUACUUUGUUCAGGUGUUCAGUUCAGGUGUGUGGUGUUCACCAUAUGGUUUUAUGUUGAUAGUGCACCCUUUUUAUUUAACCACGUGACUUACUAAAUGAAUUAUUAUAGGGAGAUGCUAUAGCUCCAUGCUAUAGUUCUGUGCAAGUGCUGCCAAUGCAGUGCCCUCCAGAUCUUGAUGGACUACAACUCCCAUGAGCCCCAGCCUAUCCGGCCAAUCAUCAGGAAUGAUGGAAAUUGUGAUCCAUCAACACCUGGAGGGCACCACAUUAGCUAGUCCUGUUUAGCUUCAAAGGGGGUGGGGGUUACAUAGAAAAAAUGAUUCUAUCCUUAAAGAGAUACAAGCCUCCUCAGAGAGGAGGACAACCAGUUUCCUCAGAGUACUAACCCGGUCAUGUUGCUUCAGCUUCCCUUUUUAGGUAGAAGCUGAAGUUUAGUGAAAAGUAUAGUUUAUAGCUUCAUCUUCCAAGAAAAUCUUCAAGAAACAGAAUUCAAGAAACACAUUCAAAUAAUUAAACUAACAAAGUGUUUGGCUUAAAUCAGAGGAAGAUAAACCUUGCUGUAAGAGCAAUGAAACAUUACAUCUUUCUUGGGGGCUCUCGGUAGAAGGGUAAACUUGAUCCCGUAAACACAGCUAUGAAUCUCCUUUUUGUAUCAUAAUAAGACAAACAUGAGGCAUCAGUAGGCUGCCCAUCUGUCAAGGUGUUUUAUUGCCAUCUGUACCAGUAAGGCUACAGGUCCGUUGCUGCUAAAAUGCACACACAUUUAAGAGACCAAUAGCCGCUUGGCUGUGUUUUGCCCUUGCACUCAAUUAAGCAGAGAUGGAAAGAAGCAUCUGUGAUGCUGUUCCACAGUUAAUUCUCCCAGUACUUUUGCCACCAUAAGUUCAUGUGACAUGGUAUUUUUUCUAGCACUGGAGAAGGGGAUGAUGGGGAGCAAAUAUAUUGGUUAGAGUACACAUAUCCUGAGUCUCCAGGACUAGAUAUCAAUUAAGGACCUCAAUUUGACUGGCGGUACAUGGAGUUCAUAUUUGUUUUCAAAUUAGCAGAGAACUUGACUCCCAUGGUGAAAAUAUAAUUGAUCUAACAGUGUGUGGUUGCAUUAAAAGGAGCAGCUAAUUUGGAGUCAUUAAAUUGGUGGCUGAAGUCUUAUUGAUUGAGGAGAGUAGAUAUAGCUGAAUCAGAAAGGAAUUUCCUUUCAGAAUUUGUUUGGUGGUUAAGAGCAAGAACUUUGGGACAGAAGUCUCAAGCAUGGUCCAUCUCAGCAGUUUCCUGGGUGACUUUGGGCAAGCUGCCAUUUCCCAAAACGGGCCUUACCAUCUAUAUCAGGCAGCAGUGGUACUGACUUUUUUCCAUGGGGUUUUGUUCAAAGGAUUAUGGAGAGAAUGCUCAUGAAGUACCUGGAACAGUUAAGGAAAGUACAGUGGUGGUGUUGUGUGAUGAAGCAAAUAGUUCUUCACUGUAUAUCAUCUGAAAGGAACAGGCAGCAUGAAAUGUUUCUUGAAGGGAUGAUAAUGUCAUCUCUUACCGGCCUAGACUGUGUUACAAGAACUUGAUAAAAUUGCAUAAGUGUUGGUGAUUGGGAAAAUUCCCACAUCAAGAAUCCCAAGAAUGACCAAGACGCCUUUUAGUCAUGCAUGGCUCAGUAAUGGGUGCUGAUGUGUCAAUUCUUAUCCCGUGGGAAAUUGUUCCACCUUUUACCUGAGACUUCCGAAGUCAAAAAAAUGCAGACCUGUGCUGCGUAAAACUGGAAUCAUUUGAUAACACAUUUCAUUCAUGUGUAAUAUAUGGCUGUAAUACCACUACAUUUUCAGUUGAGUAUUUUGAAUGCUGAAUUGCAUGUUUUCUUGGCAGCAGGUAAGCUCAUAAGACGUACCAUAGAAUAAUACUUUUGUUGGUACAGUGGUACCUCGGGUUAAGUACUUAAUUCAUUCCGGAGGUCCGUACUUAACCUGAAACUGUUCUUAACCUGAAGCACCACUUUAGCUAAUGGGGCCUCCUGCUGCUGCCGCACCAUCGGAGCACGAUUUCUGUUCUCACCCUGAAGCAAAGUUCUUAACCUGAAGCACUAUAUCUGGGUUAGCGGAGUCUGUAACCUGAAGCGUAUGUAACCCGAGGUACCACUGUAUAUGCUUGACGGUGAUGCGUCCAAACUUGGGACAGUUAUUGUGAGGAGCAUGCAGGGUAGUAGCUUGAAGAUAAAAAGCAACAGAUUUUGUCAGCGUGGAAUUACUAUACAGGAAGAAUAGCAUCAUAAUGUAAUUCUGUCUGAAUCAGUGAGGAGUUAGAUCAGCAGAGAGACAUUUCAGUCUAGAAAGACUUAGAGACUGAUUUGUUCUUAUCUCCUCAUUUUCUAGCUGGCAUUUCUUUCUUUUCAAAGUGGUACUGAUUUUGCAGAGGAGGUGGCCAGUAGAGGGAGGAAUUUUGUAAAUGUGAACAGCAAGCAAUUGCUGUCAUCUUAUAAAAAGAGGGUGGGAAUGCUUUUCUUGAAUAAAAGAACGAUGAGUUGAAAAUUCUCGUUCCUUGUCAGCAUGUAUUUUCUUUUCUAAAUUUAUCAUCCCAUCAGUAAGUUCAUAUCGAGUUUGUGUCACAGCACGAAACUGCUGUGUGAGAUGAAAAUAAAUCUGAGCAGCAAUGUUACCAAAUCUCUUGGAAUUGGUAAAUAUCCUAGCAAAAAUGUUAAGUGGCAGCUGUCAUAUGCCAGGCUUAGUCACAACUCUAAGUCCCAUUGAAAGCAGUGGCACAUAUUUUAGAUUUUAGCUAGGUCUCUUUGCAAAGUGUGAGCUUAAAAAAACAAAGCAACCACCACCUUUUGAAUACAGUACAAACAUACACAGAUAUACAGUGGGUGAUGUCCAACUAAUUCAUACCAGAGUAAACCAAAUGAAAUAAAUAGAUUUAAGUAAUACUUUGAAUAUGACUUAGGUCAGUCUCAUCCAAUACUAUAUGAGCACAAACAUAACAUACAAGCAUACAGCUAUGUAUUUCAGGGGAAAGGAGCAUAAACUUACUGUUCAAAACAUUGGCCACUUUCUCAAAAACAAAAUAUCUGUAGAAUGACAUUGUCACAUAAGUAUAUAGUGAUAGAUAGAUGAUAGAUAGAUAGAUAGAUAGAUAGAUAGAGAUAUUCCAUUGUGUGCGUGUACCACCUGCCAUGUAAAAAAAUAUCCAGGUAGAUACAUAUACAGGGUGAGUCUUUUAAAAGAGGCCCCGUGGAACAUGUGUACUCUGUAUCCACGGGGCCUCUUUUAAUGGACUCACCCUGUAUAUAUAUAUAUAAUGCUGACCCUCACCAACAUGUGUGUGUGUGUGUGUGUGUGUGUGUGUGUGUAUAUUGCUGACCCUCACCAACUUAUGUUUUAAGACAUACCUUCAUAAAUUCUCUUUGUGAUCUUGUCUAUUUUAUUUACUGUUUAUUUUUCAAGACUGUUUAUUGUUUAUUUUUCAAAACUGAAACAUGUUUUAGGAGGCCAGUGGGUGGGUUCGAAAGUCAUCCCGCAAAGCAACUGGUUACAUUUGUUGUCCAGUUCUAUUUUGGUAGUAGUAUGUCAUUAAAUUUGCAAGUAUUGCUGGUGGGUUGGUGGGAUUGUGUAUGUGUGUUUGUUGAGGGGACAAGAAUAUAGAAUACCUGUAUGUAAUUCCUGUUUAUUUUGUUUCACUCCGUUUAUGUGCAUAACACACUUUGGGACACUAUGCAAAUAAUGCUUAUAACUAUACAAAUUCAUGUGUAGAUGCCAUAGUGAAGGCACUCUCUUUAAGUGUAGUCGGGAACUGAGCUUCUAGCUUUCUGUGUCAGAGAACUCUGCUAUGUUUCAGCUCUUAUAAUACUGGGGUGGGGUGGGGGGAGAAAUAGAUUUCACUGAAAGUGUUAAUAAAGAUAACCUCAUGCAGUAAAAAUUUGAAGACUUGCUAUGAAGUGUGAGCUCCUCGGUGUAAAAAAUACGCCGAAAUAUUUUCUUUCAUUGUCUUGUCCCCUCAAAUCUUAACUUUAGUUUUCCUUCUCUCGGACGACUUCAUAGGUCUGUUUAGGAUAGGCAGGCAGUUAUUACUAUUGCCAUUAGUAACAGAGUUGCUUUCUGGGUUCAGGUGUUCUCAUUCUGUCACUUACAGUUAAUACAGCAGAAUUGUAGGAAAUACUAACCACUCUAGUCACCUGCAAAGUAUUUCACUCUAGCGGUAUAAUUUUUGUUAAUAUCUUGCUCUUUCUCUUUUCAGACUUCUUUCUGUUUGCACCAAGGGAUUUGGGAUUAAUUUCUGUGUUGGAUAGCCUAUAUAUAGUGGUCUAAAAUGCAAGGAGGAAUCAAUGAUUGAAGGAGUCUUUUCAAUUUAAAAAGCAACAGCACUGCAGUUCGGCUCUUCUCAGUAACUAGCAUGUUGGCAUGAUACAAUAAUGUAAACCAAUCCUCUCCUAUAUAGCAGCCUAUAGCAGUGUACUAACAAAACUGAAAGCAUUCACAUAGUAUUUCAGAAACAUGCAGUGUGGGGUUUUUUAUUAUUUAAAAAAAUCCAAAAAUCAUCCACAGAAAGAAGCAAAACCCCAAAUCUCUCUCCUCUGUUUUGCUUUGCUUCUAUCCCCAUGGUUUUCAAAUGGGUUUAGGCAAAUUUCUCUUUUUAGUGGGCUUUAUGCUACUCUAGUGUUCCUCUGCAGACUGGCAUGACCAUGUUCUCUGUAUUUCCUUGCUCACAAUCACGGAAUGAGAGCAUGGAGUGUCAGUCAGCUUGCUUUUUUCUUUUCUUUCUAAUGUGGGGUGAGACUCACUAUGGAAAAGUCUGAGAAUUUCUGGUCUACUGUGUUCCUCCUCUGCUUCCCUGACGGCUCAGGAAGAUGAAUUUGGUGGUGGAUAUUGUAACACAGAAAAUGCCGUCUGAAAGUGAUGUUCAUGUGGCCAGGAGCUAUCUUACGAAGAUCUUGAGAAGCUCCAUGAGGUAUGGUGUUGGUUUCACAAAGAUAGCAUUCCCUAUCCCUUCUCCUAAUAGAAAAACCCUUCUCAGUAAUCCAGGAAUCCAUUCUGAAAUCCUCCAUUCCCACUUCCAUUUCUCCAUGAUAAGCAUCUGGCCAUGUAGUCGUUCUGUAAUCUCAUGUUUCAUUCACAUUUUGUACAAACCAUUCUGGCUCCAUGCAUAUAUAUCAAGCAAACAACAAACAAAAAGUUUGUGGUUAAACUGCUAUCCUACCAAUUAUCACUUAUCAGAAAGUAAGUUCCAUUGAAUUUCAAAGGGGCUUCUAAAUAGACAUGAAUGGGAUUCCACUGUGAGGCUACUGUUUUUAAACUAGACAAUUGCAUGAUUCAUCAGCUGUGGAGACAGCCACAACAAUUAUAACUGAAUUUGUGGGAUUAGAUUUGCAUGUGCAGAACUCCAUGAUAGCAUUAAGUUGGCAGCAUUGUGUGGGAAGUUGGAGCACUUGGACAUGUGUUGUUGUUUUUUAGAAAUGGCAUUGCUCUUACAGAAUAGCAUGUCCACACAGGCUAUUCAACCUCAUGCAACUGCUACAGUGUUGGUUCCCACACAUGCCAAGCUGUGUGAAACCCUGAAGCAAUUAGCCUUCAAGCCAUUUAGCUAAAAUGGACAACUAUUGCUUCAGCAUAUUGGAUUCUGAUGCUGGCUGCUUUAUGGACAUGGGUUGAGAGACAACCACCAUGUGAAAACAGGCCCCAUGGUCCUUUGUGACAGAUUUCACAACAGAACAGUCAAGUGACCAGAGCAGGUAGCUGGUCUUGAACCUCCCUCCCUGCCUCUCCUCCUUCUACAUGCCCAACAAAGCUUUGCAACCAGGUGCCUAAAACUGGUGGAACACUGUUGGCUCCCAAGUUUUUAGGAGGCCAUUGGGCAAGAUGCCACUGAAGAACUCCCUGCCGCUGUCACCACUAGCCAUUUGCUUGGCUUCUCCCUGUGAGCCCACUCUCUACUUCGGCUCACAAGGAGAGGACAGGGGCUCUUUCUCUAAACUAUUGUCACCUUUUGCAUGCUUGAAAAGGGGUGUAGUAAGCAGGCAACAGCAGUAAGCAGGAGCAAGGUGGGAUGGUUGGCUUCAGGCCCCUGCUGGUGUAUCGACCUCCUAAGGUGCUUGUGAGUGAUGCGGACCUCUGAAUUGGAUGCUGUGCUGUUUCAAGCAGGCAGACUGAGGACAGUUUGAUAACUUUCUCCAUUUACUGGAUGAGAAGAUGGCAAUAGUGAAUGGCAAGGUUGACAGGGAGGCCUAAGGCUUGCUUCUCGAACAAACGCUUGAUAGCCCAGGAAGCUUUUGUGCCAGUCGACUGGCAAAACUGGGCUUGCAGCACUACUGAGAAAUGUGGGGAGCACCCUCUGUUUUUUUUUACAUUACGUUUUCUCUCUUAAUGAGCAGGUAUUUGAAUCUGGAUCAGAGUUCCUGGCCAUUGUCACUGAACCACACCUACUCUGGUUUCAAAAAUGAGAGUUGCUCAAACACAAAGUUCCUCAUUUCUGUACUUCCAUGCAAUUAUACAAGACUUAAUUGUUAUAGACGGUAUGCGUCUAUAUUAUAAGGGAUUUCACAGAUAAUCAGUAGGUGUUUUUAUCUGCCUAGCAGAGAUGAAACAUUCCAGGCUUUGACUCACUGUCUGUAUUUCAAGUGCUUUAAAAAAUAAAAAAAAGCACCUGGAUUCUUUUCAAAGGUGAUUUCCUAGAGCAGCAGACACUGCUCUGUAACCUGAGCCUACUUACUGUGUUUGUUAAUUAGGUCUGAGGUUGAUUGCUUAAAAAAUAUAUGCAAUAAAUGCCUAUGUUUUUCCUUUCUCAUUCCAGAAAGAAUGAUCUAGCCUGCAGGCCCCACUCCUGGCAUGCGACCAAAUUCACGGAGAGUCACCCUGAGACAGCCACGUCACGGCUCUCCUCAACCAAUCCCUGUGCUUCCUGGCACUCUCGGUACCAUGCAAGGUGAGUUCCUGUUUAAAAUUAACAUGCAUCCAGCUCCAACGGUAAGAAAAUAAUUGCUUGCCUCGGUUUGUUCCUUAUCUUAAAAUGGCCAGCAACUGCACGAUUUUAUUUUAAGUUGGUCUUUGUGCACGAAGCGAGUUGUGUAAUGAGGGAACUUAGAUAUAACAAGGGCCUGAUGGCCCUUAGUCUGCAGGGUAUUUUCCAUUAUGCAGCUAAGUAAAUAGAGAGAACUACAGGUUAUUCCGGCAGGUUUUCUUUUCUUUUCUCUCAGCCUUUCUUCAGGCGUCAGUUUUCAGGUGUGUAAAAGCCCCUUAAAAGUACUAAAAUGCAAUGGAAGGAGUAAGAAACCAAAUCUCCUAUAACAAAGCAAUUAUUUAAGAGGAAAACACACUCUGUGUAUGCCUAAAGAAUUGUCAUGCAAUUGCUUUCUCUAAUUACAUCUCUGCUUGCUAUGUAGCAAUUAAUAAGAAUUGGGUAGGGCACAUUGUCGCCUGUUCAGUCGCUGAAAGUUUCUCAGUAAUGAGUUGUGUGAGAGCUACUUUAGGGACAAAAAUAAAAAAAUUACAUCUUAGUUCAGGUGGUAAAAUGUCUCUCUGUAAUCCAGGUAUACUAUGAUCUGGUUACAAGCUCUCACAAAGCGUUCCUUUAGCCACAGACCUUGCAUUCCAUUUGCUUCUUUGUUUUGGUGGCAUGUAAAACAUGUCUCAGAAUAUGCAGACUUUUAAUUUACAAAAAAAACAAAAACACCUGGGAAAAGUAUACUUGCCAUUCAUGGCCCUAAAGUGUUACUUGAUUCAGUUUUAUUGGAGUACUAAGUAAUGUAAUCUUAAAUGUUUCAUGCUAUGUUUACUUUUAAAUAGAAGAGCAUUAAGUGGCCUUUAGACAUUUGCUACCAUUUACUGCUUAUGUUAAUAAUACAAAUUCAAACUUUUAAAAUAAAGCUGCUUUCUUACUUGUUUUGAACACUUAACCUGCCCCUAUGGUUCUAUAAAUCUUGUUGUCCAGUAUGCUGGAUGGCUUCAGAAACAGUUUCCUCUGUGCCUAAUCACAGAUUUGAUUUUAUUUUUAAAAAUGCUUUUGUUAUAUACUCUUCAAAUGCUCUUGUUGACACGUAUUACAAAGUAGAAUGAAAACCUGUCAUGGACUUUAUAUUCACAGAUGGGUCCUGGCUGCAUGGGAACUUCUACUUGUUUUGACUUUCCUCAGGGACAACCUGGGAGUAGGGAGAUAAAUGUGGAGAGAUCACUAAGCCCAUGCCAAGGAUUCCCUGUUAGGGCCUGGGGCAUUCUGUUGGACUCAUCCUCCACAGGGCAUUCUGUUGGACUUAUACGCUAUGCAGAUUAUACUAGUAUAUAUACAGUAUACAUACAUACACAUACACACACACACACACACACACACACCCCUUCAUCAAAAGGUCACAGGACAGUUUACAGCUCAGUGGCAAAAACACCAAAAUGCAAACACAUAACAUAAUAUUUCCCAACUCUUACAUUCUGUGAUUCUAUACAACAAGCACAUAAGCAAUACAUAAUAAGCAGCAGUGUCAAAAUACUCACGAUGUAAUAAAUUCCACAAUUCAAUCCUUGUGAGAAAUAAGAGUCUAAUAACUUAUUUUCUGCUUGUCUCAUAUACAGCUAUAAGGCAGAAUACAUAUUUAACAGCAGAUGUAUUAUUAAAAAUAGGGGUGGGGAAAGGGCAGCAGCAUAUGUAAAGUAAAUAAACAGUGUACUUUGAUUUUAUAAUAUUUGCAUUUUGAUUUUAUAAUAUUUGCAUUUUUGUAAUAUUAUCUAGUAUGGCUGUUUCUACCAGCAGAGAGUAUGGGUUUUGUUGGUGCAAUAUUGACGAGAGCCCUUUUCAUAUUUUGCUACAGCUCCUCUUCCCAUGAUCUGUCAAGCUCAUGGGACCAGUCAAAUCUCCAUCGCACCUCAGACCAGUUCAGUUCUGCUGGAAGCAUGGACAGCUGGGAUCACACACCCCAGGUGUAUCAAUAUGGACAGAUGUCUUCUGCAAAGUCCAACAGUAGUAUUGACCACUUGGGGAAUCCCAGCAAAAGGGAUUCUGCCUACGGCUCUUUCUCUACUAGCUCUAGCACACCUGACCACACAUUGACCAGUGCAGAUGCUGCCUCAGUUGAGAAUGCUGGGUACAAGGUGGGUCACUGGGAAACCCCAAAAUCAGGAAAUAGCAAGGCUGCCUCAUUUCUAAGUGAUAAUGGAGGAUUAGAUGAGAAAACUACCUGCUUUGCACCUCAAGUGCCACAAUAUGAAAACAACAGGAGCCCCCGGCUGGAAGAUCAUUCUGAUCCAAAGUAUUCUGGGUCCGGAAGAUCAAAUUUUGGGCCUGUGUGGUAUGUCCCAGAGAAGAAAAAGUCUCCCUCCCCUCCACCACCACCACCACCUCUUCGUAGUGAUAGCUUUGCUGCCACCAAAAGUCACGAGAGAGCCCAUGCUGCUCCUUAUUCAGAGGGUAUUCAGAGCACCCAGCACUUUGACGUCCAGCACAGGCUGCAAGCCAAGAGUGACUGGAGUGCCGAAACUGUAGAGCAACAGAAGAGAGAUACCAGAGCAGUCGACAGGGCCUCCGAAGGUAGGCAGAGCAGCAAACCAGUCUACAGAUCUGAUCUCAGUCUGGAUUGUGGUUUGUCUUCUGCCGGGGACAGGGUCAACAACAACAUCAUAGGAAAUUUCAGCAGGCUGCAAUCAUCUCUGUCCAGCACGGACGUUCGAUUUGCACAGUCCACUUAUGGCCACCAUCACCAGCGCCAGUACAGUGAUGAAAGCACUUUCUUUCGCAAUGCAAAAGUCUCUGCAUCACCUAAAGAGCAGCGGCACCUCUCCACUUAUGCUGGAAUUCAAGAAAGGCCCACUGACAAACGUAGCUGUCAUCCAAACCACGCUAGGAUACUUGAUAGUACUGCUGCUGCUGCCACUUCUUCUGACGUGAGUGCUGAGGAGAAAAUGGACAACACAGGGCUAAGCCGCUAUUACUGUGUGACAGUGAAACAGCCUGUUCAGGGAAACUUGAGACCACUACUCAAAGAUGAAUGUCGGAAUACUGGCAUAGGGAACCACACUUCCUCUGGACCACAGGAGAGUCCUGCUAUGACUACAAUGAUCCAAAGUCCCAAAUACUGUCUACCUCAGCAGCCUGUUGAGCCUUCUCUAGAUGUAUGUGAAAAGAGCAGUCAUUAUAUAGUUAAUAAAGGAGAGGAUGUUAGAACAAUUGUAAUGGAAGAAUCUAGAAAGGUAAGUUUCCCUGAAAAGCCAGUGCAAGCCAAGAACUUUGAGGAGAACCACGAUAGUUACUGUGAGCGGGAAUAUGGGCGGGAAUGUGCCUUAGUGCCCACCAGUAAAGCUCCUCCAAAAGAUUUCAAGUGGAGUCAAGAAGAGAGCUACAAAAUUUCUCCUCAGAAGACCCCAAUGUUGCACUCUUUAGCUCAGGAAGGGAAAAGCCAGGCUGAUCCUGCUGCCGAAGCGGAGAUGACUAAGCAGCCUGCAUUUGAUGCUAACCUGGGCAAAAACACACGAAGGAGUGAUCGUUUUGCUACCACACUGAGAAACGAGAUCCAGAUGAAAAGAGCAAAGUUACAGAAAAGCAAAAGCACAGCUGUCUUAGCGGGGUCAAGUGAGACCGAAGAGUAUGCUGAGAACUGGAAACCCGAUUCAGCAGAAAAGAUAAACUCCUCAUCAGAAAGUUCUUUUACUAAUGUAUACAAAGACAAUCUGAAAGAGGCCCAGGCCAGGGUCUUGAAGGCCACCUCUUUCCAGCGGAGGGACCUGGAGCCCAGUUCUGCGGAUUAUCUUCCAGACCGGAAAACAAAUAAUUAUAACUCUUCUCCACUGGCUCUUGUCUCUGAAGACGAGGCAGGCUUUCUUGGGGCUAGGCAGUCUUCUAAACAGACUUCACCUGGUAGUAACAUUCACCACGUUUCUCGCAUUGGAGCUAGGAAGAGGUUCACAACGGAACAAAAAUUGAAAUCUUAUUCUGAGCCCGAGAAGAUAAAUGAAGUGGGGGUGUCAGAUGAUGACUACCGGCCACGCCGUCGUCCAACUACUUCUGAGGAAGCUUUGGGUUCUUUUGCAGAUAGGUGGAAGUUCUUUGAAGAAACGAGCAAGCCUGCCUACCAAAAAUCUUCACAAAGACAUGCACCUUAUGGUCGGCCAGAAGUACAGACUCCUAAUGAUCCUCAUACCAAUUCUUACGAAGGUGAGAUUGAAGGGUCAUGGUAUGAAAGGAGGAUGAGGUCAGCUUCUUUUGGAGUUGAGAAUAUGGUUGGUGCAUGCAGUAGACCCAAAGAAAGUGUCCAUUACAGUGGCCGCAAAGCAAAAUCUGGACAAUCUCCUAGGUUGGAAACUUUUGCAGAAUACCAGGCAUCAUGGAAGGAGCAGAGGAAACCUAUAGAAACUCGGAACUCUGGAAGAUACCAUUCAGCUGACAACAUCCUUGAUGCUGGCCAUGAGCAGCUUGAGAAAUCUCCAUAUACACAUGAACGGUCCAGGUCAUCCCCUUCCACAGAUUUCUACAAACAGGUAAAGGGCACUUUUACUCCUAUCCUUAAAUGUUUUGCCUUGGAGAGAACAAAAUGUUUAAGACCAAGAGAUUAACAGGACCAACUGACAGUAAUCUAGGAGAUUCAUGAUUGCUUUUCAUUUUCAUUUAAUUUUACAGCCUGCUGUACGCUUACAAACAUACCGAAGGGUCUAAAAAUAUCAGCUUGGCUUACCAGCCAAACAGGAAUUGUAUUGAUAGGCGUUAUCUACUUUUUCACAGAAUUCCUCACGAAAGGUUUCUGAUUAAUAUCAGUCUUGGAAUAAGAGGACAGAUCAUCUUGCUAGUCUAUAAUUGGUCACAUAACAAGAACCAAAGGAUAGGGAUAAAUGGACAGUACUUCCAAUAGCGGAAAGUGAGCAGCAGGAUCCUUCAAGGACCUGUAUUUUGAUUGGUACUAUUUAAUUCAUUAAUAAAUGAUCUGGAGUCAAGGGUGAGCAUUGUGGUAGCCAGGAUGACUCCAAAUUAUUCAGGACGGUAAAGUGCCAGGCAAAUUAAAUAGGCCCAAAAUAAUUUCUCUAAGCUUUGCUUUUGGGCAACAAAAUGGCACAUGAAGCUCAAUGUUAAGUAUGUAAUCUUAGGUAAAUUGGAACAGACAUGACCUUACUUCACAGACAAUGAACUGGCAGCCCUAAUUUAACUGUUAAUGGUGUAUAACUUAAUGAAAACAAUUGCAGUAGCAGUGAAAAUUCCAUAGUAGAGACAAUUUAGGUCCAUUACCAUGAUGAGUUGAUGAGAAUCUAUGUAUGGCCAUUUUUGGAAUAUGGUGUAUAGUUCUGGGCAUUGUGUCUUAGAAAGGGUAUUGCAGAACUGAAAAAGCUGCGGAUAAGGGCAACCGUAACAAUCAAGGAGUCAGUGCACCUUUCCUGCAAGGAAAAACUGAAGAGUUUGUGACUUUUUAGUCCAGGAAAACUAUGACUGAUUGGGAGUAAUGACAGAGGUAUAUAAGAUUAUGCAUAAUGCGAAAACUUUUUCUCCUCCAGUAAUACAAAAAAUUGGGGUUGCACAAUUAAAUUAUUAAACAGCGGAUUCUGAACAAGCAAGGCAGCGUCAGCAAUACUGGGAUGUUUGGGCCAGUGGUCUAACUAUGUACCAGCUUUUAUGUUCCUUUGGUGGCAGAUGACAGCAUAUGCAACCCUAGAACACGGACAGGUGAACAAGCAGCUGAUGUUGCAUAGCUGAUAUUUUUAGGACCAGCAAUAGUGUUGCCAGGAUGGAUAUUGUAAGGGAGUGUUCCUUUAAGGGCACCUCCCACGUCUACUUUAAUUGGUUAGGCCCAAACAGGAAGCAGGGCUAGAAGCAAAGUGAGAAAGUAGCUAAAGGACAGAAAGCCUGUUGUACAUAGUCCUUUAAUAAAGUUGUUUCCUGUUUGGCUCCUCAGACCUGCUCAUCAGUUCAACAGAGAACUUUCCAGAUAUAGAGACAGCUUGAUAUCUGGGUUGGUUUGAGGGUCUACUCCUUGUUUGUGAGUGUUCAUAUAUGGUCUGCUGUUGCUGAUUAGUAGCUGGUUUAGAUUGGCUGAGAAUGCUAUCUGUGGACAAGGACAUACCAUUCCAGGCCUUUGAGAGGGAAGUAUCUGGAAUGGACUGUAGCUCAUCAAUGAGGAUAAUGGGAAUGUGUUUAGCUGGGAACUAGGUGACAGGUGGUGGUGUCAUUUUUUAUUCUGGAUCUGUCUUGGAGCAGAUGUAGUUGUAGCAUAGGAUGUAGCUGCGGACAGUAGACAUUUGGUAUGUUCUGUGUGGAAGCUGUAAGCGCACAGAUACGUGUAGCUGGCAAUAGCUUUCUUGUACAAGGUGUCUUGUACACCCAUCUUUUGCAAGUUUGAUUAUUUAGCAUUUUUAAGAUAAUUAAGUUCUAAAAGCUCCAUGUCUUAACUACUUUUAAAAGAAAUGUCAUUCAUAUAUAUAUAUAUAUAUAUAUAUAUAUAUAUAUAUCCUCUUUCCUGUGUGCAUGUGCCAAAACACACCCAUUUGUGCACGCACACAGUUCUUGAGAGUCCUAAAAUGCUUGCAAGUAGCAAGUUUUUGCCAAAGUGAAAAAAAGUUGUUCCUUUCUAGAGCAGUCAGAUGAAUUAGUAACUUGAGUACAAGGAUUGUAAAGCCAACUGAGAGGUUGCAUGGAAUAUACUAUUGUGCUUUAAGCCAAAUCAGCAUAAGAGUGGAUACAUUAUGGACUCUAAACAAACCCACUAAUGAAGGGGUGUGUAAUAAUAUAUUUUUCUGCAGACUGAAACUUGAUGAUUUGGUGCUUUACUAUGUUAUGAAACCUUUUUUCAGGAAGCAUCAGCUGAAGCAAGGAGACAUGCAGAAAAUAAAAGGGAAGAUGAACAUCUUACGUGCUCUCCAGCAAGAUCUGGUGAAAGGAUCUGCAAUUUAAGGUAAGCAAUUUUAUGUGUUUCUGUGUACAGGGCUUAUUGGCAUAUACUGCAGAAUAUGGUUAGCUUAAUUUUAUCCAGCAGGAGUUGAAACUAUUAAAAGAACUUGCUUUUAAUAGUCUUUUUGUUUUUGCUUUUAAUAUUCUUCAUCUAUGUGAUAUGCCUUUAUUUCUCAAGGAAAAAGAAAAUCACUAUUAAAUAUGCAAUUCCUGUUAAGAGUAUAGUAAUACUACAGAGGUAAUUCUCAGAUAUUUCUUGCAUAUAUGUUAGAGUUGUUUACAUCCACAUAAGACUCCAGGCUGCAUUCCUAAUCCCAUUUACCUGGCAAUAAAUCCUAUUGAAUUCAACAGGACUAAUUUCUGGAUAGAAGUGGUUAGGAUUGCUUGUAGGUGCCUUUGAGCCUCUCACAUACUAUUCCUGGGGGAGUGUUAACUCUUUUAUCACAUGUUUUGUUUGUUUAUAUCUCACCUUUUUCAAUCAUGGAAUCCUUGGUAGUGUGUUGGUGUUCCUCAGGAGGUUUCCAGGCAUUGACCAGACUCAGACCUACUUAGAUUCAGCAAGAUGAUAGCCUCGUGCCUCCAGAUCAUGCCUUGGGGGAGAGAGAGAAACCUGUAGAAUGUACUUUAUAGCCAAUGUAGGUUUGGCACUGAAUUGUAUUUCUGGGGAAUGCAUUAAGUGCUUUCAGCGAAAGUGCUUUUAAGAAUGGAACAAUGGAUAGUUCAUUCAUAAGAGGAGGUGCCUGAUUCUUUUUGUUUUCUUUACUGGGUCAGGUUAUUCCUUUUGGCUUAAAACAUUGGCAUGGGCAGCCUUGUGUCACUUGAUCCCUUCGCAUACAAGGAGCUUUGACUAUGUCCUGUUGAUGGACAGGACAAAAAUUGCUUAGUAGGCUUGGAGAUUUGUGUGUGUGUGUGUGCACGUUUUAGCUAACUGUGACUAUCUGAGAAGACUAAAAGUAGGUUAUUCCAGGGAGACGAGUUUGAGAACUAUUGUCACAGCCCUUGGAAAGUGGCCCCAUUUUUGUCAUUUUUAGCACACGUAGGUGCACAAAAGUGUUUUGCUGCUCUUCACUAUGGCAUCAUGGCCACCACAGCAUGUUGGAGCAAAAUAGGAAGCAUAGGCAGAUUUUGUAUUGGAAGUGUGCCUCAGAGCAUGGCUGCAUACUGGAAGAAUGAAAAACUGAAAGAAACCAAAAUUGACCUACUCACCCAUCCCUAGCUCAGGGUCUGUUUGACCUUGUUGUAUCCGCUGCAUGAAAGAAACAGCAGCAAACUGAGGAAACUGUGACCAGACGCAAAAAAACAUGGGAUAUAAUGGAAGUCAUGUUAUUUUUCAGGGACCUUUUAUAUAUGCAUACAUGUGCACUUAAAGCAUAUUUUUAAAAUCCUGAAAUGGGUUGCACGUUUAACAUUUUGAUGCAGUACUUUAUUAUAAGUUUUAUUUUUUAAUAAACCCAUUCCUUUGGCUGUACAGUACUGUUUUAAAUUCUGAACUUUAAAUUGUUAUAACCCAUCCCGGCUGCUGCUGCUGAAAGAUGGGUAAUAAAUUUAAUAAUAAUAAUAGCCAUUGAUAAAAUACAUAUGGGACAUUGCUGUUCUUAGUUGUUUAGUGUAGGACUCCUUUUACUGCUUCCCCACCCAUUUCAGUGAGCCUAAAAGAGAGACACCAAAUCUUCUAAAAUCAAGUUUUCUUUCAACAUUUGGCAUGUAACUGUUUAGUGACCACCUAGUUGAAAAAGUAUGUAGUUUGUUCACAGUAUUUUUUUAGAAGUGGGGCUUACAUAUACAAGACUGAAGUCUACCUACUUUAAUAUAAUGAAAUUUCUACACAUACUAAAGUCACUUUACCAUGUACAUUUUUAAAAAAAGAAACAAAGCUAAUUUUUUCUGUAUUUGGCCCACGUUUGAAGGACAUUUUUAGUUCAUCUGUAGAAAAGUGGUAUUGACAUGCUAGAUUGGAACUUGUCCAUUGUAAUCUGAAAGUGUGCAUGGGAAACAAAAAGCUCUCAGUCUAUGAAAUAUUAACAGACUUCAAAGGAACAUGGACAUUUUAUGUUUACAUUUACCUUUUUAUCAGUAAGCUGCAAAUCGUUAAUUUAUAUGACAUAAGAGUCCUGGAACCAGCGGUGUUAUUUGUUUUGUUAUAUUUACACUGUGAUUAAUGCAAAACAUGGAAAUCUCUCUGGCUUCUGAGAAAAAAAUCUAGUUUUUUGUGCAGCCCUGCAAUGCUGCCAUAGGCAGGUUGCAGCAGCGAGGUGGCAAGUUUGUGCAUAUAUGUAUUGGCGAAGUUCUUGGAGAGAAGGAUUAUCAGUUGGGCUCAGGCUAGUCAAAGAAGUCACUAAAAGGGUGUACAUUUAUAACAUGUUUCUGGUUUAUGCUAUCAUAACCCUCCCCAUACAAAGUAGCAGAGGUGAAGUGAGUUGUGGUCAUGCCUGUGGCCAAGGUCAUAUGACCCAGUUUGCAAGAGCAAGAACUAUGAUCUGCUUUAUUUACAAGUUUUUAAGUUGAAUAAAAAUAAAACUUAAUGCAACUUCAUUAAUAAUAAGAUUUCAUUUAUCUUAUAUGGAUUAAAAGUUGUUUGCAAGUCUGUAUUCUUAAACUUCAAAAUUGCACUGCCAAACUGAGAGAUGGAAUAUUUCAGUCCUGAAUUUUAAUAAUAAUAAUAAUAAUAAUCACAACAACAGCAACAAUAAUCUUUUCCCACCCACCACCUUUUUUCAUGUUGCCAAGUAAAUAAUACAGGGUAACUUAUCUUACCCAAUGUGUGAAUAGUUAGAAGAAAUUUAUCAAGCUGUGCAAUAGAAAUUAUAUGAAGGGCACACAAGGUGGCCACUUCUUAUCUGCUUUUUUGCUUUUACCAUUUCUGACUAUCCUCAUGACUUAAGAAUGCUGGUUAGGCAGAUUUGCCAAGAUGCUUUAUAAGUAAACAUAUAAGUAAAUAAUUUUCUUUCAUAAAACAUAAAAUUACAUUGUGUGGUGUAUGUGCAUACAAUUUGUGACUAAGGUUGCAACCUACAAACCCAGGCUUCAAUGAAGUGACUUCCUAAACCACGCUGGGAUGCUUUCCAGAGGAGAGUGUUUGUUGCCCUCAUGUUCUCUGCUCAGCAUCCCAUUGGCAACUGGUUGGCUACUGUAGGAAAGAGCAUGCUGGACCGCACAGGCCUUUGGUGUGAUCCACCAGGGCUCUUCUUACGAGGAACAAGCUUGUGCAUCGUUUCUGACCCUGUUCACACACCAUGCUUUCAUCAGACAUAUAUCUGGUGGCACUGAACUGCUUGCACACCCCUUUCUUUCUGGUGAAUGGCUAAGAAUGGUUUGUAGCCUCAAAGGUUAUUGCAAACUAUAUUUUUUGCUUUGUUUUUAAAGAUACACAGAAUGUUUAUUUGUGCCACAAAUAUGAGCAAACCCUUUAGUUCCUGUAAACCUACUGAAGGUCUUAAAUUUUGACAGCAAGGGCACUUUACUAAGGCUGUGCACAGAUAUCCCCCUCACCCUGAGAUGUGAAGGUAACAUGAUAGAGCCAUUGUUUCUGGCAUUACAUGUGUUCAAUUUUUUGUGUGGCUCUCUCAUCUUUGGUCAAACUGGUUGUGUCUGUGUGCAAGAUAGCUUCCAUUGUUUUGUUUUUUUGACCAAACCCAAAAAGUGUGAAGGUGUAAUUUGCAGGGCAGUGUGUGAGAUUUUGAAGGCAAUUAUAAAAGAUACCUUCCUUGUACCUGUCACAAUUAGGCAAUAAUUAAGCAAGCACAAGAAUAUGUUUUCUUCAGGUUCCACGCCUAUUGUUUAUGACACUAGAAUGCUUAAUAAUAAUAAAAACAACGAAACUCACAACAGUGCAUUUGCAAAAUUCUUUUUUGAGGGGUUAAAAAAGAACACAAAGCUUUGAAGUCUACAACCUUUUCUGCUGAAGGUCAAUAAUUUCUGGUGAUGUAACGUAUAAAACAAGCUGAGCCUUCUGUCACUGAGGUUAAAGUUGACAGUGCUUGUAUGAACUUGUCAGUCACAUGAGAAGGCAAAAACAAGCCAGCUGUUGUGAGGCAUGGCUUUGAAAACCAUCUGUAUGUCAGCGAAUGAAACAGAGGCUGGGGCAGAUUCCAUUCACUGUUCCUCGCUGGGAUGUAUUUGCAAGGAUGCAGCCUUCCUGAAUCCAUCUGAAUAGCAGCAAAAUGUUUAUAGAUUCUGGUAAGUUGACAAAUCUUAGUUCUCCGGUAGCACUUAGGUCUAUAAAGUACUGCAUUGACUCUUAAUUAGUAAGUUCAAAGCUUAUUUUUCUUGCUGUCGCUGCAGCGCUCAGUAUUCCUUUUGUUCUUCUAGAAUGCAAUCCUGACCACAGAGUUAUGUGUGGGUAAAUCCCACUAAAAUCAAUGGAACUUCUCUCCAUAUAAUCGGAGGCAGGAUUGCAGCCCUUGCCUUUACGUGCAAGAUGUGUUUGCCCAUCCCUGCCUGCAGAAAGUACUAUAAAAGAUUACAGUGGGUGAGGCACUGCCCGAUAUAGUACUUUUGUUUUUAAUGUAUCUUCUAGUUCCCGAUUAUUAUUAUCAUUAUUUAAAGGAACACUGUGACGGAGGAACUCUUUCACUGCAGCAAGAGGCAUUGGGCUGUGUGUGCAGUUUGUGGCUGCUUUUGUUUUCACAGUUAGCAUAAUGCAGUCUGGAAUUAGAAAGCAGCGCUUUUCAAAAAACGUUUGUUUUCUGGUGUGAGCCUCGUAGCCUGUCCAUCCCUCAUUUAUGUGGCUUCAAGCCUGUCUUGCUGCUGCUGCUGCUGCUGCUGCUGCUGCUGCUGCGUGAUGUGAGAUCUCCAUACUUACAGCUUUUUGAGCAGAAUUGUCACUGCGUGGUGCAGGUUCAGAUGGAGAUUGCUAUUUAUUUUUGCUGAAGCAUCUGGAAAGAUGAGGCUUAGUAUACGGAAGCAUUGGCUGGGGUUUCUGAAAGCAAUUGGUGAGUAAAAACAAAAAAACCAAAACCCUAGUUGGAAUGAAAAACUGAUAUUGAAAGGUGUGCCUGCUUUGUUAACUGAUGAAAAUAGGUCAGGGGGGUGGGGGAGAACUGAAUGGAUUUAUUUUUGCUUCCUGUUCUUUAGCCCUGUGCAGAAUCAGCUAUUAGUAAAACACGUAAUUUUAUUUUUUCUCUUAUACUGUCUUAUUUACUAGUGUUUAGCUGUUGGUGUAGUGUUGGUCUUUUUUAAACGUUUAAUACCAGUAUGCCUUGCUUUGAGACUUCAAAAGAGGGGGUUAAUCUCUCCCUCGCACGCACACACAAAACAAUCUUUUUUUUAAGGACUAAGUGCAAGGAAUGCAAAUGAUUUUUGUAUCAACCCUUUUGCAGCAAUGCGAAGUAUUCUUUUCUUUUGUUCCAAUAGUGAUUGCCAUUUAUAGAAUGGGAUUUGACUCCUUUUAAGUGGGUUGCCUUUUUGCAGCUGGUUUAGAAUCUGCUGCAAGAGCCUGGCAAUGUAUCGUCGUGGCUUAGUUCGCUGAAAUAAAAUCCUUUUGGAAACCAUUUCCAGAAGGGUAGCUGUGUUGGUUUGCUGCCGCAGAAAGAACAAAGAGUCUUGUUUCACCUUAAAGAUAAACACAUUUAUUACAACAUAAGCUUUCAUGGACGGCUUUCUACUUCCUUAGAUAUAUGAAGUGCUAUCCUGUUACAGGUAUAUAUGUGGUUAUGAACAGUGAGGUCAGAGGAAAAUGAAUAAUUAGGAAUUCAAGAGUGGUAGGUCUGCAAAAUAGUUGUUGAUAACACAGGUAUCCUGGCAUUGGUAAGCCAAGUAACACGCAUAAUAUGAUUUUAAAAAAAAAAUCAGCCCACAAGCCGUAGCAUAGCAUCGACCCUUUUGAUGUAUUGUAAUUCGGUAGUUUCAUGUUGCCUUCUCACUUUGAAGUUCCUUUGCUCCAGGAUGGACACUCUAAGGCUACUUUCACAGUGUCCUGGGAGAGGGCAAUGUUUUUGAAUACUGGUUUUGAACUUUGCCAUUUAAAAUAAGAGGUUUCAGCCCAUUUAUUAUUUUGCAUAGCAACUGGCCUAUUUGCCCUAAAUAGAAUGUAGAAGGGUAUCGCCGGUAGAUGGUGGUAUAUGUCGCAUUGGAACAUGAGCAGCUGAAGAAGCCGAGAAAUUUCAGUUUCCCCCCCAUACCAUUUUACCAGCUUAUGAUGCAGUAGGGCAAGUACAAUCUUUAAAUCGGGAAUGGGGAAGCUGGAUGACCCUCCAGAUGCUGUUAACCUCUAGUUCCCACCUGCCCUACCUAUUGGCCCUGCUAGCUAAACUGGUGGGAGUCGGAGCCUUGCUCUCAAAUAAGUGACUUGUUCAAAUCUGAAUGAGAUUGAAUUUGAGUGUCAUUUAUAGUGUAACUAUUAGGUAGCAGUUAUACUAUUUCUCAUGACCUAAAUUAUAUAUGCAUCUUAGACAUAGUGAUACUGCAUCUAAUAGGCAUUUUUCAGGGCCGUGGAAAUACAUUUUAAAAUAUCAGAAUAUAUUUUACAGGGGUUAUAGCGUGUAAUCUCUGUAAUAUGUUUGAACUUGCAUUUUUCCUCUCUCUCUCCCCUCUCCCUUAUAUCUCUCAGGAAGUCCUUGGAUAUGUCUUCAUGUGUUCCAGUACUAUUAAUUUGCUUGUUCUGUGAUCAGAUCCUUCUUUAUAUUUAGCUGUACACACACGCACAGAUAUAGAAUUGGUUAUAUAGAUAUAGCAUUGUUUGCAACACACAACUUAGAUCAUAGAAUUGUAGGGUUGGAAGGGAUCCAUAGGGUUCAGCCCCCUGCAAUGCACUUCUGGGCGCUGUUCCUGGGCUAGGAAAGGGGAGGGAGACUCUGUUACCCCUGCAGAAGUAAACGUGCCAUUUUGUAAGGCUUGCCUGCUCAAAUAACAAACCAAAAUAAAGAGAAAAUAUCUCUGUAAACCACAAGGCAAAACACAAAAGUCAAGGUGAUCAAACAGUAAAUAAUAAUGCUGUAUUUAUUGUUCAUAAUAAAUAUUUCAAAUGCAGCCAUUGGCAUUAUAACCAUCAGCUUUUGUCAACACAUAGGCUGGAAAAUGUAGUGUUAUUAUUUAUAGUUUGUUCACCUUGGAUUUUUGUGUUUUACAUUACUGCUCAAAUGGUAAUAACGAAGAGUGGCGUUCAACUGCAUUUAUCUCAGAGCAGACCUAUUGAAAUAAAUGUAAAAUGACUAUUUUAGAUCCAUUAAUUUACCCUGAGUGAAAUUUACUUGAAUGCCACCCAAAGUUGUCAUCAGAGAGUUUCAGAAAUGCAUUUCUCUGCCUUUUUGUUGUAUAUGCAUCAGUUUCAGACUGUUAUAGAUUUAUAAUAGGCCCAUGUUUGAUUUGCGCUGCCUUCAGCACACAUCUGAUCAUAACCUGCUUUGUAGAUUAUAAUGCUACACAAGUCGGACCCAUAACAAAUACUGCAGCAGAGACUGUUCCUGUUCAGUGUUUGUUAAUCAGCCAUGCCCUUCUCCAACACAAGCCAUUUCUUUCUGCCUCCCACCCAGUUUUCAAUUCUCCCUCCCAGGAAUCAGCAUUCCAAUGGCCCCUAAGGAUGCACAGUCUUCAUUGGCUGUUAGUACAAAGAAACCCUUUAAAAAAGCCCAUAUUCUCACAAACCUCCAGGUUACCCCAAGCCUGCUGAUAUAUCCCUCUUGAGCACGGGUGGUGCCAUUUUGGCUACGUUUGUGCAAAGACUUAAAUGGGGAAAAGAGGGAAUGAUGACAACUUGCUUAUGAAUAUAGGUAAGCAUUAACCAAGUUCAUGAGGAUAGGCUUUGUUCUAGCUUGUUACAAGCAUUCUUUUUCCACCACAGUAUAUUUAUACUGUGUGGGUGUGGUAUAGCCUGGGGCUAAAAAGAACCCUGUGCCCUGAUGUUGUAGCCAAAACUUCUCCCUGGUUUUUCAAGGAUCAGAGAUGUUUUGUUAGGUGAGAAGAAAAGCCCUGGCACGUCCAUGCUGGUGAACUUAUUAGGACUCAGAAUUGCAAGAGGAGAUGGCUAUGCAAUGUGUAAUUAAUUAGGGAGCUUAUUGCAGUGUGUGUGUUUGCGUGUACGUCUGUGCACCAGUACCUAAAUAUUGUUUCCCUGGGCCAGGUACAGACCUGUAACAUAGCUCUUCCCUUUCCUUGUUUUGAAAAAAAAGGAACACAAUGGAACCUGCAACAGAAUGUUGUAGUGUGGAGUCCUCCUCUUCAGGGUUUCAGCCAGCCAUAUCUUUUUCUGGGAUACUCCAUUACACACAUUCUCCCCCCCCCCCCAUGUUCCACCUCCACGGUCUGAGACAGUAUGCCUCUGAAUACCAGUUAGUGGGAAUCACAGGUGGGCAGAGUGUGGUUGCGCUCAGCUCCUGCUUCCCACAGCCAUCUGGUUGUCCACUUUAACAAUACUUCCCAUCAGUUUUCCCAGGGCAGUGUUCUGAGAUCAUAAGGAGACAUAAAUAAAUGAUCUUCCAAUGGGAUAAGAAAUGCAAAGCUUUUUUAAAAAACAAACAAACAGCUGGAUCCAACCAUUGCAUUAUCAGAGCUGUCUACUCUGCUAGCUGUUUCAAAGAGGGCCAGGAUUGGUUGGGGAAACUUGUUGCCCCAUAUUCCUGGACAUCAACUCACAUCAGCCCCAGCCAGCAUGGCCCAAUGGUCAGGGAUGGUGGGAGCUGGAGUCCAGCAAUAUCAGGGGUGGGGGUGGGGCAUAGGUUCCCCAUUAUUGCCUUAGGCCUUGCUGCCUGAAAUUCUCUAAUUGGAAGUGCUGUCAGUUGUCAGAGCAUGAGACUGUUAAUGUCAGGGCUGUGACUUUGAGCCCCACAUUGGGCAAAAGAUUCCUGCAUUUUAGGGGGGUUGGACUAGAUGACCCUCGUGGUCCCUUUCAACUCCACAGUUCUGUGAUUCUGCAAACCAAUAAUCUGUGCAUCUCCACAACCCACAGCACACUGUUCAGAGGCUUCUCCAAGUUCCAUUUUACCUGUAAGAAUCCUAGGGCACCUGAAUUCUGCUGCUUUGUGACCUGGGCACUUUUGGGUCAAGCAGUGGGAAUAAUUAUUAUCAUUACUUUGAAAACCACCUUUAUUACUCAUCCUGAUUUUCAAUGUUGAGCAUUUUGGGGUGGGGGGGGAGCCAGGUGCAAGCCAAGUGCAGCAAACUCAGUGGGUCCUUCCCAGCAUCACAACUGAGGUGACAGGGUAACCAUAACAGCAAAAAUUGGUCCAGGCUUGCUCUAUUGCUUCCUUGUUGUAGCUCCAACUCUCUCCCACAUCCCAGUGCUUGAGAUGGAAAGCAUCCUGUCACGUGCACCGAGGCACACACAUUAGUUUGCUAACUUUCCCCAGCACAAGGAGGAAGUGGGGACGACAGCCAAAAAUGGAACGGCAAGGGAGAGACAAAACAGACACAUUCAUUUCACUGGCAUGGCAGCUCUGCCAGCUCAUUUGUGAAGCUGGGAUGCAGAGUGGCUGAGCAAUGUACUUUUGGAGUCCUCUCUUGAUGUAAUGUCUGUCCUCUGCUUUGGUGGCUUCAGAGAGAUUCUCAUAGGCCACUGUGAUAACAGGACGCUGGGCCAGAUCUGAUCCUGCAAGUCUCUCCUUAUAAGAACAUAGGAAGCUGUCGCAUGCUGAGUCUGACCAUUCGUCCGUCUAGCUCAACAAUGUCUACACACUCACUGGUAGUGACUCUCCAUAAGUCGCUCUUAUUAUAUAAGCUCUUGGGGACAUAUUCCUAGUUAAUCAUGCAAAGAAUUGCAGCUUGAUUUUCCUAAGAGCAGGCUUGCACAUAUCUCAGUAUAUGUAUGCAUGUAACCUGGACACAGUGCCCUUCAAUGGAGUUUACAAACUGAGCUGGGAGUUAUUACGUGUUUUGCAAUCAAAUGGGAUUUCUGUUUAAUAUCUUAGACUAUUAAGGAUAUAUAUUUAUAUCUGUGUCCCUGAAUGCUGUUGUUUAUUUGGCUGUAUCGGCUACAUAGUUACACACCUUUAUGAUUUCUAACUAUGUGUAGCCCAUACAGCCAAAUAAACAACAGCAUUCGGAUAUAUGUGUUUCCCCCCGCUAUAAAACUCAAAAGUGGUGUGCAUAGGGUUUCAGAUGCCUUCCCAUUAAGGCACUGGGUAGACACAGAAUUGCUUAGCUUCAGUAUGGUUACAUCAUGUGCUUUCAGUCUGUGCUCAUGUCAAACUGGGUGAGCAUUAAGAGGUUUUCAGCAGAACAGGGAUUAGGAGGAAGAACAAUGCACAAUUUAGAUGUAUCCCUACAGAGCCUGACUGUUACUGCAUGGAACGUUAUUAUACAGCUUUGGGAGGAAUCCUUAAGAGUAUCUCUGAAUUAUUUUUUUACAGCGCCACAAAUAAUGGCCCAUAGUUAAGUCAAUCAGAUUUUUAUUGCUUUUAGUCAAUAGCCAUUACAGUGUAACUAGAGGGGAGGGGGGAAGGAGGCUAUCCGAAUGCAAGUUAAACACAAACACUUUCAAUAGUGCUUUAUUACAUACACAGCCCAACAAAACAACACAAACCUACCAACAGCAUACGAAUCAGUAUGGUUGACUUGACCUAACAGUCGUUGUCCCCUCACACACCAAAACAAAUCUUACUGCAGUCAACUAAAGACAACCAACCAUGCCCUGCCCCCCCCCUCACUCACUGCCAAGGAAAAAUAAUAAAUGAAUAGAAAGACAACCUACCCAAGUGACACAGACACAACCCCCCCCCACAUACAUUAAGUAAAAUAAUGUAAGAUUUACUACCCCUUCUCCCCACUUCUCUUCUCCCCCAACCUUAUACUGUAUACAACAUUAACAUCUCACAUUGAAUGUAACUGAUCAGUAGAAAUGAUUCUGUUACUUGAAAAAAGAGGCAAUGCAUGUACUUUUGUAACCAAAGAAAAUAUUUAAUUAUCUAUCUAUCUAUAUCUAUACACACGCAUACACACAAAUGAGUAUGCCGUAGAAUGCUUAUACAAAAAUGAAGCCAUUAGUACAGUGGUACCUUGGGUUACAAACGGUUCAGGUUAUGCGUUUUCGGGUUGCGCACUGCGCCGAACCCGGAAGUACUAGAACGGGUUACUUCCGGGUUUCGGCACUCGCACAUGCAUAGAAGCGUUAAAUCACGACCUGCGCGUGCACAGACACAGUACUGCGGGUUUCGAACGUGCCUCCAGACGGAUCACAUUCGCAACCCGAGGUUCCACUGUACUUAAAUUACCAUCCUGGGCCCAUUUGUGCCUACUUGCAGUUAGAUUCAGAACUGGAAAGUAAUCUGUGUAUACCUUCUUGGGAUAAUGAAAUAAGAGCCACUUCACAAAGCAGCACUAGAUGAUGUUGGUGGUGGUGGUGGUGUUGAUGUUGGUGAUGAUUAACUUAUUAGUGUGGGAGGCGAGAUGUGCAGCUUUGCUUUACACCCCUCAAUAUAAACACUGCUUUCAAAAUAUUGCCUCUGAAAUAUUGCCUGUGGGUUUGAAUUUUAAUAUUAACACCGGCCACCUGAAAGCUCAGGCAGUCAAGCAGGAGACUCUUAACCUCCGGUUUGUGGGUUUGAGCCCCAUGUUGGGCAAAAGAUUCCUGCAUUGCAGGGUGUUAGACUAGGUGAACCUUAGGGUCCCUCCAACUCUACAAUUCUGUGAUCCUAUUAGGCCAAAGAGCCAGCGGAAGAAUUCCAGAAGUAAGUGAUUCCUCUGUGCACGCAUGCCUGUGGAGGCAAUAAAAGCCUGGGUUAGGAGAAGUUGAGUUUUCAGCCCUAAUUGGGGGGGGGGGGGGAUUCUGUUGGGGAAUAGGGAGAUAGGGCUGAUAGGCUAUCUUUUAUAGAAGGGGAAUUCUUCAGUGGGAAUUGUUCCCUUUGUUCAGAUGUGACCUCGAUACACGAAGCAUUCUGAAUUACAUUUCUUGCGUGUGUUUGUUCUGCAAAGUCUUGGACAUUGUAAUAGUAGGUCCCUCCACCCCAGUAUGGACUUCUUGAUACUUAACUCUGCUGUCACACUUUGCAGGUUUUGCCUCUGGGUUCUUCUGCUGCUUGAAGCUUUCUUUCUUUUCUCCUUUCUGAACAGUAAGAUCCAGUCUCUUCAGGGGUAAUAUGCUUGGCAUGUGUUGCAUGAGAAACCACCACCCUGGAUGUGUAAACCCCUUUGUGUUGAAUUUGGUUAGAUUUUCCUUAUAGCCCUAAUGGUCAGCCACUUCUGAAGAAAUUACUUGGUGCUCUGAACAGUAUUCUGUUGGUGCCAAGCAGAAAAUCUCAUAAGGUCAUCCGAAUGACAACGUUGUUGUAUUCAUUUUGCUACUUCUGCAACUGUGCUAGAAGCCAAAAGGAUCCUUAAAGAAGUUGUAUCGGAGACUGAAACUCUUGUUCAAGCAUGCCAUGUCAGUCGUACAUAUUGUCGGUUUUGGCUUCCUUACAGGCCCUUCUCAAAUUUGCAUGCUGAGAUGCAGAGUGUCUUUCUUUUCCAUGUUGAAAUACCUCUCCAGUUUCUUUUUUCAUCUUCCUUGCAUGAACACGCAUUCAAACGUGCAAUUAAAAAAGUAUGAGAAUUUGUCUGCCUUGGUGCAUCUCAAACAAUAUAAUAACAAAAUGAAUGUAUACUAAUGCCUUUUUUUAAAAAAAAGUUUUCUAUAAGCCAUUUCAAUAGGAGUACAGCACAGGUUACUUCCAUUUGCUAGCUCCCUUUGUAUAUUUCCUACCACUUGAUUUAAUAUAUUAAUGUCACCAUGACAAAAGCAGUGCCAGGCUGACAAGGAUCCUACAGGGAAUCCCAAUGCAUAUCUCUGUGCAGAGAACACAGGCACACUGCAACCUACCCCCUGGGGUAUUUGCAGCAGACAAGCCCUUGCAACACACACACACCCCACCUUGUGUCAUCAUAGUGGCCAUUUUCUAGCAUAUAAUAACUCUGUACCAAUUACUUAAUGUCCGUCUGAUCUCUCAAUUUCAUUCUUCUUCAGUAUGCUUUGGGGUGGCUUAUAGAUGAAAUAAACCUACAUUUGAGUGAAAUUCUUCUGUUUUUGAAGUUAAUGGGCAGGCAGACCAUUGGCUUCCAUCAACCAAGGGUCCUUAGCAUCCAUAUUUAAUUCUUCAAAUUACGUUAAGUUUGCUUCUAUAACUAGAAUAGAAGUUCCACUCAUGGAACUCCCUUCCCGAUAGAGACCCACCUGCCUCUUCCUCCUCUAAUUCACUUUCCAGAGCAGGAUGGCUUCUGGCACCUCAGCUGGUGUUCAGAUGCAUCUGGAAAGCUGGAUUCUGUAAAAGCCAUUUAUGUAAGGGUGCUUUAGAAUGGAAGCCGGCAUCCUCAACUGUUGACCAGAAUGAAGAAUGACUCCUUUACCCGGUCGGUGUCUUAACAGUGCUAACCAUAACAACAACCUCCAAAAUGCUAAUGUAACCAAACUUUCAUUAUAAUAAUUACUUAGAAUGUAUAUUUUUGAAGUAUGUGGCAAAAGUUGGGAUGAAGAGGACGAUAGUAUGUAUGGUAGGUUAAGGUUUCAACUUCAAUGGAUUUUGUCAGGCCACUGAUUUGUAAACCCGGGGACUCUCACCGGGAAACGGGGACGUAUGGUAACCUUAUGGUAGGUGCACUUUAGCAGAAAGAUGGGUAAAAUAAUGUAACAUUUGGAAGCUGAAGCAGCAUACUAAGAUCCCUUUUACCCAACUAUAUAAAUAAAAUUUUAAAAAUGAUUUAGACAUGCAAUUAGCGGUGGGAAAUCUGUUGCCUUCCAGAUAUUGUAGGACCCAGCAAGCAUGGCAGAGAUGAUGAGGGUUAAAGUCCAAUAACAUCAGGAGGGCCACAGAUUCCCCAUCCCUAUACUGCAGCUAAUGAAUAUAUAAGGAUUAUAAUAUAUAUAAUAAUACAUAAAGGUAUAAAAUCUGUCAAUCUCACAUAUAUAUUAGUUUCAAAUAGAUUCUAAUGUUGGCCUCAUUCCCAGAAAAGCAUAGGAAACUCUUUGAGGGAGGUAAGAAGUGAUGAAUUAGAUCACUGUUCUACCUUGGUUGAUACACUGUUUACCUAAAAUAGCCAGACAGGUAAUUCAUAAAAUUCAGUGCUAAACACAAUACCUAAGCCUGUCUUAAGCAAUUUGAUGUUAAUAGGAGACAUGCUAAGGAUAUAUCACACCCUCUAGCCCUUGAUAUUUCUAUCAUCCACAUAUCAAUCUAAAUCUUUUUAAUGCAUUUAUAUUAGUUGCCACCGCAAUUGGCAUUUCUCUUUAAUUUUCAGAGUGAUUGCUAACAGCAUGCUACAGGAUAUACAGGCAACCCACAUAAAUGACGCUGGAAUAAUCCCAAAAGUAACUUCGAUGUUUUAAUGUGCCUUAUCUGCAUUAAAAACAUUUUAAAUUGUCACCCAGAGUAGCAUCUGGAGUUUGCUUUUGUUAGAAGGCAUUUUUCAGAUGCAAAGUCUUAUAGGAAUGCUAAGGUGUUUGGAAUGCGAGCAGCAUCCUUGAACAUAUAUUUUAACUAAUAUGUAAUAAUGGGUUGUAGUUAUUUCACUUAUUUCUGGGUGCCAUGAACCAGUAUUCUUUCCAGAACAGCAAGAGUAGUUCUGACAUUAAUUCAAUAAAUAUAGACUGUUAUAAUUUAGCUUUAAUUAAUGAUGGCAGAUUUAAGUAAAAUCAUGGCUUUCUAUAAGAUUUCCUUCAGCAUCCACACUCAUAGAAUUUCAGCAUAUGUGUUUAGUUCAUUAAGUGAAACUGUGUAGACCAUUGCACUUGCUCUGUAAAGAAGCAGAAUUCCUAAAGACUCCUGCUUUUCUGUUUCAGCUUCUUUUCUACUCUCACAGUAUCUCUCCAGCCUUCUCUAAUCAGAGAGCAAACCUGCCUUCUUGCUGGUUCUCAGAGGUACUUCCGCUUGCUUUUAAUUCUUUAAUUCUUGAAGACGAAAAAAACACCACUAUUUGACCAUAUACUGUACAUUUUUAAAGGGCCAAUUCAGUCCUUUAAAACAUGCUGAGACCUGGCUGUCUUUGGCCUUGGUGCACCUCCUGUUCCCACUGAUCCCCCACCUAAGCAUUCCCCUCCAAAUCUUCCACCUCUGCUAUCUCCUCCUCCAUCUGAGCCCAAUCCUUCCUUCUCAGGCCCUCCAUCCAUUUUUCCAUCCCCUGUACUGUGCACUGUCUCCCUGUCAACUGCCCCCUUUUCUGUCUCUUUCUUGCCCCUGCUUGCCCUCAAUAGUCCCCUCCAUUUGGGCUGUUCCUUCAGACAAAGCUCCCUCCCCCAUUGUUCAUCCCUGAGCCCAUUUCAGUGAACCAGAGUAUACCUUGGGGGUUACUGCCUCAUCCCAAAUGGCUCUCUUUAACCACAGUAACAUUCAGUAGAGGUCAAUUGGUCUUCUUACUCAAAUGCUGCCAUAUCUUGUUACCUUCUUCUGCACAAUACUUACAUUUUCUCUGCUUUAUUCAACCCUUUCAGCACCAUCUCAAAGUGUAGUAUAACCUAGCUGUCCGAAUUUUUUCCUAGAAAAAAAUAGGAAGGGGGAAGAUGGCAAUAUUUGUUUUAAAUAUCAUUAUAUAAUUGGAUACUGAGCCCAUUAAUCAAUGAGAACCAGGAAGUUUGUGCAUAAUUCUAUACACGCAACCACCUCCACAAGCAAAAGAGGGGGAAAUUCUGUAUUUCUUAGUUGUAUACCUCCCCGAGUUAACUCACUUUGCAUGGUACAACAUAAGUUGAAUGUGCCCUGACACUGUGUUUUGAUUUUAUUAGAAAUACCAUAUAUUUUCUUGCAGCUUUUGUAUAAGUAGCAUGGUGCUGUUUAUAAGUAAUUGAGGAAAGUACAGUGGUACCUUGGUUUUCGAACAUAAUCUGUUCCGGAAGACUGUUUGACUUCUAAAAUGUUUGAAAACCAAGAACUCAAUACGGAAGCCUCAAAACGUACAGAAAACUCAAACAGGAAGCCGCCUCUGAAGUUUGAAGCAUUUACCUCUGGGUUUUCGGAAACGUUUGGCUUCUGAGAUGCUUGAAAACUGAGGUACCACUAUAUAUCAUCAUCUUUGGCGUUUGAAGGUACAUGGUACACUUGUAGUGAUGCUCAGGGAAUGGCUAAACAACUGUGAUUCUCCCCUUUGUUUUUCUAGACCAGCUGACACAGGGUACUCAGAAUUCCGUCCCGAAGAGCCUGCCGCUCAGCAGGAUUACAGCUUAG